GGCCAAUAGACUGAUAUUUCUUUAAUAAAGCAGCUCGUAUUUAAAUUUAGAAGAACACAGGCAUCUAAGCUUUUGUGUUUAGGUGGAAAAUGUGUUGUGUUUAGGUGAAGUUGUGUUUAGGUGGAAAAUGAACUAAUACAAACAUCCUGAGAAGCAGGGGUAGGGGAGUGUGAGUGUGGGGAAAGCAUAUUCAGAAUAAAUUUCUUAUUGUAAUGUUUAACUUCCCUUUCUGGCUACUAGCAGAGUCGAGGAAAGGAACUAUACGGAGAGAAUAGGGAUCAAGAGGUUAAUGCCUACCUGAAAGUUACACCUUGACUUCUUAUCCUUCCAAACUGUGUGUGGGCACAGAAAGGCUGCCCUUUUUUCUGGCAGGGCUCUAGUGUUUUCAACAACUGCGUAACAAGCUUGAAAACACUGGACGCUAGCCAGAAGCUUCUCCUGCUACUACAUUUCCAAGCCAGGAAAAAUAGCUUCAGUUGUUUAAUUUGUGCCUGCUCUAUAUUUAUUUUAAAAACUUGUACCCUGCCCUGCAUCACAAGACACCAGGGUGGGUUACAACAAUAAAUACUUAGAACAAUAAACAUGAAACACAGUAAAAUAUCAGCAAUCUGUCAAUUUCCUCACAUACAGACGAGAUCCUCAUUGUUGAAAGGAUUGAAGAAAAAUCCAGGUAUUUUGCUGACAUCUAAAGCUAAAUAAUGUUAGUGUCAGCUGAACCUCCAAGGGCAGUUUGUUCUACAAGCAGGAUUCUAUUUCAGACUUCUCUCAACACUGCAAAUAUCAGCAGGCACUGCCUAGGUUGUUUGUCCCUUAUUGCCUACAGCCACUUGAAGGGAUGUAACUCAGCACUGAAAAACAUACUCUGCAUGCAAAAGGUCCCAUGUUCAAUUCCUGGUGUCCCCAGGUAAGGCAGGGAAAGAUUCCUGCCUAAAUCCCUGGAGAGCUGCAAGCCUGUCCGUGCAAGCAAUGCUAAGCCACUGACUCUGAAUAAGGAAGGCAGCUUGCUAUGUUCCAGGCCUCUGCACUCUUUCAUCUUACUCAGAUGACAAGGAGAAACGGAGCUGGGUAUCAUCAGCGCACUGGAAACACCUUGUCCCAAAUUCCCUGGUGACCACUUCCAGCUACUACAUAGUGAUGUCAAUUCUAAAACAAAGGACUCCUGUUAAGAAGGAAAAGUAGACGGCCUUUAUGAGCUGGGUGUGGAAAAUAUUAUUAUUUGCAUGCUCGACACCAGGCCUGAACCUUGGCACUCGAAAGGGGUUCUGAAGCUGAACGUUUGCUAAGCCCUGCCGCGUGCCCUGCGAGUAUCUGAAGGCAUUUUAUGAUCGCUCCAUGCUAAUCUCUCCGUCCAGAAAGCAACGCUAGAGAGCCUAGGAGCGCCCUGAGCCGUCCACUUAACUUCGCCCAGCGUUAUUUUGUGUUUGUUUGUUUCGCGGCUGUAUCAGAGUCGUGGACGCUGCAGUCUCCCUCUCUCCAGCCGUGGAAAUCUGUGCCUGUCUUACUCCUCUCGGCUUCCUUUUUUCACGCUCCCUUCGGCCAGCUCGACUGGCUGGAGAUAAACCCCCUGGAGGCGGUGGGGGAGGAGAGAGAGAGAGAGAGAGAGAGAGAGAGAGCGGGAGCUCAGCUCCGUUCGCGCAGCGAGAGAGGGAGCGAGGCGGAAGCGCGCAGUCCCAGGGAGGGGUCGUGCGCUCUGGCAGCGGCAGCGGCGGCGACUUUGCUCUUUAAAUUGGUCUCAAAGCCGAUUACAGCUGAUCUCCCACGUGAUAUUUCCCCUUCUGGCUCCUGGCGGAGUUUGGGGCGGGGAGGGGGGCUGGAACAGCAGCAGGAAGAGGAGCAAGAAGGAGCCGGGGAGCCAGCUCGUGCUGGGAAGAAGCCCGCGAAAAAGCGCGCCUCGCAGAACUUUUUUUCCCCUGGGCGAAAGGCGCGUGAGGGAGAGUCGUUCGCCAGCAGCGAGGGAUGCGCAGGGACAGACCGAGGAAGCGGCAGCAGCUCAGGGUCGAAGUGGAGGAGCAAUAGCGCCCGGGAAGAAGGCGGCGGUGGCUGCCCCACCUGAAGCAGCAGCGCCGGCGCGAGGGUCCUCAUUGGCGCGCCACGACGGAGCGUGGCUGGCUCGGGUUGCCCCGCCCCGCCUCGGCCGUCGAGAGAAGCCGCGCUCACCAUGAGACGCUUGGGCUGCUGCUCGACGCCGGGCUCGCUCUGAGGGGAAGGUUGACCAGGAGGCGCCCGGGACCCGGCGGCGGGUGGAGGCAACAUGCAGAAGAGCGUGCGCUACAACGAGGGGCACGCCCUGUACCUGGCCGUGCUGGCUCGCAAGGAGGGCACCAAGCGCGGCUACCUGAGCAAGAAGACGGCGGAGACGAGCCGCUGGCACGACAAGUGGUUCGCGCUCUACCAGAACGUGCUCUUCUACUUCGAGAGCGAGCAGAGCGCCCGGCCCGCCGGCAUGUACAUGCUGGAAGGCUGCACCUGCGAGAGGGCGCCGGCCCCCAAGGGCGCCUCCGCCGUCAGCGCCAAGGAGGCCGCGCUGGACAAGCAGGUAGCUGCCCUUGCCCCGUCCGAUGGGGCGUCCUCCGCUCCCACACCUUCGGCUUCCUUCGCGCGCUUUUCUCUCCGGCGUCGCCUUUCAGAGCGUCGCCAAAGGUAGCGGCUCCUCCGGGCGGGCGGGGGGGGCUGGGGGUUGCCUGGACCCCGGGAAGGGCACUGAGUGGGGCAAGCUGAGGCUGAGUCGGCUAUGGACGGCACGCUGUAGCGGAAGUUCUGAACGGGCCGGUGUCCGUCGAUGAAGCGUGUGGAGAGGAGGGAGGGAGACCUCCGUGGGGCUGCCCCCUUUGGAAGCCGCUGGUCCCCAAAGCGUGCAAGUUCCGAGGUCCCUAGGAUAGGGCUAGUGUGCGCCAUCCCCUUUGCCUCUUCUGUGUGUGUCCUGUGGGGAUACAGGUGAGGAUGCCAUUCUGCACAUCGACCCGGGUGUGCAAUAAGGGAUGGCGUGGGUUUUGUCUGGGUAACUUCGUCUGUGGUGUCGGCAAUCCAGCCAUCAUCAACACGAUGUUGCCAUUUUGCCUUCUUUUUUAAAGAGGUGGUCAAUUUCUACAAGAUUUUGGGCUUCCGACUCCCCAAGUUUGGGAGGCAUGGGGGAAUUUCGACCCUGUAUGCAAUAGGAACGCAUUUUCAGUAAUUGUUCGGCUCUAGGUGUAAUAAUAAGGGGGAGCUGGCAUGAGGGAUAGUAUGUUGCUCCACUUAGCUAAUUACGGUAGUCUACCUGUAUGGUUGAGCUGCUCCAGCCCUGCCCUUCUGCCAUCCUAGAUGUGUGUGGACAAGCUGCAGUUCAAUACACUCCAAACGUAUUUUGAACCAUCUUGUUCUUUAUUAUUUUUGCUAUUGGUACCUUUCUAGGGCAGAGUCUUGAUAAAAACAGACCCAGAUGCUGCUCAAAUGAGUUCCUGGAUUUAAGAUAUCAAGGAAUAGUAACUAUACCCAUCCUUAGCUGCUUUGGAGAAUUUGUAAGAAGCCACAGUGGUACUGAUGGGUUCAUUACUUCUAAUAUUUUUUCUCGCUAGUAUUUCUCCAUGAGAGAGCAAAAAUUUGACACUACAGGACAGGGGGAAGUGGUGAUUAGAAGUUCAGCAAGCAUACCUUCAUAUACAUUAGAAAGGAUUUGAAAUACUAUCCUGUUUUGUUCUUACAGUAUAAAGUAUUGUGCCUUAUAUAUGAUUUUUUGUUGAUGAGCAAAUAUAGCCUGUGGUACCCACUUCUUGGAAAAAACACACCGUCUGGAAUUAUCCUAAACAAGCUGGGUUUUUUUGAUUGCUUAGAGAGCGAUUUUAUGAAAUAUGGUAGUUGGAAUAUAUAAACCUUUAAAUAUUCAGUUUAUGGCUUGGCAACAGCUAGUUCUGGUGCUUCUGAGCACCUUAAUCCUGAAUAAAACAAAAGACCCAGUAAAACAAGAGUUUUGUGUGUUUUUUUACAAAACCGUUUAUAUGCUAACUUAUAAAAUCUACUCAUAAGCUAAACUAAAUGGGUCUAAUUCGGUACACAUUGCAAGUAAAACUUGUUUUACUUUAGUUUCUUUAAACGUAACUCUAAUAUAAAUUGUAUAUGUGAACUGAAGGUCCAAAUUCUCCAGCUGUUUACACAAUCAUAUAUAGACCCAAAGACUUGAGCAGUAAUACUUAGGACAGGCAGUACAGCCUCUGAAUACAAGGAUUCGAAGAUUCUAGUCAUUACAGUAGGAUAGGAGCCACAAGAAAGUCAGGGAUUAGCACUGGUUUUAGUUUCUAGACAUUUGGCGAUAGAAUCGGUAGUCUUAAAGUUCAGUAAUGGAUGUGCAAAUGUAUUUUUUCAAUUGGUAUCUGGAAGCAGGGAUAUUCUAGACCUACAGAUGGCUCUGUAAAGUUGAGUGGUGGAACUUGGUUACUGAAUUAUGUUGUAAAUUGCUAUGGACUCCUUUCUUGAUAAACGUACAAAAUGAGGACAAAUUAUAUUACCCAGAUACGUGUGAUAUGUGUUGCAAAAUAAUAUGAAGAGGCAGUACUAAUGGAACAGAUAUUUGAUCCAGGCUUCUUAGGCUGUGUACACAUUAUUGGCUUAAACAGCAGCUAGGUCUUUCCUUUUCACAGUUGGGGUUGAAGUUGGUUUGGGGGUGGGGGGAAACACAUCAAAAUGCAGUCUUGCAUAAGAAACAGCAGGUUAGAUAUGCAUUGUGGCUAAUGUCUUGUGUACACCACAUGACCCAAACCAGUGGUGGGAACGCAUUGGAUGUAGACUAAACAAUCCUGUUUACAGAGUUUUGGUAAAGCUGUUCUUAUUUUAUCUGUAAGCCAUCUUGAGUCCCUGUCAGGGUAAAAGUAGGGUAUAAAUAAGUAUAUAAUAACAAUAAUGUUAAAAAGAAUUUUCAAAAGUUGCUUCUUUUUGUUGUAUUUGCUUCAACAGCCUAACAUUGCUAUAUCUCUCUGGAAUUUAUUGGCCUUGUUAUUAUUGCAUUGUUACAAUCAGGAGUUAGAUUUGCACCUGGUAGGUAUUGGCUCACCUGUUUCUGACUUCUGUAAUCAAACAGGUGUCAGUCGCUUUGGAAGUGCUUUUCUCCAAAAACAAACAAACAAACAAAAAUGAGAGAAAAACCUUGAAAUGUAAGCUUUCAACUUCUUUGUUUUUUUACAAGAUGAGAAUAAAAUGUUGAACAGCUUCAAAAAUCUUCCCAUCAAUUUAAACAGUAAUGAAAAAACAAAUCCUUCUAGGAGAGCUACAUUGGUAAAGCAUCUCGCCUGGUUUGACAUGUGAUUAAGCAGCAAUCGUAUAAGUGCACUUAUUGGAAGUUCCACUGAAAUCAAGUGGACCUUCAAGUGAAUGUUCUUUGAACUGGGGUAUUUGUUUUUCUACUUUUGUAACUGUGUUGGGCAUAAUGAUUCCAGAUUCAGCUAGCAGGAUCUAACAAAAAAAUAAUAAAUCCUUCGGUGGUGCAUACUUCAUUUUAGUGAGCUGCCAGUCUACACCCACAAGUAAAAUUAUGUCUAAUUUUAGGUGUUAAUGCUUGCACAUUGGGACAGCCAAUGCAGAGAGGGAGAUGGCUUUCCUUCUUUCUCAGACAGAACAAACCUUUUACAUGCUCUUAAUGUGUUCUGCUUUUGCUUAGGAAAUAAGGUAGUACCGAAACAUUACUAAAAGAUAAAUUUGUUCUACAUCUUAAUCCGAAUCGUGAUUCAUUAGAAAUAAGUCCCAUGGAUUUAAAUGGAAUGCAUUUCUCUAUAACUAGUCUUGCCAGGCAGUUUUAUGCAUGUUUACCCAGAAAUAAGUCCAGUGAGGCUGGUGGAGCUUGCUUACAUUUAAGUGUGCAUAGGAUUACAGCUUUGGAGACCAACUCUUUGUCCCCAUGCUGCAUUCUGGGAUGAUGUAUGAUUUGGAACAGUCCCUAUACUGGUUUGAAACCACAAUUCAUGGCAUCGUGCUGGCACCAAAAGCGGUCUACUGACUUUUGCUGUAGUUCUGCUUCUGCAUCUUGUGCGUAUCACAGAUUAGGAUGCUUGCACAAUAACCAGGCUGUCUGGAUCCAUGGAGGGUCCUCAUUGGCCCAUAGGUCUGCUGCAACAUUGGGCUUGUCACUGCCUUUCAUCCUAACCUACCUCACAGGGUUGAUGUGAGGAUAAAAUGAACAGGGGAGAACCAUACUAUGCUUCCUUGAGCUCCUUGGACGAAAGGUGGGAUAUAAAUGUAAUAAACAUUAAGUAAUAAUUCACACAUUUGACUGUAGUCCACAGAAGCUUAUGCCACAAUCAGUUUACUAGCCACAAGGCUCUGCAAUAAGUAGUUUCUAUUGAAAUUAAGUAAAGUUCCAUUUGAAUUAGUAAACCAAUUUACUAAAUUAGCAAACAUCAGUAAAGUAUAUCUUUGUGGAGUAGAUAGGCAUAUUUGCUUCUUUAUAGAAUAAUUAGAAUAUCAGAUUAAUUGCAUAACAUAGGUGUGUGUGUGUGUUUGUUUGUGUGUACCUCCCUUUUACCAGUCUCAGUUUGAACUAUUUAACGUAGGGCUUUUAAAAUAGAUAAGUAAAUUAUUGCUUCCAUCACUGAAAGCUGUAGGGUGAGAGAGGCAAAAUCGCAUUGUGAUGUACAAACAUUUGUUCCCCCCGGUGCAAGUUGCUGUCUGGAAACUGAAUGACAACAAAGCACCAUGAGAUGUGUGUACCAGCUACUAGUACACUAACUACUUAACACUGGCAUUUUAGUGGUGUCAUCAAAUGCCCUAAACAGGCAGUGAAGAUGAGGGCGGGCACAGCUGCAUACUUAUUUCUUCCUUUCUUAAUAGUUUAUUCCUCUUUCAGAAUUUAUUUUAUAUGGUGUUUGAGAUCGAAAACAUGUGUAGCUGUAAUACAUUGAAAAAGAAAGGAUUAGAAACUACCAUCAGAGCUGCAAUUUGCAUCCCACUUACUUCCUAGAUAUGCUCUCAUAAGCACAAACAUACAGUGCAGGCCUAUACAAAUUUUAUUGGUAGUUGAGUCCAACUCGCUCAAUUGGAAUUACUCUUGUGCAGGUGUGCAGGUAAUUGCAGCCUCACAUCACAAUCAUAUUUUUGCCUUCGGUUGCAAUAAUAUUUUUAUUAAGAUAUGUAUUUCCAGACAGCGUAAGAAAGCAAUCAGUGCAGCCAACCAAUGCUGCCAACCAAGAAAUUUAAAGCAGCACUGUAUGUUGGUUCCUAAAGGAGUUAGCACUGAGUUUCACUUCUUCACAGAGGAUCUCCAAGUGAAUUUCAAAUCUUUACAUUGCCUUCUAGGCAGUAGGCAUUAUUUAAAGACAGAAAAAUAUAACCCCUAUGGUUCAUUGAUUGUACUGGAAAAAAACAAACAUUUUAUGUAUUUUUGUAACAGCGAGAAUAUCAAGUUCUCUGACUAAAAUUGUUUAAUGUUUCUGAAUGAGAAAAGAGAAGGAUGGGGACCCCAUUUCCCCUUGUAUUUUGUUGGACUACAACUCUGUUGAUCCCUGGCUAUUGCCUAUGUUGCCUGCGGUUGAUGGGAGUUGGAGUCCAACAAUUCCUAGACUCAGAUUAAGGCAAUUCAUUAGGGGCGUGUUGCUUUUUAACUGAAACUAUUCUUCUGGGUUUGUUUUUGUUUUUGUAUAAAAUGAAUACAUUUGUGGAAAUGACAUUAAAAUGCAUUAUAUUAUAUUAGUAAAGUUUGAUUGCAAGAAUAUGUACAUUAGUCAAAACUGCAGAACAAAAUUAGGAAUUAGGAGAAAUUCACACUAAAAUGUUGAAGAAUUUUCAAAUUACUGCAAAAACAUUCACAACUGAACUUAUGACUGGAAAAAAUUGGAAGCACGAUGAAGCAGAUCCUUUCAUCCCUGGAAGAGAAGUGGGGGGGGGGGACCUUUUGCCCUUUAUCCCUUUUUAGCUGUAGGAGCUUGUUCUUCAUAGACCUAAUGGUUUUUAUGUUUGUGCUGCUGCAAACAUUGCAAAUGAAAAUUGGAAGGCCUGGGGGAGGGAAGGAGGGAGGCUUAUCAAGCUGGUGUCCAGCAUUGUGGCCCAAUAGGUGCGGUGAACUGAGAGAGCUUUUUGAUAAGCAAUCUCAAAAUUACUCCCAAACAAUGAAACUAUGAAGGAUGCACAACAUUUAGUCAUAUUAAAGCAAAUGUUCUUUCCCUAAUGCUGUGUUCUCUACUUUGCAGCUUAGUGGCAGCUACCUUGGCUAUAGGCCAGAACAAGUAAUGGCAUAAGUGUGUUUUUAUAAUAAUUUAAAGGACCAAUAGCAGAAUUAAAAUGGAAAGGAAACAGUGUGGACCUUAUUAACAGUCUUUUGUCUUGUAAAACAAUUGCCUUUGUCCUUGAAGCUUUGCUGUAAAUAACUUAAUUAGUUGCUAAAUAAACAAAUCUCUGGGGUUUUUUAAAAGCUCUAAUGCAAAACAAUUUCAGUUUGUUAGCGUUCAGGAAAUUGUAAUGAUGUAAGGAAAGACAUUCAGUUGCAUGCAUAUCUGAUCACUGUUGCUCUGUAAACCUUCCACUGUGCACCUGCUGUCUUGCUUGGUGGCAAUUUGUAGUCUGAACCGCACAGACUGAUCUCCUUUCAGAGCAGCAGAGGUGACCCGUACCAUUUCACUGCCUGAGGCAAAACCACCUGAGAUGCCAACACCACCCUGCCCAAACCUUGCUUACUGGGGACGCAAGAUCUCUCAGUGAGCAAUCACUGCAGCCACACAACCCUUGCAGUGGCAGGGGUGGGUGGGGCCCCUAUAGGGGCACUGCCCUGCAGGAUUUGGCCUUGUGAGGUGGCUUGCUUCAUGGGCAGCCCAGCCAUGCAGAACAGGACUCUAUGCAGGUAUGAAGGCACUAGAGGAGGCUUCAGGUUGAGCAGAGGGUGGUGGGAAAGAGGAGAUAUUUCCUUUCUAGAAUUUCAUCUACUAAAAAUUGCCCCUCCCCAUGUGCAUUAUUCAUGAGGGAUAAACUAUACAGACCCUCAUAUAGUUUGGGAAGAAAAGUAGGUUAAGAAGGGGCAAUUUUGAACAGUGAAACAGCUGGGGAGGGGAAAGGACUAAAACAUCACCUACCCACCCACCCCACUUUUGUCUGAUAGAAGAAAUAUUUAUAUAAGAAAGAUGGGGAGGGAAUGGAAAAGAGUCUUAAUGUGUAGUUUUAUCCCCAGCUCUGUAAUUCUGAUUUCUUCACUUCUGGCUGUUCUGCCUUUUGACCAAAGAAGACUUUGAAAAACCUUUCUUUAUACAGUCACAAAACUGGUAUCAGGUUUUAUUUAUCUUGGAAUAUAUGUAUACUUCUUUCUGUACACCUUGAGGGGAAAGGCAGAAUACAAUAAACAGUAAGAUCAUGACAUCUAAGAAACAGGUGGAGAAGCCACAUAUCAGGAAAAGCCCAAUUUCAUACAUGAUGUUAGGAGAUGUUGAGUUUGUGCCUCACUUUCUUGGACUAAAUUUCACUACAUAUCUAUCAUUUGAUUAUCAUAGUCUCGUGCAUUAAUGGAUUGCACAUUACUGUUAACUUUAUCCUGGAAUGUUUAGGUUUGAUCAGUAUGACGUGGACUACAUUUAUUUUUGUUUAUUUAACAAAAUUUUUAUGCAGCUAGAUUGUAAAAACAAAACAGAACCAUCUCUAAUAGGUUUGCAUGAAGGCAUUUAAUCAUCCCCACAAACUUCCUUCGUUCUUUGAAAUCUUAGCUUUCCUUUUUUCCCUGUGUUUUGGUAAGUGUAACCUUCAUUGUGGUUUUCUAAACAGUGUUAUGGGCAAUUAAAGUAAAUUGCUGAGCUGAGAUUGCUAGACCACUUGGCAAUGGACACAGCUCAUUUGCAAGCUAAUUCAUGUAACUUUAUUACAGUUGAGCUGUAAGAUCAUUCCAGUCACUCAAAUGUUGCUCUCUCUUUCAUAAUAAGCAACUCCUAAUUAGUUUAUUUUUUGCAGAAAACUAAGUAGGAGAUGCGUAGGCUAGAAUUUACCAGGCAGAAUAAUGCCAAUUUGUUGCAGUGGUUGACAUGUUGUCUCAGGGGAGAGCUGGAUUCAGAUCCUUGUACAUCCAUAAAGCAUGCUAGGUAGUCACUCUCUUUCCUAGCUUCUGCUACAUCACAGUUUUUGAGGAUAAAGGGGCAAGGAGGGCAAAUAAUUAUUGCUACCCUAAGUUCCUUAGAAGAUAGAUGGGAGGAAAUACAAAGAACAUUAAUAAUAAAUACCAUUUACACUUUAAGGACCGCAAUCCCUGAAGGACUUCUUCGUAUAUAAACCAUUCCGGACUCUGCGUUCAUCAACAUUGGUCGUUUUUCACGUGCCUCCUUCACAGGAGGUCCAGGGGGCCCCCUCAUCUGUAUUGGCUCCCCAUUUGUGGCAUGCUCUCCCCAGAGAAGUUCACAUGGCACCUUCAUUAUAUAUUUUUAGAUGCCAUUCUUCUCCAACCAGGCCUUUGGCUGAUUAAUAUUGUUGUAGCUACUCUCUUUAUCUGGAUAUACUAUAGUGUAGAUUGAGACUUGGACCUUCUGUACUUAGGGCAUGUUUUCAGAAAGACUCUCCUCCUGCGGCUGUCACCAAUGGAAGCGAAAGCCUUGAAAAAGCUCAAUAUGGAGGUCAAAUGGCCGAAAUAUUGGGAAAUUUUGGAACAAGAUGGAGAUAGACUGAAAUUGCAGAGUUUUGAAAAACUAAAAAACAAAGUGCGAGACUGGCUUCAUUAUUUUCAGAUAAUGGAGGCAUUUAAAUUGGACAAGAAAAUUGGCUUCUAGGUGGAAAAAUCAAAAUUAGAAACUGAACUGUUAGAACCCAAAACUAAGAAUUUAUCAAGAAUGUAUAACUUGCUGCUGAAAUGGAACACUCAGGAUGAAACGGUAAAAUCGGCUAUGAUUAAAUGGGCACAAGACGUUGGACAUAACAUUAUGUUUGCUGACUGGGAACAGUUGUGGACCACCGGUAUGAAAUUUACGGCAUGUAAUGCCUUAAGAGAGAAUAUUAUGAAAAUGAUAUACAGGUGGUACAUAAUCCCGGUCAAGCUUGCAAAAAUCUAUCAUUUGCCCGAUAACAAAUGUUGGAAAUGUAAAGAAACUGAAGGUACAUUUUUUCACCUUUGGUGGACGUGCCCAAAGAUUAAGGCUUUCUGGGAAAUGAUAUAUAAUGAAUUAAAAAAGGUAUUUAAAUAUACCUUUCCCAAGAAACCAGAGGCCUUUCUCCUGGGCAUGGUCGGCCAAAAGGUAAUAAAAAAGGAUAGAACUUUCUUUAUGUAUGCAACAACAGCAGCAAGAAUACUCAUCGCAAAGUCUCGGAAGACACAAGAACUUCCCACGCUGGAGGAAUGGCAGAUGAAACUGAUGGACUAUAUGGAAUUGGCGGAAAUGACUGGCAGAAUCCGUGACCAGGGAGAAGAGUCGGUGGAGGAAGAUUGGAAGAAAUUCAAAGAUUAUCUACAGAAACACUGCAAAAUUAAAGAAUGUUAGAGUGAUGUUGGACUAAAAAUAAGUGGUUUCCAGCUGUACAGGAUUUAAAGUUAUAGACAGACUAAUUAAAGAUUAGGAUUAAAAAAGUUGAAGGAAAUGGAAAUUUGGUAUUUAAGAGGUAAAAUUUUUAAUGAUAUAUUAUAUUAAGAUUAAAGAUUGGGAUUAAAAAGUGGAAAAGAAAUUGCUGGACAAACAACUUGGACUGGAAUACAAAAGAGGGAGGUAUGGGGAGGUCCAGAAAAUAAGUAAAUUCAAAAACGGAAAUGGAAAGGUGAUAUUGUUUUUUAAUUGUUCUGUUUCUUUCUUUUUUGUUUUUUUUUGUUUUUUCUGUUUUUUAUUAUGUAUUGUGUAUUUGUGUAUUUUUUCUAUUUUUUCUGUUUAAUCUCUCACUGAAAUUUUAAUAAAAAUCAUUUACCAAAAAAAAAACAAAACCAGACUCUCCUCCUGCAAAGAGGGGAGGGGUUGUGGGCGGGAGCCGAUCUCUGCCUCAAGCAGGGGGCAUUAGCCCCCUGCCACCCACUCACCUGGCUGGCGCACCACGCCCACGGGCAAGCGCCCAACCAGGUGCCUUGGAAGGGGCGUGAACGGCAGCUUAACUUGCUGCUGCGCCAGCCACGCGGCCUCACUUUUCGCCGUCCCGUCACGAGUCACCCACCCUCCACUUCCUUAUAGCUCAGGGUUUCAGUUUUUCUAUUGGCCUUGCUAUGGACCUUAGGUUGGUUGUCCAGGGGGCCUGGUAGGAAUUUUUCCAUUUGGCAUUAGGCUUUGUGGUUUUUUCGCCUACCUCGUAGCAAUUGUCACAACCUUCGUGGUAUUGGUGGGUAGGUUAGGCAUUGGAAUAAUGUGUUUCUGGUGUGUGGAAGGGCUAGGUGUGGCCAUCGCCUACGCCUUCAAUUUUGGGUAUUCCGUUAAAGGAAUCCGGCGGUCGUGUAUUCUGUCUGAUGCCUGUGCGGCGGGGGGCCAUGGCACAACCCUCGGUGACAUCAGGGGAGAGCUUAUAGUUGGAUUAGCAUCAGCAGGCUCCACCUACUGGUGAAUAACCCCCCCUUUUAGACUCACCCCUCUCCAAGUGGGUGGAGUCAACUGACAUGAUCCAAUGCCUAAGCCAAUACCUUUUCACUUGCUGUAAUCAAUAAAGUUGUGGCCUUUUCUUGCCCAUUAACCUUAUAUUACGUGUCCAUGUGUUUUCAUUCCACUAAGCGGGGAUCGGGUCCUCGAACCACAACUGUGGUUGGUCCCCUUCCUAAGAGAACUCCCUGAGAUUUGCUCACUGGAUUAUGGCACCUAAAUGAAUGUAUAAACUUCAUUUUCCUAGGGGAUACAUAAUGGAGAUUUUAAAGUUAAGGGAAGGAUCACAAGGGCGCAAUUAACUGAGAAGGUCACCUGUAUGGGUUCAGUUGAAUUAAUAAGCCACUCACACAUGAGAUCUGGUUGGUGGUGCUCUAAAUCUCUCUUUUCAGUGUUUAAAAGUCUAGUGUGAGUAAGGGAGUAUUCCUUUCAUACUGCACAAGUUUACCAAAACAACAGUAGUCAUUUACAAACAAUUUUGGUAAAAACUGAAGUGCAGGUUAGAGGCAAGUAGGGAUGGGAAAUUGCAGGUACAGACUGUGAUAUCAUGCACACACAGAUUUAUGCUGUAGUCCUAACUCUACUAACUUGAAUGUAACCCUGAUUGACAUACUUCUGAUUAGACAUGGUUAGGAUUGCACUAAAAUUUUUGUGGUGUUUCCAUAUUCUGAGUGGUACUGAAAAUAAUUGUUUUUCUUUUAGUCCAUGUGCCUGAACUACAAGUGUGGUCACCUAGCAUUUUCAUAUACAUGCCCUGAAGUUUUAUCUGACUUCAAGGCUAUUUUUAUUUGACCCCGAACAGGAAGGAUAUGGUCAGGGUGGAGUACUGUGAGAAAUUUUGCCAGUAAAUGGGGGGGAAACAAUGUGAAAGAUAGGCAAACAAUUCUAAAACAAUUUUGCUAAGUGUAACAUUUUUGGAAAUCUUCCCAAAAUUUGUUCCUUUGGGUUUUUUUAAUGAAUAUUUUAAUGCAAUAGAUAAGAAAACCAAGAACAUGUAAGGAAAAAAAACAUGCUGCGGUGUAUAUCAGGAAAAAUUGUUAGUGACGUUAAUGAGGGUGUAACUUGCAAGAGUUCUCCUCUGAGAUAAAUCCUAUAAUGUGGUGCUCCUAGUUCAAAUUGGAGCUUUAGAUCAUACGUUGGUGUUUCCAUAUUAUUUAUUUGUUGUAUUAAUAGGCAUCCAAUAGUGUUCUCUCACACACACACUCUUUUGGGGUAUUGAACAAAGAAGGGGAGGGGAGGAAAGUGAUAGUAAAAAACAACAAAACAAAACAAACAAACAAAAGGAGAGUCCAAUCAGGUGUGGCUGGGUGCAUGCUGAGAUGUGGUGUAUACCCAGCAGCAGUAUGUUGACAUCAUACCUUAUUGAAAAAAGAAAAUGGAGGAGGAAGAGGGGGAAGUUAGGAAGCAAAUGAGAGUAGCUGAUGAAGCUGUGGACUUGAGAAAGAGGAAGAAGGCUCUACUGAAUCUGGAUAAUUUGAGCUUUGUCAAGGUUGUUAAUUCAAAGAUCUUUGUGAUGAGGUGCAACCAAGCUGGUGAAAUUCCUAAGGCUAGGAUAUACUGAGUCUGAAGUGAAUUUAGGUGGUGAUGAAAAACAUGGCUCCUAUUCUUGUUCAGCCACUGACAAUUAGCAGUGUGCAUUUGUUUUGGAAUGGAUGAAAACUUGAAUGAAAGGGGAAUCGUUCAGUUUAUUUUCCAUUCAUUUUAGAAACAGUGUGUUUUGUAGUCAACUGGUGUGAAUGGGUUUGGUCUUUCAUUAAAUUCAUGCAAUUUAAGGAUGGGAUUGGCUUUCUCCAGCAGCAGUGGAUCUUCUUCACCUAUUCUCUUUGUCCUGACAGCCAGUAUCUUAUUUACCUAGAAUAUUGCAUUGUUCUGGGCCAUUGUAGAGAAAUAUGACAGGCAGCAGAUACAUGUAUGCAUCUGUCAACAUGAGCAAGUUCAUGCAAGUUGCAUGGCUUUAAAAGAGGAUUUGAAAUACAGUGGUACCUCGGGUUACAGACGCUUCAGGUUACAAACUCCGCUAACCCAGAAAUAGUACCUCAGGUUAAGAACUUUGGUUCACGAUGAGAACAGAAAUCACAUGGCUGUGGCGUGGCGGCAGCAGGAGACCCCAUUAGCUAAAGUGGUACCUCAGGUUAAGAACAGUUUCAGGUUAAGAACAGACCUCCAGAAUGAAUUAAGUUCUUAACCCGAGGUACCACUGUACAUGGAGGGUAAAGCUAUCAGUGGCUACUAGCUAUGAUGUCUAUGUUUUACCUCCAUUUUCUAGAUACCAGUUGCUGGAAACUACAGUGGGGAGAGGGCUCUUGUGCUUGAAUCCUGCUUGCAGGUUUUCCACAGGCAUCUCGUUGGUCUGUGAGAACAAGAUGCUGAACUAGAUGAGCCAUUGGCCUGAUGCAGCAGGCUCUUCCUAUGUUCUUACGCAAUAGUCCCCAACACUCCAACAACCUUGGGAGUAUUCGUAGAGGCCAGAUUUAUGCUUCAGACAGGGCUGCAGAGAGGCACUAUUUGUACUCAGAAUUCAAGAAAUGAAGCUUUUUCAAAUGUGGAGAUACAGCAAUAGCUUAAAAAAACAAACCCUGUUGAUUUCUGCUAUUAAAAAGCACAGGCACCCAGCCAAUUAUAAAUAGUAAUAGCUGGGAGCGACCACCAGGACCAUAUAACACUGGCCCUGAAAGACCUACAUUGAAUCUCAGUACGAUUCUGAGCACAAUUCAAAGUGUUGUUGCUGACCUUUAAAGCCCUAAAGGACCUCGGCCCUGUAUACCUGAAGGAAUGUCUCCAUCCCCAUCAUUCAGCCCAGACACUGAGAUCUAUCCCUCAUUGCAAGAAGUGGAGUUACAGGGAACCAGGCAGAGGGCCUUCUGGGUAGUGGCGCCCACCUUGUGGAACGCCCUCCCAUCAGAUGUCAAAGAGAUAAGUAACUAUACAACUUUUAGAAGACAUCCGAAGACAGCCCUGUAUAGGAAAGUUUUUUAAAAUAUUUUAUGUUUUAUUAUGUUUUUAUAUAUGUUGGAAGCCGCCUAGAGUGGCUGGGGCAACCCAGUCAGAUGGGUGGGGUACAAAUAUAAUAAUAAUGAUUAUUAUGAUGGCGGAAAUCCCACAAUUUUAAGUCCAGGGGAGAUGGUGGCUGCAAGAAUUGACCACUCAGGUUUGCAAAGAAUUAGUAAUUCAGGGAGAAAAGAAAAUCCUGAUGGAAAAAGAAGCAGAAGAAUGAGAGGAAAUAACUAGAUACAAAAGGAAGCUGAGGGAGCAAAGUGGAAUAAGAAAUGACAGGAAUAAUACUGGAGCAAUAUUAAACCAUCAUCACCAUCAUAAAGCUGUUCAUUCCCAGGGUAUGGUGUAGAAGAACAUGAAGCUGUCACCCACCAAAAGUUCAGCUGGUCUAGGUCCAGCAAUGCAUGGAUAGGAGGCCACCUGGUCACCCUGUGGAUGCCAUACUGAAUUAUAUUAUGGGAAGGCAGGUGGGAUAUAAAUGAAGAAAAUUAACUGGAGUAAGCACAGAGGGUGUGCCUUUGGGGAGUGUGGAUAUAACCCCAUAGUCCCAACUGCAUUUGAUCCAAGACACAAAGGGAGAUCAUUGGAUGUGCUGAAAGAAUGUAUGUGAGUGUCACACUCUUUAGCUUAGCCAUGAAUCCAGUUGCCUAGGUCAAAAUAUGUUGGUCUUUAUAUGCUUUUAAUGGUAGUGUUUGGUGGAAGCUUGUGUUGCAAGAUUACUUUUCAGGAAUUCAAAGACAUAAAAGUUUGGUUUAUCUUUAUACUCUGAAAAGAAUUCUGUUUACCAUUAAACAGUAAUUGUAAUUUGAGCACGCCCUAUCCUUUAAAAUCAUAGCAAUAACAGGUUUCCUAGUUUUACAGCAUACUUGACUUUCAGUUCUUGUUCCUGAUGUAAAAUGUUAUGGCUGUGGCAUAUUUCCCAGUGUGAGAUUCCUGUUUGAGUGCAUUUAUUUACUGUUAUUGUACAUUUAGAAAAUUACUUCCGAAAUGGUAAUAUACUGAAACUGCUAUAAAUUCUUACCAGAUGUAUCAGUGCACUCUGUGCAGGUGCAGUUAUGCUGCUGGUUAACAUUUAGCAUACAGUAAAAUAUUUGCUUUAUUUCAUUAUAACAUAAUAGAAUCAUUUAUGUUAAGAGUUUUUAAACUUGACAGAAUUAUUAACCCAAUUGGGGCAGAUUUGAGGAUGUUAUAGUGAGAAACACUCUUUCAUCCAUAAAGAUUAAAGGCUUUAGUUCAGUCCACUGCAAGUGUAGCAGCCAUGCUGAUAUGGGCGAUCACAGAACAAGGGUGGAGAACCUGUGGCCCCCCCCAGAUCUUGUUGGAAUCCCAUCUCCCAUCUGCCCUAGCCAGCAUGGUCAAUGCUUUUGAUGGGAGUUGUAGUCCUCCCAUCCCUCACCCACAAUGUGUGCAGACAGGCACUGCAUCCUAGUGUUAUUGGGAAUGACCAGCCUAUUCAUGCAAGCCAUAUUCCUAACUAGCUUGGCCCCUCCACUUGGUGAAGGAAGUGAGCAUUCAUGUUAAUAGCCAGUUGGCUGGAUGCAUGCCCAGCUGCAUGCAUUGAGGGGCUGGAAGAAGGGGAAAGACCUCCAUGUGGGUUCUAUUAUGAUCCCUCUGUUGCCACAUGUGGCAUGCUCUGUGUAGAUUUAAUCAAACCUUUCUUGUGUCUCUUCCCUUCCCCAUAGGAGCUGGACACUCAUGUUCCAUAUGGUCUUUUGCCAAUUAUGAUGAAAUCCCCCUUCUCACAUUUAUUUAGCAAACUGAAGUUACUUAAGAUUAUGUUACUUUGAGCUAAACAGUGACUGUAUAUUGAGAAAGUAAUUGGAUUCAUGACAUGUUUGUACAAAUAAUUAAUUUGACAUUUGCAAGGACCAUUGUUAGAAAGGGAAAACAACACUAAAAUUUCACAUUCUUUUGAUAGGAUCCAUAAUGAUUCAGAUAUAUUAUAGAUUGUAGGUAAUCAAUUCAGAAUAUAAAUUUGUAUCAUUCAUGUUGCACCCACAAGGACAAUUUUAUUCUCAUGGUUGAUUGGCCCAAGUGCAAGCUCCUCUUACACAUGCACUUGCUUGCACCCUUCAGUCCUUACUUAUUAAACCAUAGUUUCCUGUGACAUCCAAACUGCUAAACUGACUUCAUCACUGCUUUAUGAUUGAUAAUCUCCUGGUUUGUAAGCAGCUAUUAAACCAGUGAUUCCUGUUUCAGACGUCAUGGGAAACGGUGGUUUAAUAAGCCAGGAUAGAAGCACUGAAGCUAGAAGUGAGGAGAGUAUAUGUAGCCACACAGCUUCUUCUUCAGUCAAUAAAUCAUGGUUUAUUGACUUAAGAUUACAGUAUUAUGAAGCAGAUCAUAGGCUGAAAUAUAAAAAGGUAAGACAAAGAAAUACAAGCUGGCUUUUUCAGUUCUGAAACAGAUGACAAUAACAUAAGAGUGUGGUUGAUAUUACCAGUGUCACAUAAAAGGAUAGGAUUUUAACAGAUGUUAAAGAACCACAGAAUUUUUGUGUACACAUCCUGAUGCAUAAACCAGUUUUAUGGCUUAAACAAGCAAACCUUCCCCUCCAGCGCAGCUUGCAUGGUGCAGGAGAAGCUAAGGAAUGGCAGCAGGGUGCUGGAUCAUGUAGAGCUCCCUAGGCAGCUGGUAUUUGGAAGCACAUGAUUAUUAUGUAAUACUGGAGGAUGCAUUUCUGUAUACAACUACUAAUAUCAUCAGAAAACCAAUUCACUAGUUAGAUGGAAGAAAUGUUGAUUUCAUGUCCCAGGCUGCUUCUUUUUUUAUAUUUCCCCCCAAACUAUUUUCACGCUAAGAUUUUGAAAAGUGCCACAAGAUUUUUCUAGGGUAGAAUGCUGCUGCUGUAUAUGGUGUUUGAUCAUUUAAUGAUCAUAAAGAAAAUUGCAGAAAUUAAAGGUUGAAAGUAUUACUCUGUAGCCAUAUGAGGUCAACAUGUUGCCCAACUGGAGGGCAAGUCCAUGUUUAACUACAUUUUAUAACUUCAAAGAUAGUGUAUGCCUUUUCUCUUGUGAAUAGCUGCUAAAGAUCCAGUUAAACACACAGUAAGAAUACAUUGAACUGAACAGUGUUGAUUCUUUUAUUUGUUGUUUUGCCUGAAGUUUUCUGUACAAAAAAAUUAAUGGGAAAUUCUAAAUCAAUACGCUCAAACUCUUCUUCAUCGCCUUUACAUAAGGUUUUUUCUACUCUUUUGCAAAAUGCAGAAUUUGUAUUUAGAAUGUGAGUAAUCUUAUGCUCAGUUUAUUUUAGGUCAGUGCAAUAAAACAUAAUCUAAAUCUGGAUAUAUUCAUUUUUAAUUUCAUAAGGACAUGACUAAUUUCAAAGAACAGGUAUGUCACAUAGAUGACUGGACAAAUUUAUUUUCUUUUGUUCCAGAGUGGGACCGAUACAAACAUGUUCAAAUUACAAUUGGGAAUAACUUCCUGACAAUGGCCUGGUUUACAUGACAUGGUAAGCCAAACUAUGGUUUACUGUUAGCUCACACAUUUGCGCAGUCCCAGUAAACCAUGGCUUGGCUUACUGUGUAGUACAAACUGGUGGUGGUGGUGGAAGUGAUGCCAUCUUGCUCUUUGCCCUUGGACUGACCCUGGUGUGGAGUGGAGGCUGCCUCUUACACAAACUGUUUUUCUGACUUCUUCUCCUAACUCCCAGUAAUUGUGUGGAGGCAUGAAAUUGCUCAUUUUACCCACCUUCUUGGCACUGCUUGAAGCAGCUAGUAGAAAAAGUACAGCAUUGAUUGUGUAAAAAUCUUGAAAAAUAUGAAUCAUCUGUCUUAAACUUAUAUUUAUGGCAAUGCAUCCUUCAAAUGGGUGGGGGGAUCCUGAGGAUUAAUAGAAACAAAAUACCUCUCAGAAUACCUCCCUAGCAUUUUCUAGCUCUCAUGUACCUUUUCAAAAUGUAUCUCCAUUAGGAGAGUACUUGAAUAAUUUGUCAAGCGAGUGACAACUAUUCCCAUGGCAAUUUUUAGAUAAGACAAUAUUAGUGCAAUUGUAGGUUCAUCCAUAUAUUUGUUUUUUACUGUUCAUACUGGAUAUCAGUUAUUACUUUAUAUUGUUUUGAAAAUACAGUUAAUUAGGUUUUUCCUUUCUUAGUUCAUCAUCUUAAACAUAAUUCCGCCAUUCUUCCUUUUGUAAGGUUGUCAUCCUAUGCAUGCUUACCAAUAACAGUGAGGCCAAUUUCUUGAUAACAGAGCUACCCUAAUGGGCUAAUAAACUAAGGCUGAAUCCUUAAAAGGUAGAAGUGCUGUGGGUGGGUGGCCCCUCUGUUUGGGAAUUGGAUGCACACCCUGGUCUGGGAAGGUUCACACUCCUGUUUAAGCAACAGGUUCGUUGUCUGGGAGUAUUUAUGGAUUCCAGUUUGUGACUGUAGUUUCAAGUGGCUAGGAGUGCUCAUUCCCAGCUUCAGUUGUUUCUUCAACAACAGUUGCCUGUGCUCUAGUAACUUCCUGCCUGGACUACUGUAAUGUGUUCCAUGUGGGGCUGCCCUCGAAGCUAGAAUGUGGCUUCUAGGCUGGUAAGAAGGGCAGCCUGAUGGGACCCUCUGUCACCAGUCCUGAAAGGACUGCGCUGGCAGCCAUUGAGCUACGGGGCCAAAUUCAAGGUAUUAGUACUAGCUUGUAAAACCCUAAAUGGCUUGGGACCUCAGUUCCUAAAAGAGUGCCGUGCUCAGCAUCACCCGGCAGGUGAGGCCUUGUUGGUGUUGACUCUGUUGAGCCCUGCCUACUUGGUGUGGAGCCAUGAUAGGGCCUUUUCUGUUUGUAGACUGCCCUACCUAGUGAAGUGCAUCUGUCUCCCUUAUUAUUGUUUACCGGGAAAAACAUUUCCCAGACAUUUGAUGACUGAAAGACACUGGUAUAAUGUUUUUAACUUCUUCUUUAAGUAUGUUUUUGGUUGUUGCUUUUAAUGUCUUAUCAUUUCUGUAUCUGCCACACUGGGCAGCAUGAAGGAUGGGGUAUAAAUUGAAUUAAUAACUGUAAUAAUAAAGCUUUAAUUACACUUUUGAAGGACUUAUUGGAACUAGCUACAUACCUCGGGGCGGGAAUGUGAGUGGUUUCUGUGUUACUUGUUCCAAAUUAUCUUAGGGAAAUCUUCUCUCCUGCCACCCACAACAAAAUUGGAACUGUUUUUACUUUAGGUCUGACUCACUCUCUAGACACAGUUCUACAAAGUUAUGUCUGUUUCCUUCUAGUUCAGCAACAAAACUGAUAGCACAUUUGCCAAGCUAAGCAGGGUCCAGUAUGGUUUCAAAUUGGAUGGGGAACCACAUGUUGAGAUUCCAGCAUUGCAGGGGGUUGGACUAGGUUCUUGAUCUCCUCCUCAAGUCCAUACUGUACUACAGGAGGAAGGGGGAGGGGAGAGCAAGCAUACUCAAUACAGUACUUGUCAGGGUUAACUUCUACUUCCAAACCAGCUCUCUGUCUCCAACAGUAGCCACCCAGAUUCCUUACCUGGAAGACUCAUUUAUACAAUGUGUAUGCAAAAAGCUCAUCUGCUGCAGUUUAGACAUGACAUCACUUGCAGGGCAGCAAGCAUGUUAUGGGCUCUUGAACUAUAAGUAGAACACGAACUCCUAUAUUGUUUGCACCUAUCUUGUAAUUAGAGGUAUGUUUUGUGAGUGAAAAUCAGUAGCUGAAGAUGUGAAUCUGUCCUUAGUGCUAUAAAUAUUUCGUACCACAUACUAAAUAAUUUUUAUGGCAGUCUAACUCAGUGUUGUGGGAAUUUUAUUAAUUCUCAAAUGGUGAAACCAAGAGACUUUGUGUGUGAGUAAAAAAUAACGCAUAUUGACAGUUUGCUGCACAAGAAAAUGCUAAGAGAGUUUCACUUCUCAGUCAGUGGGAGACUGAUGAAUUUCAUAAGUUGGUGGAUCCCCUUAGUAGUAAUAAUAUGCUUGGAAAUUACUGACUUAAGCUGAUCUUGUGGUUAUGAAAGGUUUUAUUAGUACAAUUUUUUUUGUAAUUGAUUUCUACCUUUCAAUAAUCAUAGCGAGAAUGCUGUGUUCAUUUUAAAUCUUUCUUUUAAUAAUUCCUGAUUGAUUUAAGCAACUCCAAAAGCAAAUUAGGUGUAUUUGUUUUACAACAGUGCAUGAGAGUUUUUUGGGUAACAGGUUUUUUGAUAAUUUAACAGCUGCAAUGGUAGAUAAGUACUAAAAUCAGGUAAAGAUUCAACAUAUAGUAGAAUAUAGCAGUAGUGAGACAGUAGGCAAUGCUUUUCUUAAAGAGAUAACAGUUAAACUUGACAAUAUUUUAUAUUGUUCUUAAGUUUUAUUAUAUUCUUAUGAAUAAAAUGAAAAUAUACAUGCACAUAGCCUGCUGGAUCAGGCCAAUGGCCCAUCUGGUCCAGCAUCUUGUUCUCACAGUGGCCAAGCAUAAUGGCAAUUCAUGAUUAAGCCACGUUUUUGUGGAACCUGGAGCGUCACUUUUAGGGUUUCCUGAGUUUGUUUUUGGUUACACCUUGUGAUUAGUAAUUUUAAACUUGGUUCAUAAAACUAAAGUGGGGAGAAUUAUUCUUAGGAAAAAGGUUUCUGUUACAUCUGAAUAGUUACAUGCAUGCAUUAAAAAAAAAAGGAAAAUAAAUAAGAAUAUGUAUCUAGCUGAUCCUAUCCAAAACGGUUCCUAUGAGAUAAAAUUCUGUUAAGCAAAUGUCUGAAUCCUUAGGAUCUUAUGUUGGUUAGCAGCUCUUUCUGGUUUUCAAUGUACCACUUCAGGUCUGAUCUUCACUUUCUCCUGAGAACCUCCAAGACUUUGCCUUUGCAAGUACCUCUCUAACUGUGACCUUGAGCUAUCUCCCCCCCCCCUUUUUUUUGUAUAAAUCAAACCACAAACCAGCCUACAUUAAAAAGUACACUCUUCCUUUAAUCCCUUUUGCAGACCACAUGCUGAAGUGGUUAUCUGCCAGCCAAGGUUGACUCUAGGAAGCAAGUUAACCAUGUAAUUCGCAAACCAAACUUUAUACAAGAUCAUUGUUUCUUUUUAAACAGUCCAAUUCUUUCACACAAGCCAACUUCAAACCAUGAGUUAUGAAGCUGACUUCUUAAACAAAGUGUUUGUUUUAAACUAGGAUAUCUAGUUUGUACAUAUUUAUUUGAAAGCAAAGCUAAAUUUGGCAGAAAUUAUCCCACUAGUCUUAUGGGAGGAGCAGAGAGGAGUGAGAGUUGUGUGAGCCUCAUUUUUUGCUUGGCCUUAUGGACACUUUGUUAUGUACGUAUUCAGUGGUCUGUGUUUUCCUGAGCUUGAGUCUGCACUAAGGAUUCUGAGCUCCUGUGUUCUGAUUCGAUACACGAUAUCCAAUCACAGAACAUUUCAGGAUUUUGGCCUCUGCCAUUGGCCCUUAAACUCUUAAGUCAUGAUUUGCAGCUUGGAAGUUUAGACGGCCAUUCACGUCAGGAGUGGGAGUGGCCCAGGCCUUCAGGAAUGUAUAUAAGCUGUUGCUUUGCCCCUGUUGUCCAGUUCUGGCUGGCUUCAGGAGCUGCUCACGGUCGUGGCGCCCACCAUUUUUCCUUUCCGAAAGUCCCCAUAUGAUGGAGAACAGGCGAAGUCCCGGCAGACUGGAGGAGGGCAAAUGUUGUCCCUAUUUUCAAAAAGGGGAAAAGAGAGGACCCAAAUAAUUACCGCCCAGUCAGUCUGACAUCAAUACCAGGGAAGAUUCUGGAGCAGAUCAUUAAGCAAACAGUCUGUGAGCACCUAGAAAGGAAUGCUGUGAUCACCAAUAGUCAGCAUGGAUUUCUGAAAAAUAAGUCAUGUCAGACUAACCUGAUCUCGGUUUUUGACAGAAUUACAAGCCUGGUAGAUGAAGGGAAUGCAGUGGAUGUAGCCUACCUUGAUUUCAGCAAGGCAUUUGACAAGGUGCCCCAUGAUAUUCUUGUAAAGAAGCUGGUAAAAUGCGGUCUUGACUAUGCUACCACUCAGUGGAUUUGUAACUGGCUGACUGACCGAACCCAAAGGGUGCUCAUCAAUGGUUCCUCUUCAUCCUGGAGAAGAGUGACUAGUGGGGUGCCACAGGGUUCUGUCUUGGGCCCGGUCUUAUUCAACAUCUUUAUCAACGACUUGGAUGAUGGACUCAAGGGCAUCCUGAUCAAAUUUGCAGAUGACACCAAACUGGGAGGGGUGGCUAACACCCCAGAGGACAGGAUCACACUUCAAAACGACCUUGACAGAUUAGAGAACUGGGCCAAAACAAACAAGAUGAAUUUUAACAGGGAGAAAUGUAAAGUAUUGCACUUGGGCAAAAAAAUGAGAGGCACAAAUACAAGAUGGGGGACACCUGGCUUGAGAGCAGUACAUGUGAAAAGGAUCUAGGAGUCUUGGUUGACCACAAACUUGACAUGAGCCAACAGUGUGACGCGGCAGCUAAAAAAGCCAAUGCAAUUCUGGGCUGCAUCAAUAGGAGUAUAGCAUCUAGAUCAAGGGAAGUAAUAGUGCCACUGUAUUCUGCUCUGGUCAGACCUCACCUGGAGUACUGUGUCCAGUUCUGGGCACCACAGUUCAAGAAGGACAUUGACAAACUGGAACGUGUCCAGAGGAGGGCAACCAAAAUGGUCAAAGGCCUGGAAACGAUGCCUUAUGAGGAACGGCUAAUGGAGCUGGGCAUGUUUAGCCUGGAGAAGAGGAGGUUAAGGGGUGAUAUGAUAGCCAUGUUCAAAUAUAUAAAAGGAUGUCACAUAGAGGAGGGAGAAAGGUUGUUUUCUGCUGCUCCAGAGAAGCGGACACGGAGCAAUGGAUCCAAACUACAAGAAAGAAGAUUCCACCUAAACAUUAGGAAGAACUUCCUGACAGUAAGAGCUGUUCGACAGUGGAAUUUGCUGCCAAGGAGUGUGGUGGAGUCUCCUUCUUUGGAGGUCUUUAAGCAGAGGCUUGACAACCAUAUGUCAGGAGUGCUCUGAUGGUGUUUCCUGCUCGGCAGGGGGUUGGACUCGAUGGCCCUUGUGGUCUCUUCCAACUCUAUGAUUCUAUGAUUCUAUGAUUCUAUGUGUUGCGCACAAGACGCAUCAUAUGGGGACUUCCGGAGAGGAAAAAUGGCGGGUGCCAUGGCAGCGAGCAGCUCCUGAAAUCAGCCAGAGCCAACUACGCUUCCGGGUUGCUGAGGCUGCCGCUGCCACGUUUCCUGGGGACAGAUUUGCAAAUCGGGGGACAUUCCGGGGACGGAAUUUAACCGGGGACAGAUUUGCAAAUCUGGGAACUGGGGACGUCUGGUAACCCUAAGUUAUCACUGUGUUUGCCUUGUGGGAAUCCACCUACACUUCAGGCCUGUCCUUGUAGCACUAAACGAUGGUUUAGCAUUCAAUGCAGACCAGGCCAUUCUGUUUCUGUGUUGAGGUUUUUAAUGGUUUUUCUCCACCGUUAUACGUGCUUCCUUUGAUAUUCUGUGAUACAACCCUUUGAGUAAUAAAUAAUUUUUAAAGUGGAAAUUUUAUAAUAUUUUCAUUCUUUCUUCCCCUGCUCCCUUCCCCACACUUCCUUGAGUGCUGAUGAUUUCAGGCUUAGUUUGGAUUGCAUGAGAGAUCAUUGGAGACUUAAGAUGGUAUCAUUGUAAUAUUUCUUUUAUGUACACAACUACUAAGACUGCAUCAUGCUUUCUAAAGGAAACAAGUGUGUCUCAAAGUGUUUCACCUUUAGUUAACUUUCAGAUCUGUUUGCCACUCUAUCCGAAGAACAGCUGUUCACUGCCAUAACACCAUAUCUCUGCAUUUCUCACUAACCAUAGCUUGUUAUGUUUCAAAGGCAGGAGAGAGACAGCGUUUUGGUCAUUAGUUCCCAUAGAAGGAACAUCAGCUUAUCAUCUGUGACUGUCAGAAAGCAAUUAGGUUAAUGAAAGAUGGUUUCAUGGUGGGGUGAAUUUUGUCGUCAAGGUUGGCAUGCACCAUUCAUUUGGGGUUCACCUUUUAGCAUUAUAAUGACAAUAAAUGCCACUUUUUUAUUCGCUUUGAGAUAUGCUAGUUAAGCACCCUUUUAGCAUAAUUUAGGAAAUAAUAAUUUCAGAUACACAUGAAUCGCUUCAUUUUAAUACAGUUCAUUCACAGGGUCUAAUUGGUACAUAGUGUCUCUGAUGUUCAUUAAAAUGUAAUAAUAUAAAGGCAGUAACACCAAGACAGUUGCAUACGAAGAGCAUAUCUAUUCUAAGCAUAAACCUGCUGGUGCUUAUGUUCCACUUUUACCCACACCAGCUUGCAUGUAACCUCAAAGCUGACAGCCUGUUACAAAACAAAUUUUUUUAGUUUAGUAGUUUUUAGAUUUUUCUGGGAAACCAUGAUGCAACAAGAAGGACAGUCACCGUUCGAAAAUAAUCUUCCUGCUUUAUGCUUGAUGUGAUUAAUAGCAACGAGAGCUGCUGGUGAAGUUUGUUUAUUUUAUUUGUUUAGUAAUGUAUAUAGGUUGCCUUUUUUGGGAAGGCAACUUACACAUCAUAAAACAGAGUUUUCAAAUUACAGAGGCAGUAUCUAUAACUUUAAAACAAUGGCCAGUUAAAGCAUGUAAGACAACAUAAAUCUUAGCAGAAAAAGAGCUAUACAAUCUAAGAGAGUUCUCUAAAAGUAAAAAGUAAAAUAAAAUUUGAAAUGCCUUAUUUAAGAGAAGGUGGACCAAAAGAAAUGGGUUUUUAAAAAUCCACUUAAAUAUUUAGAGCACCAAGGACAAAUGUACUUCUGUGGGGAAGGAAUAUGACAGUCUGGGAGCCACCACAGUUUGGGGGGCAGGGAAAGGCAAGUAAGGAGUGGGCACACAAUAGUGGCUUAAAAAAUUAUAUGUGCUGUAAGAAACUGGAUAGAGAAGUUGUGAUCAUUUCUUAUAAUAUUAGGAUGCAGUGAAGGUGAGUGGUGGAAGAUUUCAGGGCAGACAAAAAGAAGUACUUAUUCACAUGACUUUUGGAAUUAGUUACCACAAAAUGUGAUGAUGGCCACCGACUUCUGUAGCUUUAAAAAUAUGAUUAGGCAAAUUCAUGGAGGACAAGUCAGAUCACUGGCUACUAAUCUUGAUAGCUACCUCCCAAUUAUCAGAGGCACUAUGCCUUUGAAUACCAGCUGCUGAGAAACAACAGAAGAGAGGACUCUUCCCCUCAUGCCCUGCUUGGGGUCUGCCCAAAGGCAUCUGACUGGACAUUGUAAGAGACAGAAUGCUCAACUAGGUAGGCCUUUCAUCUGAUCCAAUAGGCCUCUUCCUAUGAUCUUAAUUUAUAAUGUUUUAAUCCUGAACCAGUGUUCAGUUGUUUGUGUUGGUUAGGUUUUCCGAGUUAUUUAUUUAACAAUAUAACUAAAUGUUUAUAGCUCAGGCACUGUUGUAUGUAUUUAUUACAUUAAAAGACUUUCUUUUAUGAUUCACAGUACUAUUUUACCGUCCUCUUUGGUCAUGAAGGACAGAAGCCACUUGAGCUGCGUUGUGAGGAGGAAGCAGAUGGGGAAGAAUGGGUAGAGGCUAUUCACCAAGCCAGGUACGAAACCUCCACUUACAGUCUCCACCUAGUCAAGCACUCCUUUUGUUUACUGAGGAAAAAUCUACUUCCUUCUCUCUUGUACUAUUCUGGACUCCGCAGAUCACACAACAAUACCAUUACCUGCCACUGAUCUUCUUCCUUCUUCCCCUGAUACAAAAAGUCUGGAGUUGUCCUGAGGGUCAAACUACACAGUACAGCCCAUGCCUUGAAGGGCAGAGUUUUGUUGUUUUUUACCACAUGCAGGAAGACUGUUCCAGAUAGGGACUCUAGCAUGGUGGGUUGGGGGAUUGCCCCCCAUAGCCCUAGUCCUGGCCUUGCAAUCUCUUUCAGAAAUAAGAUCCCAUUAAAGCAGAUGAAUUUUUUCCACAGUGCAAAUUACAGGCGCAUGGUGGGAGCAAUGGGCUAAUGCCACUCUGGAAACCUUUGCACUUAAAGGCACAGCUUUGUAGCAAACAACAUGCAGUUUGAUCCUCUGGAGACAGUUUAUUCCCACCAUCACUUAUCAGGAAGUAUGCAAAACUCUCAUCCCUCUGAUACCUCUAUACAGUAAGUCACUAUAUCCUACAUAUAAGUCCAUAGACACUUCCAUACAGUAGUAAUUUUCCUUUCAUUGUCCCAGUAUGAUUCACUGCUCUGCCUGUCAUGGUGGCUUAAAACUUUUGGCUUGAGCUGUGGCACUAAUAAUGUGAUAUGCUAUAUUAAGAGCACGUGAUGCAAGUAAGAUGGCAGGCCAAAGGAGAAUGGACUAUUUCAGAAGACGAGGUCUUGCUGGUAGUGGAGGGAACUUCUAAUGCCUGUACAGUGAUUUGGAGAAGCAUUCUUUAUUAAACAAGUGUGGGAUAAUUCUUUUAGAACAUACUUCACUGGCAACACGAUUCAAAUGGAUGGAGUAGGAAUGCAUUACUUUGGUCAACAUGAUACUUCCCGCCAAUCAAAUUGUGAGGGAAGAGAAUCUCUUGCACUCCUUUCAGUCAGGACAUGAGAAAUGCUGAAAGCAUGGACUGUAGCCACUUCUUCCUAUGUAGGCAAUCAGCCACUAUUAGGUCUUGCUUGAUAGCACAGCCCUUUUGGUGACCAGCAUUUCUUUGAAUCUCCUUACAGCUCACUGAUACCUGGCCGUACUGUGGUUCACUGUUUAGGUCUGUCUUUUACAGUAAGGGAAACAUGUUACUGAUUUCUCCUGUCUUCCUUUUUUUUUUAAUGAUAUUUAUUAAGAAUUUUAGAAUUACAAAAAAAAAAGAGAGAAAAAGAGAGAGAAAAAACAAAAGAAAAACAAACCACAAUCGAACAAUACAAAUUGAUAAAAAUCAAAAUCAAGAAAUAACACGACACAAUCAAAAAACAUAAAUAUGCCACAAACAUUUAAAAACAAAUCCAGUAUUCUCAAAUCCUUAACUGUCAUUACCUUCUUUCUUUGACCUCCUCACGCCUCCCUUUUUUUGUAUCCUAGUUGUUAAUUGUCACAGCAAAUCCUUUCCAUAUUUCAUAAUAUUCUGUCAUUACAUUACCUUAAUCUAUUUUAAUCUUAUCUUACUAUAAAAAACCUUAAAACUUAGAUCUUAUUUAUACCAAUUUCUCCUAACCAUAAUAUUCUUACAUAAUUCUUUAAACAUUUUUGCUAAAGCCAGAUAAUUUCAUUCCAACAUUUUUCUAACGUUCAUCGAUUUUAUAAAACAAUCCUAAUAAAAAAAAAUUUUUUUUUCUUCCAAUCUUCAUCCAGCGUCUCUUCCUCCUGGUCCCGGGUUUUGUCAGUCCUUUCUAUCCCAUCAAUCUAGCGCAUUAACCUGGUAAUCUUAUGUCCGAGGCCCUUAAGUCCCUUCCAUGUCCCAUCCGCAGUUCUUCUUCAUAUUUAUACCUGUACUUUACUUUGUCUCCUGCUCCUUUCACUUGUGGGAAUUCCAACUUAACAGUGUUUUUGACCCUUCUCGACAAAUAAGCCCCUUUUCCAUAGUCCACACUAACCUCCAUGUGGUAUUUAAAAACAUGUUUCAAAGUCCCUCCAGAAUUAAGAGCCCCCACAACCCCAAACAUCUCCCGGCCCAUUGCCAGACUUGAAAAGUCCAAACAUCCCUGCAUAGGGGGGGUCUAUCCAACCCCCCAUUUCCAAACCAAACCAAACCAUACCAAACUUUAUCUUUCCAAAUCUGGCUUUUUCCAAGUUCAUUUGUCAAAUCCAAGAACUCAUGUUCCUGCUGGGCCACAGCUCCCUCCAUCUCUGGCGCCCAAGGUUCAGCAACAUCCUCUUCCCUCAUCUGUUCUGUCGGAGCACACUCCUGAUUUGAUUCCUGGGUGGGCUCUAUAUAGUUUCCCACUACCUGUCCAAAAUUUCUGAUCGCAACAGUCAUCAAGUCCGUCUUCUCAUGUAGCUGUUCCAGUAGGUCACUUGUUUUACAGAAAGCACGCAGCAGAGCUUCUGAAUACAUUGUUCUGCAAGGUCAGAAGUCUAUUCCCAUGAUCGUAAUCUAUUGCAGCUGCAAGCUCCCCAGUUCAGAAUUGGUGACAGUUUCACAGGCUCCCUCUAGGGGAAGAGCUUCUAUUUGUUCUUUUCUUUUAAAGGCAGAUCUAACAACAAAGUUUCCUUUUUCAGAUAUUUUGUCAAUAUUUGUUCCUUUAAAAUGCGAAGGGGAACAAUGGAAUCACUAUGUUUCUCUUCUUUUAACUAUCUGUCAAAGACGUUUGUCUCUGGUCAAUGAGCUUCCCGAAAAACGUCAGUCCUGACACCCCGCUCCAGUAUCAAGACGGUGGAAAGUUACUUUGCGUUACACUCUCUUCUGCAGGUUUAAACAGUCCGGAAAAAAUCCCCCCUCUUCUCCUGCUUCCGAAGGGGGUUCAACAAUUUUAAAUGAUGAAAGUUAAUCCUUUACAGGCGAUUUUCUGAACUCUAGUUUGCCAUGUCUUUGCUUUAAUCUAUCUACAAGAAACGGAAGGCUGACUUCCUGUUUAGACCUUCCCGUUUCAGUGCCAAAUUGAGGUAAAUUUCUUAGUCCAAUUUUCCUUUCUACUCGCAAAUCAUUAUUUGAAGUCCAAUUGUCCGAAAUUUAAGUACUCACGGGUAGUUGUUUUAAAAGCCAAAUUGUCCCAGGAAAAAAGGCAGCGCUCUCCGGCAACGGCUGUGCGGCUUCGCUCCACGGAAGAAGCAGUUGACUCUCAGCACCGCGCCACUUCCCCCUCUUCACUCCGGAGCCUGUUAGUGGGUUCCUUUGCGGGUUGGGGGGGCGCUAAAGGUGCACGCCGAGUCCCAUGGUCACAGGCUUCAUCCGCCUGUGAUUUUUGAAAGGGUCCCCGCUUCGCCGUAGCGGGAAAGACCCGUUUCCCGUGGAGCUGGUCCCUCCAAAUCAGAGGGAGUCCGCCAUUACCGAUGGCGCCACCCCGGAAGUCCUGAUUUCUCCUGUCUUCCUGUUCCUAUACUGUUCUGGUAACAUUACAACAGUAAGAUCAUGUGAGAGUUACAGACAACAUGGUUAUGUGUCAUGUCAAUGCCUCUCUUCUCUGGGAUGUAAAAUAAAAGCUGUCUUCACUGAGGGAAAAGGAUGCAAGCUCUGGGUGAAAUCAGGAGAUGAUGAGUAGCCAACUGUUUUCAUGAGCAUGGAAACAUAGAUAGUGUAGUUUAUAAAUUGUGGGUGAUGAUCAUGGUAAGAAAUCUCAAGCUGCCCUCUGUUGUCUUCAAACAGCUCACAAUGAUCUCUUAUAAUUUAGGUUUAAUCUGAGUUUCUUUUCCAAGCCAGCAACCAAAUUUAAUAGCUAUUCCCAGUUUCUGCCUUGGAGUUGAUAGAAUACUGUUAGAUCAUAAUAAAUAGCUUAUUCAUAGUUUCAGAAUUAUAUGGAUAGGAAUGAGUCGACCUUUUAAAGAUCUCAAAUCUAUAUUAUAAAGUGUUUUAAAAAUGAUUAUUGCAAAGCAAGAAAAGGGAUAAAAAAUUAGAAUACUCAGUUUAGGCUAGUCUUGAGCAGACCUUGGGACAUACUUCUGAGUAGACAUGUAUAAGAUUGUGCUGUUAAUUCGUUGCUUUAUAUUGCUUUUUCUGGAGCAGAGCUGUUCCUCUCAAGCAGGCAAAAGUGUGAGGAAGUGAAAUAAUCUGUUGAUUGGAAAAUAACCCAUGCAGAAAUAGAAUGUUUCUGUGCAGAAGGUGAUAUUGCUCCAUCCUACAGUGUUCUGUGUGCACCUUGUCCAACAGCCAGGCAAAGGAUUUCAGCACUGAUUCUACUGAAUUGCUUAUGUGCCUUAAGGGCAAUGUCUCUGCCAGAAAGCCGGAGACCUCGAGAGCAAUGUCUUGCAUCAGUUCUUAACAACUUGGUUGUGUUUUAGAGCCCCACAUGCUAAAAGCCUUCCCAUUAUUUUCUGCAAGCAGGAGUCACCUCACACUUUCACAGGCAUUCAUUAUUGAAUGUACUGAUAUUGUGCCAGUCUUUUAAUCAGGGGUUAUGGAGGGAAAGAGAGGUUACCAAUCUAUUAUUAAUUUAAAUUAAUAGGUGGGAUCAGCUGCACCCACCCAGACAACACAUACAUAACUCUUAGAAUGAGAGAGUCCCAUGAGUGAACUUGCCCCAACUCAUUUUUAAAAGCUUGGCAUGAGGGGGUGUCAACUGUUGGGACACCACUGUAGCUGCUAUUUGGUUAUAAACCUCUUGCCUAGGAAUCUUGACUUCUGGACCUUGCUCCUGAGUCUGUUACUAGCUUGAAUAAAGAUAUUUCCCUUACUUUUUAGCAUGAGUUGCUGUCAUUUUGUUUAGGGAUGGGAGCCUGAUACAGAUAAUCAAUUUCCUCCAAGCAUAUAUCUUGACACUAUGCUAGAGUAGGAGAGAUGUAGUCUGUUUUCCUCUCCGUUUAAUGUAAUAUUUUCAGAAGUACUGUUUUCUUCUUCAACUUAAAUGUGCUACCUACCAUAAUUAACGCAGAUUGUGAUGGGCAUUCUGCUAAAUAAAACAUCAACCCUCCCCUUUUUACCUCUUUGCAGCUAUUCAGAUAUCCUGAUUGAGCGGGAAGUUUUAAUGCAAAAAUAUAUUCAUCUAGUUCAGAUUGUAGAGACAGAAAAGAUUUCAGCCAAUCAGUUACGACAUCAGCUUGAAGACCAAGACACAGAAAUUGAAAGGCUUAAAUCAGAGGUAUGUUCCGAUAUGAUGCGCAGGUUACAUUUUAUCACUACCUUUUAUAUAUAUUUAUAUAUUAGGAGUGCAAUCUACUUCCCUUUUGAGUCAAUGGGUUUUUUUCAAAAAACAACAACUCCUCUUAAAUUAUUAUGUGAAUGAAUUGAACCUUAGGUUAAUUGUGAAGUAAUCACCACUGAGUAUGUAGACUUAGAUUUCCUUGCCUGAUAAUUUCCCUGACUUCAUCCGUAAUCUUCAUUAAUGAUGCAGACUUUAAAAACUGCAACAGAAUAAUGCAAUUUUAUUUUAAUCUUUGCCAUUAUUUUUUUUUAAUGUCGUGUAGCAUGGCAUUAUAUUUCAUUUCCCUAAAGCAGGAAUUUACAUGUUCUUAUCCACCAAGCUAAAAUGCAUCCUACUAGCCACCUGUUGUGGCCUGCGAAGUGCUAAGUCUUGUUUUUACACUCUCAGGCAGUCAGAGACCACAGAUGUCCUGGUGACUGCUAUGGUAUGUGGGGCUUCGUAGAUCACAGGUUGUGCACACCUACUCUAGAGUAGGUAGGUGAUUAUGUAACGCAAGUCUAAGAAGCCUCAAAGAUCUGGAAAUUAAGGGUAUUGAAGUCUCAAGUUAGAUUCCGGAACUGAGAAUUCUGAGUAGAAAACCCUAACAGUUAUGGGCUUUUCUUAUUUUAUUGCUUUUGACAGAUUGUAGCUCUUAACAAAACGAAAGAACGAAUGCGACCUUAUCAAGGCAACCAAGAAGAAGAAGAUCCUGAUAUUAAGAAAAUCAAAAAGGUAAAUUUCCGUUUCAGUGGGACUUUAUAAAAUAAUUUGUCCAUACCUUUCUUUGAAUUAGAAGAAAUAAUUUAUUAUGUGUAAAACUCUUCCAUUCAGCUCAGUAUGUGUUGAAUUUUAAAACUGCAGCAAGAUCACCUAAUAUCUGAAGUAUACUAUUUAGUCGAGCAGGCAGAUAAUGGUGAAUUGGGGUAGAUGUAUGUACAGUGCAUAUCACGUUACCCAGUAUAAACUGCUUGAAAAAGGUUUACUGACCAUUGUGUUUUCAAGCCACUUUAAUUAAGAUUUCUUUUCCUUAUGAUUUUACUUCAUCCAGCCCAAUCCACAGAUAUGUGUGCAUUGCUCUGUAUUUGACACUGUAGCUCAGUGGAAGAGUAAAUGCUUUGCAUAUGCAAAAAAUUCCCAGGUUCAGUCCAAGUAGGGCUGGAAAGGACUGCUGUCUGAACUGCUGGAAUGAGUUAUCAUAGGCAGUACUGAACUAAAAGGACUAUUGGUUUGACUUGGUGUAAGGCAACCAUAACUGGCACCAGCAUACAGCGAACUGGGACAUAUGGAAGCUCUCACAGCACUGCUUCUGUGCCUACUGCUGCUAGUCACUUGCCCACCCAUGAUAAUGGUGGCGGUGCUCAUUGGAGCCUAAGCUCUGCAUGCUAAUUAAUGGCUGAUCCCACCUCCCAACGGAUGUACAUCGGGGCGGGAAUAGCAUAAUUAACCCAUCAGCACCAGGGAAUUUGUGGAUGUGCAGCUGAUGAGCAUUGCUGCUAGGCUUCUCCUUCUGCAUGGCCUUCUCAUGGCUCUAAUGGUACUGCUUUACCCACCUGCCUACAAUUACAUUGAUGGAGAGUUCUACCCAUCUACAUAUAAGCAUUUUUCCCAUACAAAGGUGUAAAGGUAAAGGUACCCCUGCCCGUACGGGCCAGUCUUGCCAGACUCUAGGGUUGUGCGCUCAUCUCACUCUAGAGGCUGGGAGCCAGCGCUGUCCGCAGACACUUCCGGGUCACGUGGCCAGCGUGACAAGCUGCAUCUGGCGAGCCAGCGCAGCACAUGGAACGCCGUUUACCUUCCCGCUGGUAAGCGGUCCCUAUUUAUCUACUUGCACCCGGAGGUGCUUUUGAACUGCUAGGUUGGCAGGCGCUGGGACCGAGCGACGGGAGCGCACCACGCUGCGGGGAUUCGAACCGCCGACCAUGCAAUCAGCAAGUCCUAGGCGCUGAGGUUUUAGCCACAGCACCACCCGCGUCCCCAUCUACAAAGGUGUACAUGUGUACAAAGUUUACUCCCCUGCUCACAGCAAUGUCUGAAGAUUGCAGAGGUGCAAGAAGAAGAAGAAGAAGCUACACACACACACACACACACACACACACACACACUUCAAAGGCCAUUAAGAAUGUGUUCUUCUUUUGUUGAAUUACCAGGUUCAGAGUUUUAUGCGAGGUUGGUUGUGUAGAAGAAAAUGGAAGACAAUUGUCCAGGAUUACAUUUGUUCUCCACAUGCAGAAAGUAUGCGAAAGAGAAAUCAGAUCGUUUUCAACAUGGUUGAGGCUGAAUCUGAAUACGUACAUCAGCUUUACAUCCUUGUGAAUUGUUUUCUAAGGCCGUUAAGAAUGGCUGCAAGUUCAAAGAAACCACCAAUUAGCCAUGAUGACGUCAGUAGUGUAUUCCUCAACAGGUACCCCAUGUGUUUAUAUAUUUAUUUAAUUAUUUAAUUAAAAUAUGUCCAGACCUCUUUCAUCAUCAAAUAUGAAUGUAUACAAAGGGCAGUUUAAAAAACGGGUAAAGUGAAAUAAAACAAAUACAAUAAAAUUAAAGAUAAAGCAGCAGUGCUGUAGAAUGUAAUCACAGUGCAAUUGGGUACAUCUUUAGAAUUGAGUUCAAUGAGAUUUACUCGCAGAUAAGCAUGGCUUGGAUAAAACAAGUAUUUGAUGUAUUUUGUAAAUCUUGUUCCGUUAUGAUGGAAUGAAGUAAAUCCAGCUUUGGCAAUUUCCCAACUUUCUUCUUCAGAGUAUUUCAGUCACAGCUUUUUUUUUUCUUUUUAAAAAGAUUCAGGUAGAAGUGUAGAUCUUUUGCCUUCUUGAAGGCAAAAAAAUCUUUCCCUGCCCCCGAAAAUAAAAUAAAAAUAAAUCAUGCUACAUAGAUGAGGUCCAAAAGUUAGUCAGUAACAUACUUUUGUUUAUUUGAUAAAAAAAUUACAACCCACUUCUUCCAGAUGUUUUGAACUAUAGCUAUUUAUGCAGUAAUGUUCAAAGAAUAUCUUCUAAUGACAGAGUCCAACUUUCGUUUAUUGUUCCAACUUUUAUUUCUUCGCAGUGAGACUAUAAUGUUUCUUCAUGAAAUAUUUCAUCAAGGAUUAAAAGCAAGAAUAGCAAACUGGCCUACUUUAAUUUUAGGUAAGUGCUCUUCACUAGGGCCAUAAUUAUUUUUGCAUGGCCAUAUGGGGAUAUUAGGAGCAAUUGCAUCCUCUCUUUUUGCAGAUGUCAAGUGUGUUUUUCAGAAGAUAUAACCAUUUUAGGAAGGUGUAGUAUGUUUCAUUAUGCAGAGCGACUGAAAAAUUGUCUCUGCAUAUCAGUUCCACUGUUUAAAGUAUACAACUUCUGUCAAGAGAGGAAAGGUGGUAACACUAUUCCUUGUUAGGAUUUCAGAUUUUGCAAUUCUGGAUGUAGAUAAUUUGCACUUAAUGUUCUGUUUUAUUUCUAAAUGUGACCUAUGAAAAAAUGUGGAUGGCAGCAACAAUUUACUUUUCUCUUUGUUCUGUAUAGCUGAUUUAUUUGAUAUCCUGCUGCCAAUGCUGAAUAUUUAUCAAGAAUUUGUUCGGAAUCAUCAAUAUAGUCUACAGGUCCUUGCAAACUGCAAGCAGAACAGAGAUUUUGACAAACUUUUGAAGCAGUAUGAAGCCAACCCUGCCUGCGAGGGCAGAAUGCUCGAGACAUUCCUUACUUACCCCAUGUUUCAGGUAUUUUUGUUGUUACAGUGGUUUUGUGCAUGUUAUAAACACUACUUAUAUCAUUUGGUUAGUAAUACUAAUGGCUGUUGCUCUAGCAGAUUGGUUGUUGGUUGUUGUUGGCAUCCAUCUGUCUUGGGAGGCAAAGGAAGAGUGCGCCUUUGGGGGUAAAGUAAAACCACUGGAGAGUUACAGCACCUGCCGUGGCUGUAGAGGCUGAUACAAAAGAGACGUGUUUUGUUGCAAGUGAGCCAGUACAGAAGGUGUCCUGUUUUGCUGCUACAGGUGCACCAUGGCGUUUCUUUUCUCUGCGCUCCUCCCAGCAGUCAUUCCUCCUCUGGUUACUGCUGUGGACAACCUGACUGUCUUGUCUACAGGUACUGUGAUCGUCUGCAAGGGUUAUAACCAUAUGGCGGGGUUAAGGUUACCAGCCUUUAUGUCACAUUUGCAGACAUUUUUGUAACACAAGAGUUGGUGUGCCAGCAGGCCUAGUACCUGAAGCUUUUGGGGAACUUGCCAUCUUCCAUUCUGUGUAUGUGACAAAGCCAGUGUAGACGUCGCUGAGUCAGGACUAUGAGCAAGAUGGGAAUGUGGACUUGGGAAAGCACAUCUUUAUUUGAGACUCUAUACUGCCAUGUGAUGCACAAAAUCGUCCUGGCGCAGCACAUGUGGAAAGGCAUUGAGGCAUCACUCCUGGUGGUUGUAAGUUGCCUACAACUCACUUCCAUAAAGUAGAGUGCUCAACACACGCCUGAUAGACCUCCAUCUUGGUAUUGGUCAUUAGCACCACAUUUUCCCUUACCUUUUGGGCAUGUCUGCCUUGCCAAUUCACUUGUCUAGCUCACAUUUGAUGGAAUGGUUGCUUGUUGUGGUGGAACCCAGAUAGACAAAAUCAUCUAUUAUUUCAAGUCUGUGGUCACCAGUUCUGAUGUGUGGAGUGCUGACAAUGUCCUGACCCAGAGUGUUGGUCUUUGUCAGGCUGAUGGUGAGGCUGAACUCCAUGCAGGCUUGGGCAAAAUGGUUGAUGAGUCUCUAUAGAGCUUCCUUGGAGUGUGCUGUCAAGGCUGAGUCAUCUGCAAACAACAUCUCUAUAGCUGUAUAUUUUAUCUGGUGGAAGGGUCUUGAGCAUAACAACCUUUUAUAUUACAGUCAGAAUUCGAAAGAGCUUUUAAUACUUGUUGUUCAAUAUAUUUUUGAAGACAUUUUGUUUUUGUUUUUAAUUAUUUGUUCCUAUAUCCAGUGGUUGUGUGGUAAAUGAAAUUUUCUGCUAUCAAAUUAAAUUAAAUUCUCUUAAUUAUAGCACAUGCAGUCUGAAUGCUGACAGUGAAGAAAAGCAGUUCCUGCAAAUUCAAGUCAUUUAAAAAAAAAAUAAUGCACACACUUAUGUAAAAGUGUGUCUUGCAUCAAGACCUCUGAAUCCACCUAGAAACUAGGCACUAGACAUGCUCACUGUCUCAUUCUGUCAAUAAACCCUGGCAGCAGAGAGCAGCAGCAAACACAAGUCUUCAGUCACUGUUGUAAACCUAAAGAAAAAUAAAGUGCAAAGACAGGCUCUACUUGGAGGAACAGGGAAUUAGCCUGAGAGAAGCAGCCUGCAGAAAUAAGUGUAGAAUCAGGGAACUAAAAUGUUUCUUUUAAGUUUGGAGGAAUAUAGGUAUCUAUGCUACCUAGUCAGCUUUAAGCAGUAGCAGAUGGUGGGGCAGAGCUGUGGGGCUCACCUCACCUCCGGUCAGUGGCAUACCAAGAUAGAGAGAAAUGAGGCGGCGGCAAGGUUGGCACAGUACCAAUGGACCAGUGGGCACACUGGAUCAGCUCUGCUACUGCAUUUGCACCUUGAUCUUGUAGCUGCACACACACACGGAAACGCAGCAGUGAUCCAACUGGCAGGAGGUUUUCGAGCAUCUUGGAUGCCAAAUGUUUCGGUUUUCGAACGCCGAAAACCCACAAGUAAUAGCUUCCAUUUUCAAACACACCUCGGAAGUUGAACGGCUUCUGAGGCGAAUCUCUCAGUUUUCUCCACUGAAAUUGCCGACUGCCUAUUGCACCUCGGUUGUCGAACAUUUUGGAGGUCAAACGGUCUUCAGGAACAGAUUUCGUUUGACACUGAGGUUCCACUGUAUAAGAAUGAACUCAACUAAGCUUCAGUCUUACCUACUGCCCCUCGCCUCCUCUAGUGUAUCCUCAAGGAAGAGAUGGAAGCUUUUAUUUCUGUUUCAAAUUAACUGCAGUUUUUUGUGUCAUUGAAAUCCAGACAAACUGUGGUUAAUCUUAACUAUACUUUGCUGAAACAAGACAACUUCAGGCAAUACCUUAUGGAGCUGGCAUGUUUCCAUAAAUUAUAGUUCAGAUUAACCACAGAUUAAGGUCCAGAAAAUAUGAUGCACUUCAGUUAGUCUGAAAUUAAAGUGAAAGCUUCCAGUCUCUUCCUCAUGAGGAGGGCAGGGAAAGAGUGUACAAGCCCAAGGUGCACUGAGGCGUGUUUUCAUGAUUUAAUUUUCAGCAUUAAAUCCAAAUGUAGCCAUUAUUUGCCAGCCUUAUACAAACCCACUCCAGGAUUUUCAUUUUAUCAUGGGAUAAAGUGUUCUGGUAGCCUGAGAUUGAUGGGCUUCAUGAUAGACAUAUCUGUUUUGCAUGUUAAACACAUUUAAGACUAGUUGAACAACUGGAAAGGAAGGCCUCUAUUCGGCUUGACAUCCAGGCAACUAAUUCUAUGUAAAAACUAAUGGGUCUAGAUGGGACUAUGCAUCCACAUUCACCUCCUGGCAGUUAAAGAGGCCUAGAUGAACAGUAUGGUGUAGACUGGGGUGCAUCUGCAUUCACUGCACAUCUGGAAGACAGAAUCUCUGCCACUGAAUUGGGGCUACUGAUAGUUUUUCAAGUUACUUAUUUAUCCUGAAGAUUUCUUCUUAAUGUAGAAAAUAUUUUAGUUGAGUGAGUUUAUGCUGAUAGAAGAAAAUAAAUGCAAAGAAUUAAAAAACAAUUUUCUUUUUAAAUGUUCAUUUUUUUAUUAUUUCAAGACCAAGUGUGCUUUUAAAUAUAAACUUGCUGAUAACCCCUUUCACCCAUCUUUAGAUUCCUAGAUAUAUAAUAACCCUCCAUGAACUUCUGGCUCACACACCGCAUGAGCACGUAGAAAGAAAAAGCCUUGAAUUUGCUAAAUCUAAGCUAGAAGAGCUUUCAAGGUGAGACUCCUUUUGUUCUACGAAUAUGAGGCUAAAACGGAAACUGUGGAUUACAAAAUCAAUGUGUUAUUUUCAAAAGAUUGAAUUAUGGUAUCUUUGGGCACAGCAAAAAUAAACAUGCAGUGUCUCCAGAGAGCUGAAUUUAACUUUUAAGAGACCGCUCAAAGGCCAGCAUUGCAUUGUGUAAGCAUAGUUGCGCCUACAUUACUGAUAGGGGUUUAUUUUAUUUUAUUUUGGUCUUGAGCCGAAUUUAAAUAGUCUGAGUCUCCCCACUUGUGAUUCCCAGCAACUGACAUUCAGAAGCAUAUUACCUCCAGUGGUGGAAACAGAGCAUUGCCUAAGAGAAUAAUGCUAUAAUAAUAAGUAAUUCAAGAAUAAAUCCACCUAAAACACAGGAAUAUAACCAAACAUGCCAACCUGGAAAAACAAACUAGGUGUACAACAUGCUGCAGUACAAAGGAAAUUUAUAUUUUAAAAGCCUUUGAGUGGUGCUAAAAGGACACUAGGACGCGGGUGGCGCUGUGGGUUAAACCACAGAGCCUAGGACUUGCUGAUCAGAAGGUUGGCGGUUCAAAUCCCCGUGACGCGGUGAGCUCCCGUUGCUCGGUCCCUGCUCAUGCCAACCAAGCAGUUCGAAAGCACGUCAAAGUGCAAGUAGAUAAACAGGUACCACUCUGGCGGGAAGGUAAAUAGCGUUUCUGUUCUGGUUCUCCAGAAGCGGCUGAGUCAUGCUGGCCACAUGACCCGGAAGCUGCACGCUGGCUCCCUCGGCUAAUAAAGCGAGAUGAGCGCCACAACCCCAGAGUCGGCCACGACUGGACCUAAUGGUCAGGGUUCCCUUUACCUUUACCUAAAAGGACACUAGGCAAGCUUCUUCAGAGAAAGUAUUUCAUAUGCAAGUUCCAAUGCUAAAAAGACUUUCUAGCCAUCACCUAGCUAGCCUCACGGGGUGGGACUUGGCAGAGAGUUGCUCAUGAUGAAGGUAAUAAGAUAUGGGAAAGCUGUAUUUGCUUUAUGCAUGCACGUCAUUUCUUGAAGCUGAACAUUCCCUUUUCUCUUUGCAACAGAGUGAUGCAUGAUGAAGUGAGUGACACAGAAAACAUACGGAAAAAUCUGGCAAUAGAAAGAAUGAUAGUAGAGGGUUGUGAUAUAUUAUUGGACACCAGCCAAACUUUUAUACGACAAGGUAAGACAUUUUCUUUAGCAUGCAUUUCUACAGUAUUAAGAGAGCAUAGCUGAAAACAAGAGUUAAUGUUGGCAUCAUUGGGAAAAAUAAGGGUGCAAUAUAUAGCUGGCACCAUAAGUGUGCGAUUGUCCAGAUACAAUUCAUGAAUAUUAACCCCACAGUUUUGGGCUGCUGCUGAGCCCCACCUCUAUGCUGUUUUUUUUCCAGGGGUCAUGAAAAACAGCAGCACAAUAAUAGUAAAGCACCCGUGGGAAAGUAACAUACACAAUAACCGGACUAUCGUCUUCAGUGGACCAGAAAUUAUCUACAGCAACAUGGAAAAUAGGUCUGUCUGGCCAAUAGAUGUUGCAGUCCCAGAUGAUGCCAACAUUCGGGCAAAAGCACAAGAGAAACUUGGAGUACUUGAAGCUUUGUCAAAUGGUGGAGAGAUUGUGAGGAAUGAAAACAGCUGUCUUUUGUUUCCGUUUUUCAUCUGUGCUUCAGGAACAGCUCAAAAUGAUACAGUCUGAUAAAAAAAAAUUCCCUUCAGAUUGUCUUUUCAGUGCCAGAGCCAGAGUAGGAGAAAAGUUAUGAGAGUAUUACAUUAUCUGGUAUACCUGAAAUGCCCAGGGGCAUGCAUGUCUUCUGGAAGACCUCUUCUGUGGCUUUUUGUGGAAGCUCAGAAUUUAUGGUACACAACUAUGUGCAGUGCAGGUUAACGUAGUCAUAUAUGUAGGGUAUCCAUUAUCAACUAAAUAUCUGGCACGAGCCCCCUUUAAGAAAAGUAGCUGUGACCCAGGAGGCCAGCUCCUGGAGAGUUAGAGUUGUGGCCUGGCUGGAGAAGCUUGUUACUCUGUGCAGAAUAAAGUUCAUUCUCCCAUCCCACUCAGCUUGUAAUGAGUCUUUGUAUAAACAGCAGAAUAUAAUACAAUGUACAUCAGGCACCUUCCAGAUUUAUUGGAUUCCAGUUCCAUCAGCCGCAGCCAGCAUGGCCCAGUGUCAGUUAUAGGGAUGGAAGGAUUCAAUUUAUGUUCUCUUAGUUUCUCAUUUUCACCGGUCUAAAAUUCAGCUCUGCACAUUUAUGGAUUAAAAAAUUCUCAUGAGAAUUCAUGUGAACUGAAUCUAAUUUCCCCUUGGAGGGACAUAGUUUCCUUACCUCUAUCUAAUACACACUUUUAUCAACCUCAGUUGCCCAAGUACCACUUCUUCUUCUGUAGCCAAAAUUUCAACAGCAGGUUCCGGGGGAACCCAAAGGUUUUCAGAAGUACAAACCAAAUCCUUCCAGAACAACUUGAUGGAAGAGGAACCUCAAGACAGCCCAGUGAAGUUGAACAUGAUGAGUAGGGAUUAAAUGCUGAGUGACUGUUGGAUGGGGGAUGGAACAAAGUAUAUUAGAAAAGAGCAAAGCUGGUUGGCUGUUUUGUUGUGAGCCCAGUUUAUGAUCCAUGAAAGUUUCCAAGAAUUAAAUGAGAAAUGAAGCUACUGACACCAGUAGGAAAACACCAUUAGGAAAGUCUGUAGCCACUUGCUCAGCUCUGUUUUCCAGCAACCACACUGAGCAAGCGUCAUAUACUCGAUGAAGCUUGCAUUUUUUUGGUCUUGUUUUCAAAAAGAGGACAGGUAGUGUUUAUCUUAAAAUUUCACACUGUUCUGAUUGAAAACAAUUCUCUGCUUCAGAAGUUUUGAAAGUGCCACAGAUUGAAAUCCUCAUCUUGUGGAAAUCAUAUUGAAAAAGCAACACAUGACAAAGAAAUGGCAAAUCCUUGAUCUUGUUAUAAAUAUUAUUGAUGGCUGGAAGAAUUCCACACAUCUACAAGUUGAUGCUUAUGUAUUUUAAGUGCUCUUUUUAGCUCUCUGAACAGCUGAUACAAAAACAAACAAUCUGGUCUCCUAGGAAUUUAAAGUGUUAUCUCAGCUGUCAAAGGUUUUCCUCUGAUCAGUAGGGCAUUAUCUGCCAAUGAUCUGGAUUUAAAAUGGCUGUGGAAGUGACAGGUGUAAGACUUGGCACUGGCACCAACAGUCAGUGUACCUGGCACUAACUCAACCCCUUUUCGAUGGUCCUUUGGAUCACUUACACUGCAAUUCUACACACAGGUACCAGGGAGAAAGCCUCCUUAAAAUCAAUGGGACUUCCUUCAGCGUACAGUGGUACCUCGGUUUACGAACUUAAUCCGUUCCAGAAGUCCGUUCUUAAACCGAGACCGUUCUUAAACCGAGGUGCGCUUUCCCUAAUGAAGCCUCCCGCUGCCGGUGCCCUUCCACCAUUCAGCUUCUGUUCUUAGACCGAGUUUGCAAACUGGGACACUACUUCCGGUUUUGCGGAGUUCGUAAACCAAAUAGUUCAUAAACAGGUCUGUUCUUAAACUGAGGUACCACUGUAUUUAUCUUACUUAUUUCACAAGAUUUAUUACCGCUUGAUUGUCAUAAAACCUCAAAGCAAUUUACAGAAAGAAUAGAUAAGUAUAGGUCUGUACAUUCAGUCUGAGAAACAGAUUGUUCUGCAAAAUGUACAACUAUAUAAAUUUAAAUAUUUCUUGUUAGACAUUGCAUUGCUGGUCUUAUAACUUCUCACUUUCAUGGUAACACACAACUUUGCUGAAGCUAAGCAGUGUAUUUUUGAAUGUAUUGGUAAAAUUAUACUUGAAAUGUAUAAGACCAGAAAGUUUUACUUUCCUUGUGUGAAUUUCCUUGUAUGACUAACUCCAUGUUGUAAGUAGAGUUUAAAAACAAAAAUGGAAUUAUUAUGUUGUGUGUAAAUUCUCUAUGCUGUAAAUUCUCUAUGUAGUAUACCACUCGCCUAUACUUCUGUGUAUUAAAAUAUUAUCACUGACUAACUGCUCAUAUCUGUGCCAAAAUUGUGCAGAAUCCAACAUUGCAUGAGUGAACUUCUGCUGAUGCACUGGGACAUCCCCUCCUCAACCUUCCUGCAACCCCUAAAACAGAUCUUGAGGGUGUAUGGAAUGCUGCUAAGAGGAGGAGUGGAAGAUGGAAUUAGAAGUCCUUUCUGCUCAUGUGUGUGUGUGUGAAGUAGUCUUAAGCAUAUUUACUUGGAAGCAAGUUUCACUGCAUUUAUUUGGUUUACAUUUUGAUUUAAAAUAACUUCUAGGCACGUUAAAAAAACCACAUUCACCUUUACAGCGUCUCAUGUGACCUGGUGUCAUGCUUAAAGCAUUCUUAUUUGAUUGAGUUAGCCUGUGUGUUUAGCCUUUGUGAGUCAGUGACCCUUGGCUUAGAAAGAAACAGCAUUGGCAUAUAAAUUUUGCAUGCAUAGGGGCUGAUGCACAUAGGAUGAAUCCAUUGGUUGUGGGUCACUUGGAGCCCUGCAUUGGGAAGUGCUUUUUGCAAUAUCCAUCAUCUUUAGGCACUUACUUCCUCAUAUGUAUGUAUAGGCAUUGAGCCUUAAUGCCUCAGUAAUGUCUGAUUCUGCAUUGUGUGUCUACCUAAAAAUCUGUGAAUUAAUAAACUAUAGUAUAACAACAUUUUUAAUAGUACCUUAUUAUUAUUAUAAAAUGAAAUAUUGCAUUCUCAAAGGCACAUAUUUUCAGGGCUCUGGACAAUGUUAUUAAAAAAAAGUGAGAAAAAUCACUUAACAGCUACUUUAGAAAAAUCACCUGUUACAGUACUCUUUGUUCAAAACUUGUUUUGAUUUAUUUCAAGCUCUGAGUCCCAAUACUAGAGAAAGCUGUUUUCCCUCCUGAGUUAAGACAAUUUGGAUGCAAGGGGUAUGAAUGAACUUUCCAAAAAAUACGUUUAAAAACAUGCUUGUGCAGGUUCUUCUCUGAGUUAAUGGAUAUAGUUUAGGGUCACGGGUGGUGCUGUGGUCUAAACCACUAAGCCUCUUGGGCUUGCCGAUCGGAAGGUCAGCAGUUCGAAUCCCCAUGACGGAGUGAACUCCGAUUGCUGUGUCCCAACUCCUGCCUACCUAGCAGUUCGAAAGUACGCUAGUGCAAGUAGAUAAAUAGGUACCGCUGCGGCGGAAAGGUGAAUGGUGUUUCCAUGCGCUCUGGUAUCUGUCACUGUGUUCCAUUGCGCCAGAAGCUGGCCACAUGACCCAGAAAGCUGUCUGUGGACAAACCCCGGCUCCCUUGGCCUGAAAGCGAGAUGAGCGCCGCAACCCCAUAGUCGCCUUUGACUGGACUUAACCGUCCAUGGGUCCUUUACCUUUACCUUUAUAUAGUUUUGAGCCUAAGAUUAGAUGGGCCUUGGUUUAAACUUCCAUUCUGCUGUGGGAAUUUAAGGUCUUUUCACAUUUUUAAGUCCUUUGUGGGGGGAUUUUAAUUCUUUGUUUGGAAGAUCGUUAUCGUACCUUUGCAAAUUAAAUAUAUAUAUAUUUCCAGUUGGCUUGUAAAUUAAAAACAGGAAUACAAAUUACACAUCAUGGAUAAAAUUCUUUGGAGGGGAGGCAACCUUUGCUAGUUGGGCACCACUUCCUCCCACCAUGUUUUAGAGACACUCCCAAUAUUAUGGAGAAGAUUUGCAUAGGGCACAAGCACUGUAAGAGAAAGGGCAGGAUCAGAAAGUCUCCACCCCCUUUGACUAGUAGGAGUGACCCAGGGGAAAUCUGGGCCCCAAGUGGCAAUCGUAACAACUGCAGGGUCUCAUAAGAAGAUCCUAAGCAAUUUGCUAGGUCUAUACCUAUAUAUCAGUGCCAUAAAUGAGUAAAAAAUUGUUCUGGUACAAUGUGGAGACUGUUUGGUGGCCGUUAUUAUCCAUUUGAACUAAAAUAACACAUCUUGGGCACAUAUUUUCAGGGUUCUGGGCAAUGGAAGUAAGGUUUCUCAUCCCACUGUUGUUGUUUUUUUCUGUGUCUCAAUAUUGAAAUAUAAUUGCUGCUGUCAUGCAGGCUAAGCUGCCUUUCAGCUAUUACAGUGGCUGAUAUUUCAUCAAAUGGCUCCUUUAAAAUGGAAGAGCUUUUAAGACCCAACCUGAAAAGCAUCAGUCCCCGAUCAGCAGUUUUCAACAGAAUGAUGCUGCAGUGGUCCUACCCCACCAUAAGCCUUUUCAGCUUUUCAGAAUGUACCUGUUUUGACAGAAUGGCUGCCUCCAUGACAAACCUACUUAUCCCAUUAUAUAAUCAAACUGUCACUCUUCUUUGUAUUUUAUCCCUCUACUUGAAGACAUUAUGGUUAAAUUAUUUUUAUUCCAAUAGCUAUAGUAAAAAAGAAAAAGAAACAAAGAAUCUGUUCAGGCUCCAGUCCUACCAUUAAACAAAUGUGGGAAUGCAGGGAGGAGCAUAACCCCCUAAAUCUAGCUUGCUGACCUCAGGUGUGGCAUAGAAAGCUGCUCCUUCACCAGUAUUGAAGUAAGAUUUAAAUGCCACUUCUGUGCAUAAAAAUGGGGAGAAUAACUUGGAUGCCAAAAGAUCUGUGUUGCAUAUUUACUAGGAACUAUACCACACUCCACCCUGCUGAAAACUUAUAUUUAAAAAAGCAAUGAUUUAAAAACAAUUAAACAUUAGUAUGUAUCUGCCAGCAAAUUUUUUGAUGCUACUGUGCCAAACAUUGCCACGCUCCUGAUGCACCUUUACUUGCAGGAUGGAAAGGAAGGGAAAGCAAUUGUAAAUUCUCAGCACACACUUUUCAGAUUUCUGUUCAAUGUGGUUUGCUUGUAUUGUUUUCUGGUUCUGGGCAAAUCUGAGGGAUCAAAAUAAAGGGAAAAAUCAUUUGUUCAGGAGUGCACCAGAAAUAGUUAAGAUCACAGCAUUAAAGCAUUGAGGAAGUAGUGAACACAGAAAGGAGAGCAGCAAAUAGUCUGCAACCAUCUGUGGAGCAAUUUGGACCGCAAUUUUCCCCAAUUUAUCAGAUGAUCCCUGUUAUCGGGAAAAUCCAAAUCUACAGGGGAAAAGCGUAAAGACUGGUGUUGUCUGAGAGUAAUGUCAUAUGGACUACACAAAUAAAAAGGAGAAGGUUAACAGCUGCAAACACACAGUAACCUCUGGUGAGGACAAGUCCACAGAAUGAGAUAAAAAAAAAAUAAAUCCAUUUACAAGACAUGUUGAAAAAUGGACUUCAGUAGGUAUCAAAAACAAAAAAACAAACAGUUGAGACGGCAUCUGUCUGACAUGUAAUGGGAGGAACUUCUAUUAUCAAUGUUUUGUCAUUAUUUUAUUUUAUUAUUUUAUUAUUAUUUUAAUGUUUCUGUUCUUCUGGAAAAGUUUUAGAGAUGUAUAAAACAAACUUUUAGUAAACAGUCCCACCGGUGGUUGCUUUAAGAUCAGUGGUUGGAAUUACAUUACUUUGUUAUCCUGAGAGAAAAUAAGUACUGGUAAUUUUGAAUAGCAAAGGCAAAUUGAUUUUUGCUGUUGCCCAGAGAGUCUAGUUAUUGGGUGAUUAAGAAAUAUGAAUGAAGUAUUUUUUUUUAUUGUUUGCUGAAUUUUGUCUUACAAUUGAUAUUCUUUUUGUGUAAUUGAAAUGCUGUAGCCCUCUACAGUUAGGUUGCUUAACUUCCAUUGACUUCAGUCCUGUGCAUUGGCCUUAAACAGCCUAUGCACAGGAUUACAGUCAAACAUUUUCCUGCAGGGUAACCCAUUGUAGUGUUUGUUGCACCACAGCUCCUAUCAUCCCUGACUCCUGGCCAUGCUGCCUGGACAAAGAUGGGAGCUGGCCACAAAAUCUAGAAAACACCACACUGGCUACUCCUACUUUAGUGAAACCAGUGUAAUUAGGAUGGUCAUCUCUACUUGCCCCACAUGGUGUGCUAAGAGAGAUAUACAUAAUAUCAAAUAGAUAAUGAGGUAUAGAAUGUGAAGGAUUCCACUUAUUAAUCUUAUAUUUACAAUGUACCAUUUGCUUUUGUAAUCACUAGGUACUCUUAUUCAAGUACCUUCCGUUGAGAGGGGGAAACUUAGUAAAGUUCGCCUGGGAUCAUUGUCUUUGAAAAAAGAAGGAGAAAGACAAUGUUUUUUAUUUACAAAACACUUUUUAAUUUGUACAAGGAGCUCUGGAGGAAAGCUGCAUCUACUUAAGGUACAGUGUUUUCAUAGCUACAUCAUUUACAUUUAGCAUGGUGGAAUGUAGAGCAUAAAGUUCCGAAUUCUGGUGUUUCUCACUACAUGUUACAUUUCAUUACUGCAUGGUAGUUUAAUUUAGGACAUGAAGGAUUUUAUGUAUUUCAGUAAAUUGAGCCACUGAGGCAAUGCACAAGAAUUGCCUGGAAACGGUAUCUCAGUAUGGGAAAACUUAUAAUUUGAACAGAGUGUUAGCUUUUCUAAACUAAUUGUAAUUGAAAUUGAAAUCUGGUCACGGAAAUGUUACAGGAACAAUUUUAUUGCAAGGGACACACCAUCCAUUGCACGCCUUCAUCAACCAGCUGGUCGCAUGGCUUAACGUGGCUCAAGGUUGGACUGGCCCUCUAUAUAUAUAAUGCCAUUUCCAAUGAUAUAGCCUUCCAGUAUAACUUUACAGUGAAAUACUUUUCUUGAAUUAUUCCCCUACAUGGAUUGAAACCGUAAUGUAUUCAAAUCUGAAAAAAAUAGGUCUGCAUUAAUCUGUUUUUCUGUUUGGGAUUCGGAUACCUUAUUUAUUAUAUUCACAUAUUUCUCCCAUGGAGUUGCUAGGCUGGUAUGAAUGAGUGUGCCAUGCCAUUAAUCCUAUCAUUAAAAUUGAUUUUAUUUGCUGUUGGUUAAUACACUGUAGAAUUAUUUUAAUUGGAAAAAGGAACACAUGCAGCUUAAAUUUAUCUUCAUUUUUUUGGAAUUAAUAAUGUUCUUGAUUUUUGCAAGUGUGUUCAGCUAUUGGAACAAUCCUUUCUAGGAGACUGUGUAACAUUAAAUUGCAUAAUUUUGCAUAAUUUUAAGUGGGGGAGAGAGGAUAAAAUAGAUUCCUGAAAAAGGUAUUAUUUAUAUCCCUAGGCAGGAGGUGUUCUCUCGUUAAUAGAAUGCACACUAAUUGAGGAGGCUGAUACGAAUGAUGAUGACUGUAAGUUACAUCAAACUGUUUAAUAUAAUUAUAAUGUUUACACAAACAUUAGUGUAUUUUUCUGUACAAUAUAUAAUGAAUACAGUCCCCAGAUAAUGUGUCUGUCGCAGCUCCCAAGAAAACACAGGAUUGAAAUCUACAUACCACAAGCCUUUCCUGCCUCUCAUAAAUUGGUCAACCUCUACUGCUGCUUCCACCAAAAUCACUUCCCACAGUCCGCCAGAGGAAGGCAGACUGGGAUGGUCAUAACUGUGCUAUACUCAGCAGCAGUUUGGCAGGCUGAGAGGGGUUUGAUUGUGCCAAUUGACUGGAGAGCAGGAAGGGGUGCAGCAGUAUUAUAUAUAUAUAUAUAUAUAUAUAUAUAUAUAUAUAUAUAUAUAUACACACACCCCACCCAUCUGGCUGUGUUUCCACAGCAAUAGUAUCUCCUCUCUCCAGCUGCUUGGUGCAAGUUGCUAAACAAGAAACCAUAUGAGGUUUUGGUGGCUUCCUAAUUAAGAGCAAACUGCUUGGUCCCUGGGGCACAAACUGGGGCUCUAAGCUUUCCAUUGCUGUAGGUUUUCCCAGUCAUUUCAGUGGAAGGUAGAAUUCUCUAUGGGUAGUGGGGAUGCGUCCAUGAAACGUUAAACAAAAAUGGGGUAUAUUUGCAUGGAGUUCUGUGCUCGUGUUAGAUCCCUAUAGAACUUCAUAUUGAGGGACAUGUGGACCAGAAUUCGAAGCCCUAGUUUCAUAAGCUGAAGAACAUUUUAAACUUAUUUUUCUCAAUCAGCAGCUUCCCAUGCUGUAUGGCAAGCCGUUUCUGAAAUCAUAAACAUCAUAAAUAGUUUGUGGUAUUCCCUGGGAAUCCAGUGUUCAAAGUAGAAAAAGUAACUGUGCUAAUGAAUAGCCCUGGCAGGGGCCUAAAUCACUCUUUGGAGUCUUGCCACACUAUACACAAACAGAUGUUGCAUGCAGGACAAAUUUAUCUGUGUUGUGCCUUGAGUUUUUAUGCGCCUCAGAUUUCCAUCUGUAAUUGCUUUGUUCUUUGCUCCCUUUGUGAAGCGAAAGGUUCUGGACAAGUAUUUGGACAUCUUGACUUUAAGAUUGUGGUUGAACCAGCAGAUGCUCCUCCUUUUACCAUUGUCCUGUUAGCCCCUUCACGGCAGGAAAAAGCAGCCUGGACAAGUGACAUUAGUCAGGUAAUUUCACUUUCUUGGAGAUCACAUGUUUUACUCAGCAUGCAAUAAUAAUUUCACGGAUUGAUAUGUAGGAAAUAGAAUAUUUUGGUAUCAGUAACAAAAUAGUGCGACCGGGGUUCAACUAAAAAUAUUGGUAACUUGCCCAUGUUGAACUGGUGCUAAAGGUAAAGGUAAAGGGACCCCUGACCGUUAGGUCCAGUCGUGGCCGACUCUGGGGUUGCAGCGCUCAUCUUGCUUUAUUGGUUGAGGGAGCCGGCGUACAGCUUCCGGGUUAUGUGGCCAGCAUGACUAAGCCGCUUCUGGCGAACCAGAGCAGCGCACGGAAACGCCGUUUACCUUCCCACUGAAGCGGUACCUAUUUAUCUACUUGCACUUUGACGUGCUUUUGAAUUGCUAGGUUGGCAGGAGCAGGAACCGAGCAACGGGAGCUCACCCCGUCGCAGGGAUUCAAACCGCCAACCUUCUGAUCAGCAAGUCCUAGGCUCUGGUUUAACCCACAUCGCCACCCGUGUCCCGAACUGGUGCUAGUUCAACAAUAAAAUCAAUAAUAAAUAAAUAAAUAGACUUUGAUAGUGAAGGAGGAAGAAACAGUUAAGAAGAGAGACAACGCAAGAUUAGGCUACACCAACUGCACAAAAUACGUGUACCUCUUCGAAGGGGUGGAUGAUUUUGGGUUAGGAAUGCCAUGAAGUGGAGUACGAACCCUUUUUCAAAUGAGGGGCAGACCAUGCCCCCUUCUCACAUGAAUACCAGCAUCCGACUUCAUGAAAAAAUGCCAAUUGCAAACAAUCAAUUACAUUUAAAGUAACUCCUGUAAGGUUGCAAGCCUCAUACUAGUUACUUGAGAACAGUUCAGUUGUGAUCUGUAAGCUGCUUGAGAAGCAAGCCAAAAGCAAACAAAGGGACAUUCAUUUCCCCUCUGCUUUGGUAAUAUGAUUGGUGCUGCAACCUUUAAUCUAUUUAACUGGUACAUUAAUCAACUAAAGCUUUAAUCACAGAUUAGAAUUUGCCUCUGAUUAAUUGGUGGGACCGAAACUAAAAAGCAAAGUUCCUUCAGGAUAUCCAGAUAUACUGGUUUCCUCCUCCUCCUCCUCUUUGUACUGAAAUUGAUGAGAAUUAAACUUACUGAUGGCUCCCUCCCACCUCCAUUUUUAUCAUAUUAACAAAUAUUUGGAUUGGAUUUGAGUCAUGAAUUUGCCCUUGAAAUAAUUUUUUUAAAGCUCAAUAUUCAUAAAAACGUAAUAAAUCCCCCCACCUGGUAUGUCCUGAAGCAAAUACGUCACCUUUCUAUUAAAGGUGAAGCAAACACUUCACCUUUCUAUUAAUAAUUUUUUUUAAAAAAAUCACUAAUGGUUGUCAUCACAUUACAGAUAUUUGGAAAUACAGAAUAUGUUGUGGAGUACUGUAUGGCAUCUGUAACAGAAUGUAGGUAUUAAAGCAACAGUAGAAUUAUUGACCUUGCUGAACUCAGCAAAUAGCAGGAGAAUAACCAAUAAUCAUGACAUCUCCAAAGUGCAAGGAAAAGGAAAUAGUAAAGGCACACAGUUGUAAUUAUGGGAUUAGGAAUGGUAAAUGGAGUUCACUGUUAUGCCCCCUAUAAACCUGAACCGGCCCAAUAAGUCUGCUCAGCCUUCAUGCCUGGCUCAUAAUAAGCUUUACUCAGCACCAGACCUUCUUGGAGAGUCUCCAACACCAGAGUACCCCUUAACAUUAAGAUUGUGACAGGAAGGGAAUAGCAUUAUGGAGGUUGUUAAUGUGUUCACCCAUUGCCAGGAACUCUGGGAAGUCUAGUUUUCUUUUCCUUCUGGCUCAACAGAUAGAGCUUUUCAUUUACUGUGAGUAUAGCAGUUGAGAUUUACAAGAUAUUUUUUUUUAAAUCAUCAUCCUAUAUUUCCACUCCCCUUUGUCAUUAUCUUACGCAGUGUGUUGACAACAUACGGUGCAACGGUUUAAUGACCAUAGUAUUUGAAGAAAACUCCAAAGUCACUGUGCCACAUAUGAUCAAGUAAGUUUGCUGAUUUCGACAUGCAGCCAUACUGUGGGACUUCUUGCAUUAUCCCUCAAAUGCAAAAUUGAAACCUUGCUGUUUUGCUUCACUGCACUAUUAAUCCCAUGUUUCACAGGGAAAUGCUGCAUUAUUUGUGGCCUACUUUGUUUGCUUUUCAAGAUUUAGAAAACUAUUAGUCUGAAUAGUAAUAUACUAGUUUUUGUUCUUGAAAUCAUUGUUAUAAUUUUACAUUUAAUGUGUGUGCUACUUUAUAUGUGUUUGUUUUAAGAUUUUCUUUAGACUCUGGUGUUACCCUGACAGACACAAUCAACCUUAGACUCUGUGGGCAGUAUCCAGUGAAGUAGAUCCAUUAGCUGCUUGCACAGUGGAACUUCCCCUCCCUCCCCUCUUCCUGCAUGCCCUUGUGCCCUCCAGAGGAUUGAAGGAAACCCUAGAACAGAUUGGGGGGGGCACGUAAGAAGAGGAGGAAAAGGGGAACUUCUGUUGCAUAACUAAAAAUCCUUGCACUAGGGUGAUAAGAGUGGUACCUUGGUUCUCAAACUUAAUCCGUUCCGGAAGUCUGUUCCAAACCCAAAGUGCUCUAAAACCAAGGCACACUUCCCAUAGAAAGUGCAGUGGUACCUUGGCUUAAGAACAGCUUGGUUUAUGAACAACUUGGAUUAAGAACGCUGCAGACCUGGAAGUAGGUGUUUUGGUUUGUGAACUUUGCCCUGGAAUAAGAACAUGUUUCACUUCCUGUUGAGUGUGUUCCAUUUGUAAAUUAAGUCCCCCGCUGCUAUGUGAAAGCACGCCUUGGUUUAAGAAUGCUUUGGUUUAAGAACAGAUGUCUGGAAUGGAUUAAGUUUGCAAACCAAGGUACCACUGUAAUACAAAAUGGAUUAAUCCGUUCCAGACUUUUAAAAACAACCCCUAAAACAGCAAUUUAACAUGAAUUUUACUAUCUAACGAGACCAUUGAUCCAUAAAAUGAAAGCAAUAAACAAUGCACUGCAGUCACACAAUCAAUCAAUCAAUAGCUGAGCUGAGUUCCACACAGUCACAAAAAACAAAACAAAAAGAGCCACAGAAACAAAAUCGCAAAAUAAAUAGCAACAGGCAGAUCUCAGCGUAGCAUACAAAACGGAAGUGUGGCCCUCAAAUUGGAAGCGUAACACUCAAAAUGGAGCACGUUCGGCUUCCGAAAAAAGUUUGCAAACUGGAACACUUACUUCUGGGUUUGCAAUGUUUGGGUUCCAAGUUGUUUGAGUACCAAGGCAUUUGAGAACCAAGGUACCACUGUGCUACCCUGUGCAGCAGGAUCCCUUUCACUGCAAGCCUCUCCACUGCCCCAUGUAGAGCUGCAAUGCUGCUGAAAGGCCAUAUAUGGUGCAGUGGAGGCUGGAAAGUGACAAGCACAUUUAUUCCUGAUUAUAAAACACUUGGAGUACAGUAAUACAAAUUAAAAAUGAAAUACAAAAGCCCCAAGGAUUUUGGGAUACAUCCUACUGCAUUCUGCUAGAAUAAUCAUUGGGGCUUUCCCACACAUCCCACAUUUAACUUUUGGUUGCAUAGGUAUGAGUUGCAUAAGGGUAUAGAAAAGACUGUCUUUUAUAUUUUAAAAAAUGACAGCAUCUUUAAAAAAAAACCAAAAAACCCUGAGUACGACUUACGAAAUGAUGUUUAAUAAUAGUCUUUAAAUAAUUAUAUUAUGUAGAUCUGAUGCACGUCUUCACAAAGAUGACAUUGACAUCUGCUUCAGCAAAACACUAAACUCCUGCAAAGUGCCCCAGAUUCGUUAUGCAAGCGUUGAACGCCUUUUGGAGAGAUUAACAGACUUGCGAUUUCUCAGUAUUGAUUUCCUUAAUACUUUCCUACAUACUUAUCGCAUAUUUACUACUGCAGCAGUUGUCUUGGAAAAACUGUCGGAUAUAUACAAAAGGCCUUUCACCUCAAUCCCUGUUAGGUGAGUUCCUUUCUACUCAUUAUGUUCUCGUGAGAUCUCCUGUCAUCAUAAACCCUGCAAAAUGCAUUGGACAACAAUUUUACAUAUGUUUGUUUUUAUGCUUACAUACUGCUUACUCUUUCGGCCACGGGAGAAGGAAUAAAAUCCAGCUGGGCUCAAACAUCCAUCCUGGACUUUGUAAUGCCAAUCAUUCCAUACCUACUGGUAUGGUAGAUGUUCUAUUUUGGAAUUUGUCUCUUUUAUUUUCCAGUAUGCGCAUAACCAUAUUUCAAUAUUAUGCUUGCAUCUUACACACAUUUAUUUCUUUAAUUUGUAUAUUGCUUUUCAUCUAAAGAUCUCAGGGCAGUUCACAGCAUAAAAAUAAAAGCACAGAAUACAUAAUAGAAACAAGAACAAAGCAAACCCAUAACCCACUCUCCCAACAAUUCACACAUGCCAUUUCAGCUUUAUGCGGUCGAACACCAGCCAGUUGAAAUCACACAAAUUAAAUGCUUCCUCCAAAUCUCCUUCCUCAAAUUCCAACUCUCCACAAAGUUUGAUGCAAGGGCUCCUGGGUUUCCACUUGCAAAGGCUCAUGGGAUUGCUAGACACUGUUUUCGCACCAUUUUUGCUGUUCUCUUGCUCUUUUAGGGCCAUUUUUGCCCUUUUCGUGCCAUUUCCAGGUUUGCGGCGAUGUGCACGUGCUCUAAAUAUGCGUAAAUGGGGAGUUGCCUGUACGUGCCAAAAUACAAGUGACCUGUGUUCCUUUAUGAGUAGCUUUUAGCAUGCACUGUUCAAAAUCCGUUCUGGCCUUUCCUUUCUUUCGUAGAUCUUUGGAAUUGUUUUUUGCUACUAACCAAAACAACAGAGGAGAACACCUGGCUGACGCAAAAUCACCACACCUUUGCCGCAAAUUCUCUUCCCCUCCACCGCUGUCACUCUCUAGGACUUCCUCGCCUGUCAGAACCAGAAAACUGUCACUAAGUUCUCCACUAAAUUCUAGGAUAGGGGCUUUAGAUCUGUCUACGACCUCUCUUGCCAGUAGUCCUACCUCAACAUACAGCCCUGCCACUUCACCACCACCCACGCUAUCUAAAGUACCACUGGACCUUAGCAAAGGCCCUUCAUCUCCAGAACAAAGUCCUGGCUUUGCAGACGAAAACUCAGAGAAUCCACGUAUUGAGCUUUGCAACAAACUAAGGAGAAGCAUCCGAAGAGGUAUUAUAUAUACAAUAUAUUGUGUAAUUAAAGGUUGCUAUUUUGCAAAGAAAUGUGGGUGUGCUGGUACAAGGGAGAUGGGCAUGCUUAUGUUUUGAGCAUCACCCACUGCUCGAGUGCACAACUUGAAAUCCUCUUACCUUUAUGUGCACAAAUGGGAAAGGAACAGUGGAGGGAUAAAUUGGCACAUGCUGCUGCUUCUUCACUGGGAGCCAGUGUGGUGUAGUGGUUAAGAGUGGUAGUCUCGUAAUCUGGUGAACCGGGUUCGCGUCUCCGCUCCUCCACAUGCAGCUGCUGAGUGACCUUGGGCUAGUCACACUUGUCUUGAGUCUUUCAGCCCCACUCACCUCACAGAGUGUUUGUUGUGGGGGAGGAAGGGAAAGGAGAAUGUUAGCCGCUUUGAGACUCCUUUGGGUAGUCAUAAAGCGGGAUAUCAAAUCCAAACUCUUCUUCUUCUCCUUCUCCUUUAAAAGACCAAUGCAAGAAAUGUAGAAAGAGGAUUUUCUAGAGCUGUAAGAUGCAAGCCCCCCUUAAUCUGUGUAGAUCCCUUGACCAAUUAUUUCAACAAAUCAUGGCUGGAAUUUCUGGUCCUGUUCUAGGGUAGCUAUAGGGCUCCUGCACCUUUAAGAUCUGCAUAGAAGAAAGAAUUCCAGGAGGUGUAGCUUACAUGACAAGCUGCACCUGCAAUUUCAUAAAAUGAAAAUUAGCACUAAACUUGUGCAAUAUUUAGCUAUAUUUCUGGAAGUCAUUUUUAUGUUGUGUGAAAACGCAGAUAUAAUGCGGAAAUCAACAGUUUGGGAAAAGUUGGGAAAAUGGAAUAAAAUGCCACAUGAAUGCAACCUUGGAUGACUUUAAAAAGGGAUUGGGCAAAUACAUGGAGCUUUAGUCUUACCCAUGUCUAUUGAUGUUUUUAUAUAAUUUGUUUAUCUGUUCUACGAAAGAUUCUCCUGGUUAAACAUGCAAAUUCUAACCUGGAAACUGGUGCUCAUGAAAAUUUAUCUCAGCUUCAGUUUUCUUUUCAUUUUUUACUUACAUGAGUUGUAUUCUUCUCUCCCCCCCUCCCCCCAAGCAUAGCCCCUUUUUAUUUCUUUGGAGAAACCUGACAAGAAUUACUGUAAAACUGAAGAAAGCAUAAUUCCCUUGAAAAGGAUAUUUUUUUAAAAAAAGCUCCUUGGUGAGACACUUAAUACAGUCUUCAUCAAAGGAUUUGUCACUAUAGAAAGUAAUAUAUUGUUUAACAAGAGAUCUUUUAGAUUGACAUUAGUUAUAAUGUCAGUGGUAAUUAGCUGAUCAUUAAUUAAAUAAGCUUAAGAAAUGGUGUCAGAAAUAAUACUUCUAGCAAAUAAGAAGUUAAGCAAGUUUAGAUCUCAUUUGCAGAUAAAAAAUGCCUAGGAGAUUUUCAGCAAAAGCUAGGAUCUGUUAUUAUGUAUAACAGUUACAGCUGGCUUUUUCUACUAGUCUCUGUUCAUUUGUUAGGUACAGUGGUACCUCGGGUUACAGACGCUUCAGGUUACAGACUCCGCUAACCCAGAAAUAGUACCUCGGAUUAAGAACUUUGCUUCAGGAUGAGAACAGAAAUCACGUGGCAGCGGCACAGCGGCAGCAAGAGGCCCCCAUUAGCUAAAGUGGUACCUCAGGUUGAGAACAGUUUCAGGUUAAGAACGGACCUCCAGAACGAAUUAAGUUCUCAACCCGAGGUACCACUGUAUUGAAAUGCAGACUGUACCCUAUGUAAUAAAUUCUACUGUGUUAGCUAAUAACUAUGUAUGGCCUGAGAUAAAACACGUAGUUCAGUUCUCUGUUGACAUAAUUAUUUAGUUCUACAGCAGAAUCCCAGUUAUAUAAUCUCAGCAGUGUCAAUGAGCAUUAUGCAGAAUGGAAAAGCAAAAUAAUACUUAAUAAUAACAACAACAAUAAUAAUAAAUUAAAAUGACGUAAAUUAUUCCUGAUGCCUAAGCUAGUGACUUAAUUAAAUUCAACCCUCACCAACAAAGGAAACUAGGAAAGUGAAUACAUGUAAAAAUAAUUAAAUACAAUCUGCCUGGUUUUUAGGUGAAGAACUUUGAUUUUUGUACGGCACAAGCCUUGAGUAAGAAAAGACUUUUGAAGCAGACGUAUCAAAUCCUAUGAGGAUUUUGGUAACAAAAGUGAGAAAAACUCAGUAGUAGCAUUAGGGUAAUACACUGGGAGAUUACGGUAUGUUUUGCAUGUAGUUUGACAAAUUAUGCUUCAGAUUUAAACUCUCUGUUUACCAACAAAGGGAGCAAAGGCAACAGGAAAGCAUAACAGUUGAGAAUACUUUUCAGUUCAGCAUUUGAACAGGUCUGAUACAGCAAAUACCUGUGAGGACAACAUUGAACUGAGGGCAGUCUUGCAGAUAAGAACAACCCAAAAUGAUGUUGACAGUUUUAUUUUAAAUAAUGGCAUGUGGUACCUAAUAGAUGAAAUAAAUUUGUCACCACUUCUAGAACUGUAUGGAAUUCUUACCACAACACAGAGAGUGGCCAUUCACUCUCUUUCACCUCAGUUGUUCUUUUUGAAUCCAUAAACUCUGCAGUGCUGUUUGUUUUAGAUUCUGGUGAAUCUAAUAGUUGAAUUGUUUGUUUCCUGUCUUUAACCUUGUUUCUGAGAUUUAGUGUGUACCACUAGACAUUGGUUUGAGUAGAUGCAAAAUCAUUAAACUGCUAUCUUCAUCAUUGAUAGCACAGCCUAUUUUGUUUUAAAUUGGUAUCCUCUAUUCCCUUAUUUAUAAGCUUUAUAGUUACUUGUGUCAUUGGUUUCUGUCAGUGUCAAGUACCCUGAUAUUUUAUCAAUACUAUUAAAUUUAUGUGAGCAGGUGUUGCACUUGCAUAAACUUAUUUCCCGAAUUUCCUAAAGGGUUGUCUCAGAACAUGUUACAUGAGCAGCGUAAACUAAAGUUCACUUACAGAACUAUAAAAUGAUGUUGGCUGGUAGAAGUAAGUGCUAGUAUCCCAAACACCAGGAGCUCCCAAUGUGCACAUAGAACUUCACAUGAACACAUAUUGCUUAUCAUUUUCGGUGAUGAAAAAUGUGCAUGUAAAUCCAUCUUUUUUCAUGUGCAGAGCUUUCAUCAACAUUGAACAGAACAAGGAAGACCCCGCUGAUCAAUGUCCUAUGAUCAAUGUCUUAAGAACAAUAUUACUUUGUUCCCCAUAUAUUUAUAUUAAAGGUGAUUUUAUAGUUGACCAUUAUACAGGGUCUCAUUAAUUUAAAUACAUUAGUGGGUUUUUGUUGUUUUCAAACCAAAUGUUUCAAUCAUUUUUUUUCAAAAAAUCAUUUAAAAUGCAUCUGUUUUGUUCAGAAUCUGCACACUGAAAAAACAACCUUUUGGUUUUUAGAGUUUAAGAAGGUGUAGCAUAAUUUCAUACCUGAUAUGUGAAAUGUUUUAUGAUUGAAUUAUAAAGACCACUCGCUAUCUCUAUAUUAAAGUGCAUACUUCUUAAAGCAGCGGUUCUGGAAUCUGUAUCAGUGGAUCGCACUAUCCCAGAAAGUGCCUCAACUGUGGAUACUCCUGAGCUCUCCCCGUGUAGAUCUCCUUCAACUCCACGACAUCUACGUUAUCGACAGCCAGGGGGUAAGGUUAAAAAAAGCAAAACUUUAAUACAUUGCAUGGUUAUAUCAAAAGGACCUUGUAGUGAUAAUAAAUUUCUAACCAAUUUGUUCACUGUCUAUUUCUGUUCUUUCUGCAAAAUUUAAGAAAAGAAGAAGAUGUGAAUAACACCAUUCCAAAUGAUUAGCAUUUGAGCAGCAAGAGAACGAAAAGCAUAUUUGCGUUAGGAUGCGAUGAAAUGUUCUGCAAUAUUUUGAACUAGAUGUACAUUUGUUCGAGAAAAAUAUUGACUUGAGUCUUAUAACUGACAGAUUUUCCUGAACCAAACUGAGGGCACAUAUUGUGCACUGUGUAUGGUGAUGAGAUGUAUGAUACCCAUCACUGUUAGUGGGAAAUAAGUCUAUUUGUGUGGCACUGAAAAUGUACAGAUGGUAUUCUAAUUACUCAUUACAGGAUGUGAAUAAAUUGCUUAACCAGGAGUGAAAUUCUUUUGGUAGAACUCCAGUAAAUCGUGUGUCCCACUAACAGAUGCUUAAAGGAUGCAACAUACUGACAACUUGGUCCUGAACCCAACACUUCCAUUGCAUGAGCCGGAAGUAACUUCUUUCUCCUUGACUCUUUUAAUCAAAUCCAUAGUAGAAUUUUUACAUCUCUCUCAGGCCAUGCGGAAGUUCAGUAUGAUUAGAAAUUGAGCGUGGAAUCUGAUUGCACCUUCCCCUCAUGGAAAUGCUUUUUCAUAUAUAUUUUUUAAAUCAUUUUUCAUUACCAUGUCUCACAUUUCAUUGAUUAUAACCAUACAUUCAAUCACUGACUUCCCUUCCCCCCUUCCAUGAUUCUAAUUAUUUAUCAAUUAAUACUUCAUAUUCUAAUUUCCCCUUAUGUUCAUAUUUCUCUCUCCCCCUAUAUAUUUAAUGCUUUAGACUGCUGAAUUUACAUUAACCCUGCUGACAUUUCAGCCUGAUUAACAUGAUUCUUCAGAUAUUCUGCAAACAUUUCCCACUCCUCCUUAAAUAUUCCAUCUUCCUAUUCUCGUAUUCUGUUAGUUAAAUUCCUCUCAUGGAAAUGUUUUUGAUCCAGCUGGUGCCUCUGGCCAACAGGUGGGGAGAGGGGAUUUUUACCAGCCCCCUGUCCCAAAUGCUGCCCCCUAAAAAUGUCUUCUGGAGGGUUGGCUGCCCUUCUGGAACAGCAUGGGAGUCUGCAGGAGGAGGUGGGAGUUGACCAAAAUAUAUAUUCCUUCCUCUUCUGUUAGCAGAGGCCUUUGCUGAAUCAAAAACAAAAUCACAAAAUGUUCUGUUUGUUUUUCCAGCAGGAAGGUUUGCUUGUAUAUAUGCAUGCUUAAACAAUGUUUUUUCCUCUACCAUAAAAGCAUACAUGAGAUAGAUAUCCAAGCUUGUGGUUUUCAUUUACAAAACAAUGCUCGCUGUUGAUGUUGUUUUAUUUUUUGUUAUUUACUUUGCAGUACAGGCGACUGACAACAGUCAUUGUUCCGUUUCCCCUGCUUCUGCUUUUGCUAUUGCUACAGCUGCAGCUGGGCAUGGGAGCCCACCAGGUGAGCCUUCUGGGGUGGGGGUGGGGUUGAAUUACUGAGCACUAGUAAGUGAAUGCAGUCAAUAUUUGCAAUCGAAUAUUUGCAGGCUGCUCUGGGGGGCUUUGGUCCAAAAGGCAGCAUAAAACUAAGCUUAACUAACUGAGAAAUACUAUACCAAUUCAAAAGUAAAUCCCAUUGAAUUCAAUGGGGCUUGCUGCCACAUAACAAGAUACAAGAUUUCAGGCUAAAUGAUUGACAAAUACUUCUUUGAAAUAUUCAUCACUGUGCUCAUGGUGAAUGAAUGAAUGAAUGAAUCUUUAUUUGCAUCAGACAUCGGCCAUAGCAAUAAAACAACAAUAUGAUAUACAAAGAAUAGAAAUAAAAAGUCAAUUAUAUAAAAUAACAUUUUAGGGUUUUGAAUCAGUAGUCAAAUAGUGGAUCUUAUUCUAAUUGCCCCAGCUAAAAACCUUGCAGCCUUUGCUGUCCCCUGCUCAUCUUGAUCUGCCAAGAGAAAGGACACUGUGGCAGUGACUGGGCAACCCAGAGUGGACAAUAAAAGAGGGGUGAUAACCUCAUUCCUCAACUCUUUAUAAAGAGUGCAAGCCAGAAGGGCAUGUGCCAUCAAUUUGGUAUGGCCAUCUCCACAGGGACAUAAGCGUUUUUUGUGUGGAAUCUGUUGGAAUCAUCCCUCAAGUACAGCCAAGGGCAAUACAUUCAAUCUUGCGAAAGUAAAAGUGCACCUGUAUUUUAGAUUUGCUAGGUUAUGCAGAUAGGGUGCCAGAGAGUCAAAAUGGGUAGGUGGAAAAUUGUCAUACCAUGGGCAAAAUUUCCUUAUUGUGGCCAAGUUGUUCUGACGUUCAAUAUCAUUUAGGCGCUGACAAAUUAGACUGUUUGCUUUACUAAAACCCAAAGUGAGUAGCUGUUGUAGUGAUAAACCACAGGAGUGAAGUUUUUGAUAGACAGUUUUAGUCCAGGCGCUCUUGUGACAAUCUUGCAGCACUAGGGAUAUUAGACCGGGGGGAUUUAAGUUUAGGCGAAGCCAAUCGUUAAGUGUCCUAUGCAAAAUCCGCAAUUCCAUCAAGGGAAGAUUAGCCUCUAGGCGCAAUGAUGCGUUUGGGACACAGGGUGGUACAGAGAAAAUUUGCCUUAAGAACUUUGAUUGGACAGCUUCCAUAGAUCCAAGGUGAGUGCCUGUCCAAAUCUGAGCCCCAUACAAUAACUGUGCUAGGGGUUUAGCUUGGAACACUUCCAGGACUGAUGGUAUAUGUUUACCACCUUUUGUGUAGAAAAAGUGUGCCAGAAUUUUGGCGCUUUGGGACGCUUUUUCUUUGCACAUUUCUGGUGUGCUCCCCAUGAUCCUGUAGACUGGAAUAUAAGGCCAAGAUAUUUGAAAACUUUGACCUGUUCAAUUCGCUGGUUGUCCAUGCGUCAUCUAUGGGCCCUAUAGUUUCUUGAGAAAACCAUGACUGUUCUCAUGGUGUACAUGGGUGCCAGUCCUGUAGCCAGAAAUUAUGUGGUAAGCAGGCCAGGAAUAAGUUGUAGAAUAGCCAGUCUGUAAAGGCAGGUCAUUCAAUACACUUACAUCAGUUAAAUUAUUUCUUAGAUAGCAAUUCAGUAGAGACCAAUUCAGUCUGCAUGCUUUUCCUUGUAUCGCCACAUUGAAAGGACUAGAGACUUGCUUUUACAAAUGAAAGCUGAAGGCUUAGAAAGGGUUCCUAGAAUAUCACUGGCAGGUUCAGCUGGCAGGGUGGUACGGGCAGGGCAGUGAGGCUCACCUCACUUUCCAGCACUGAGUAUCUUUGCCAGUUAUUGAGAGGGGCAGGGAUGAGGAAUGAGGAGCUCAGCACAGUGCAGGUGGGUUUCAGUCAUCUGCCUUCAACCAAGUAACUGAAUGAUUUGCUCCAGCAGAUUGCUGGUACGUGGUUGAUUGUGUAUUUCUUUUGCUCUUGUAGUGUUUACAUUUUUACUGUUGUUUUUAAUUUGUUUUGUUUUGUGUUGUUGCACACUGCUAAAAAAAUGUUCUACUGCUACAACACUGGGAGAAGGAUGAAACGCUUCAAUCUGUAGUUUUGAAAGGUGAAAGCAUCCUCUCAUGUUUGCCAUCUAGCACACCUUAUUGGUGCACAAUAUGUGCUGUUUUUGCUAGAAUGAAGCAUGGCAGUGUUUUUCCACUGUAUUCCCCAUUGAUUAAAAUAUUGGGAUUGGCAUUUCCUCCCUAGUGUAUUUCUACCUGAAAUUUACAUAUUUAUCAUAUUUCCUAAAGUUUGUCUUUAGACUGUUUGGGGUGUCAAUAAUAGGCAGAGAAUUGACGUGCUUCAACCUGUCCUUGAAUUUUAUACUCAGGAACAUUAUUUCUUUUUUUCUUUCUUUUCAAUAUGCACGAAUUCUGUGAUCAAUUUGAAUAGACUUCUAUUUUUGUUCCAGAACCAAGAGCUGUUUUGAAUCUAGAGAACUGUUGCUUAGCAAUUUUAUCAACUGGUUAGGCAAAUGCUAUCCUUCAAACUGAGGGGAACUGCACCAUGCAGCUUUUAUUAAUCAGCAAGCUUCUAUUAAAAUAGUAAUUAUUGGAGGAAGAGAAAGAAGACUGCGCCCUGUUAAUAAAUACAUCUUCAACUGUAAGGGGAGGACCGAGGCCACUGGCCCCUCUAUGGCAGGUCAUGGGGUCCUUCCUGAAUUAAGCUGCAUCCUGCAAUUUAAUUAGUGCAGCCUGUAGUCAGAGAAUAGAGCAAAAGAGAGGAAGACAGUGCAUGGGCAGUGAUGCUUUCGGCAUGUGGUAGAAAGCUGCAAGAAACACCUAGUCUUGAGCUGUAAAUUGGAACAAACAACAAUCCACAGAAAACCUAAUUGCCGUUUGCUCCAAUUAAGCACUAAAGAGCAGUUUUCCCUGGGAGAAAGUAGUGCAACAAGAGGAAGUGUGGAUAAGCCCAAAGUCACUGGUGAGGAUCCUGAAAACUUUGCAUGUUAGUAUAUUCACUGUAUAUUGAGCUGCCAAAAUUACUAGGCUAAAAUCUUGAAACUUGCUGAUAGUCUUUUCUGCUGACAUCCUUGGCCUGAUUUUUUGUUUUACUGAAAGCACAGUUCAUAUUUCCUGUGACUUUCAUAUUUGCAUGGGGGGGGGUUCACAUCGCUGCCUUAGAGCACAAUGAAGUUGGUUGUUUUUAAGGUACAUUCUAGAGCUCUUUACACCCUAGCUGCUCACAUCAGUAUGGGGUCAUCAGUGGCAGAUUUGUUUCUGUCUUUACUCCUCUGCAAUGGUGUUCACACAUUACAUAGAUUUAUAUUUGCUGGGGCUUUUUCCUCCGUUCCUUUACUUUCUGAAUCUGCCUAAAGCUUGGGUACACUAAAUUGAUGUUUUCAGUGUUCUUUCCACUACGAUUCCAAGAUCUGUUUCCUAUGAUAGUCACUAUGAAUAUAGACACCAUCAAUGUCAAUGUAUCGUUAAACUGUUUUUUUCAUAAAAUGCAUCCUUUUGCACUUAAUUGAGAUUGCUGUUGCUAAUUAGCAUAGCCCUGAUAUUAUCACAUUUAAUACUUGCUACUCUCUUUAUUUAUAACAUUUUCAUGGGUUUUUUUUGCAAAAAGCACAGUAACAUCAUUCUGUCUUUACAGUAAAAUGGUUCUUUAGAUGGCUGUUAAUCAUAGGAUUGCAAAAUCUCCGCUGCCUAAAUGUCGGGAGAGUCCACUUGGGAAACCCACCAUUCAACCUGUGCAUUAUGUAAUAUGAUAUAUAACAAGCAGAACAGGUGGCCAACUAGUGAAAAGAUUUCUGAAAAACAGAUAGCUGCAGGUGACUAGCCACAGCAAGUCAAACUGUGCUGCAAAGGAAACCAAAAAUUAUGCACAGCAUUUAGUCUAUUUUGCAGAAUCAUUAUUUUCCAAUCCCAAAUAAUUAGUCAGACCAUGAACAAGCAAAAAAUGCAUUUAGUAAAUGUUCCAAAGAAAAAUAAAUAAUAAUUGCAAAUGACACAAAAAUGAGCAAGGAAAAAGAUAAUUGAAUCUGCAGAACAGACAAUGAUAAAUACAAAAACAAUGGGGCUAUUAAGUUUGAUAAACCUUACUGCCGAAUAAUGAGGGUAACUAAGUAUAAGUGGGGCUGACAAUGUUUAGCUAAGGACAAUUAACAAAUAUAUUGAAUUAAUUAGUGAGAGGCAGCCUCAUACUUCAAAGAGGAAGAUAAAUAUGCAGAAGCUUCCAAGACCAUUUGUUCCGUGCAGUCAAACACUGUGCAUAGAAAGAAAAGGGAAGGUUGCGACAAAACAGGGAGCUAUUCAUGGUCAGUCAAAUGACGCUGCGUGUCAUGUAGAGGAGCCAAUAUUUGUUCAAAUUUGUGCAUCUAAUAAAGUGCAUGUGCUGAUGCAAUAAAGACUUGACUCAGGUUAUAUUAGGUUAGCCAACAAAGGCAGUUAGAGAAGGGACUUCCGAGGGGCGGCGCGAACGGCAAUGGCGGUCCUCUUCUGAACGGGAGAGGAGGCUCCGCAGACAACGGGUCGUCCGCUACGGCGAAGCGGAGACCCACUCCGGAAAACCCCAGGCAGUAAGAGCUUGGGGUCUUGAGGCUCGGUGGGCGCCUUAGUGACCCUCCAAACGUGAAAGGAACCUCGUAAGGGGCUCCGGAGCGUGGAGGGGGGUUGCGGCGCUGAGAGCUGCUUCACAGUCUGCGGAGUGAAGCCGCGCUGCUGCUGCCGGUGAGCGCUGAUCCUUUUUCCUGCUAAAAUACGGAUUCGGACGAAAAGCAACUUACUCGUGAGUAAAGACUGAAUCACUUGAAAUUAGAGACUUUAAAUGAAAAACCUUAAAUUGGCUUGAACUUGGCUGAAAGCGGAGAGACGUGGAAACAGGAAGUCCGUCUUCCGCAGCCAUUGAACUUGAAAAAAGCAACUAAGUUGGAGGAGUGGAGGCUGAAAGGAAGAGAUUUUAAACUUUACAGAUCUAAGCAUCUACUGAACUUGCAAUUUAAAGUAAAGACUUUAAGCUAAAGACUUGGAAUUUUAACUUGCACUUGACUUUCCCCUUUUAUUGGAUUACAAAUUAGAAGGUGAAACCCAGAGUCAGGAGCUGCCUGAGCAUUGAGAAAUUGAGCUGUCAGUAUUGCAGAUUUGGAUACUGUAUAUUGGAACUUGCAACAAUCUGAGGGUAUUGAGACUUUUUAAAUUUGAAACAUUCUUUCUGGAGAUAAAUAAGCACUGUCUGUAACAAAGUGACUACUUAUAAACUCUGCUAAAUAUUUAUAUUGGAAGGUUCUUGGACAUUAAAUUAGACUCUGAAAGACAUUUUAAGCUCCUCUAGAGGAUUGGAUUAAAACAGUGACUUUACAUUUACAUUUACUUUCGAUUCCCUUGUUGUUUGCUUGCUCUGGGCCUUUCUAUUCCCAUGGGAAAAACUCAGUGUGACCUUGACUGAUAGACAACGUUGGAAUGAGUGGCACAAGGAAAAGAGGGAGAGUUAGACAAACAACUUUAACAACUCUAACCUCAGCCUCGCAGACACGUAGAUCAUCUGUACCUACUUUGCCCUCAGAAGUAGAACUUGAAGAAGUUGCCUUGCCACAGGCAAAAGAGGGAGAGGGUGAAGCAGAGCAGUUACAAUUGGAAGAUAUGGCCUCAGGAGUAUCUGUUUCUGUUCUAGACAAAAUCUUUGAAAAAUUGGAAGCUUUGGACAAGAAAGUAGAUGCGCAAUCAGCAAAGAUUGACAAAAAUACAGAAUGUCUAAAUAAAUUAACCAUACAAGUUGUACAGAAUACACAAGCAAUUGGACAGUUAACGGAGGCCUCAGCAGAAAAUCGGAAAUUGGCUGAGGAUACUAGACAAAAAUUGGAAAAUUUAGAGCAAGAGGUAAGACCACUCACCAAACAAGUUGGGGAACACCAGACUUAUCUUUCCAUGAUAGAACUGCGAAAUCGUGAGAAUAAUUUGAGGAUUAGAUCAUUACAAGAGGCAGAAGAAGGAAAUUUAACUGAGUUUUUGACCAAAGAAUUUUCCAAGUUCUGGAAUUUGGAAGAAAAGGAUUUUAAAAUUGUGUCGGCUUUCAGACUUGGAAGAUUCACAAAGAAGGAGAGGCCCAGAGACUGUUUGAUUACACUGAGAUCAAAGGAGGAAAGGGAUAAGAUUUUGGGCCUACAUUACGGAAAGUCACUGGAGGUUUUGGACAGAAGAAUUGAAAUUUAUAAAGAUAUUCCAAGACAACUGCUGGAUCUUAGAGCCGCCUAUUCUGAACUUGCUAAACUACUAAGGAGCAACGCAAUUCCAUUCAGGUGGGAAUUUCCCAAGGAAUAUCUUUUACCUUUAAAGGGAGAAAGGUCAAAGUUAGAACAUUGGAAGAGAGAGACAAAUUUUUGGCUACAUACGGAGAGGACCUUCAAAAAGGAAUUGAAUUACCUUCUGGGCCUGGGGCAAAGCCAGCAUUAACACCAGCACCUGGGGAACCUGAAGAUUCAGAGAAGACACCACCCCUGGAGAAAUAACCAGAUAGAUCCAGGAUGUCUCUGCAAUUGCUGAGUUGGAACAUUAAUGGUUGUAACAUUCCGGAAAAAAGGAAGAAAAUAUUUCAUAUAUUAAAAAAAGAACAAUUGGACAUUAUCUGUUUACAAGAAACACAUGUGACGAGGCUCCACAGAAAAGUGUUAAUAAAUAAAAGAUUGGGCCAGGAAUUUGUUUCGUCGGACAAAGUUAAGAAGAGAGGCGUGGUGAUAUAUGCAAAAGAGAGCCUGUCACCUAAAUUCUUAUUUAAAGAUGAACAUGGAAGAAUUUUGGCCAUUGAGAUACAAUAUCAAGGAGAGAAACUGUUGAUAUUAGGAAUCUAUGCACCUAAUGAAGGGAAAUCGGAAUUUUACAAGAAGCUGCAGGGGACAAUGCUGGAAUAUCUGGAUUACAACAACAUCAUAAUGAUGGGAGACAUGAACGGGGUCGUGUCAACUAACAUGGACAAGUCACAAAGUCAAAAUGUUACAAAAGACGGCAGACUACCUAAAACUUUUUUUGAAAUGACUGACAAUAUGGAUUUGAUUGACAUUUGGAGAAAUUAAGAGAGACUUAGACAGUUGGUCAAAAUUGAAACUUUCUUUGUUAGGCCGAAUUGCUGCUAUUAAGAUGAAUGUAUUGCCAAGGAUGUUGUUUUUAUUUCAAACACUUCAGGUUUUGGACAAAAUGGAGUGCUUUCAGAAGUGGCAGAGAGAUAUUUCGAAGUUUGUCUGGCAGGGCAAAAAGCCCAGAAUUAAGUUUAAGAUAUUAACUGAUGCAAAACAAAGAGGGGGCUUUGCCCUGCCGGACUUAAAGUUGUAUUAUGAAGCCGCAGCGUUCUGCUGGCUAAAAGACUGGCUACUUCUUGAAGACACUGAUGUGUUGGAUUUGGAAGGGUUUAAUAAUGUUUUUGGAUGGCAUGCAUAUUUAUGGUAUGACAAAGUUAAAGCAAAUAAGGCCUUUAAGAACCAUAUUGUCAGAAAAUCAUUGUUUAAUGUCUGGACAAAAUAUAAAGACUUGCUGGAAAAUAAAACACCAAGGUGGCUUUCACCUUUGGAAGCUAAGGCCCGAAAAGACCCAAUAUGGAGGCUAAAUGGCCAAAAUAUUGGGAAAUACUAGAAAAAGAUGGAGACAAUUGGAAAUUGCAGAGUUUGGAGAAAAUGAAAGACAAAGUGCGAGAUUGGUUACAUUACGCUCAGAUUAAAGAAGUUUUUAAAAAUGAUAAGAAACUAGGGUUCCAGGUGGAGAAAUCGAAAUUAGAAACAGAAUUGUUAGAACCAAAGACUAAGGUACUUUCAAGGAUGUAUAACUUGCUGUUGGAAUGGAAUACACAAGAUGAAAUGGUUAAAUCGGCUAUGAUAAGGUGGGCACAGGACAUUGGGUAUAAUAUUAUGUUUGAGGACUGGGAAAAGUUGUGGAGUAAUGGAUUGAAAUUUACUGCAUGUAACGCUCUGAAAGAAAAUGUAAUGAAAAUGAUUUAUAGAUGGUAUAUGACCCCAGUUAAACUUGCAAAAAUUUACCACCUGUCUGAUAAUAAGUGUUGGAAAUGUAAAGAGUGUGAGGGAACGUUCUUCCACCUCUGGUGGACCUGCCCUAAAGUGAAGGCGUUCUGGGAAAUGAUUUAUAAUGAAUUGAAAAAGGUAUUUAAAUAUACCUUUACCAAGAAACCAGAGGCUUUCCUUCUGGGUAUUGUCAGCCAAGGGGUGGCAAAGAAGGACCAGACAUUUUUAUGUAUGCAACAACAGCAGCAAGGAUACUUCUUGCAAAACAUUGGAAAACUCAAGAUUUACCCACACUGGAAGAAUGGCAGAUGCAACUGAUAGACUACAUGGAACUGGCUGAAAUGACCGGCAGAAUCCGUGACCUGGGAGAAGAGAGAAUCGAGGAGGAUUGGAAGAAAUUUAAGAACUAUUUACAAAAAUAUUGUGAUUUGAGUGAAUGCUAAAUAAGAUGCUAGACUAAAUAACUGAGCACCACUUAACUUAGAAGUUUUUUAAGAAAAUAAGUAAGACUGUGAAAGUUUAACUCUCUAUGAGAACUAUAAGAUUAUGAAACAUUGAAGAGAUAUAAGAAUUUAAAUAAGAUGAUAAAUUGCUGACAAAAUGUUAUAACGAUGUAAGUGGGAGGGGGUUUUGUUUGGAAGUCCAAAUAAAAUGUGAAACUAUGUUAAGACAAAUGUUAUAUUGUUUAUUAUGUUUAUUCUUAUUGUAAAACCCAAUAAAUUGCUUUAAAAAAAAAAAAACAAAGGCAGUUAGAGAAGGUCUGCCAAAGACAAAUAUCUCUGGUAUAGGUAUUUGUCGUCAAACAGUUAUGAGAUGGUCAGCUUCUUACUUUUGGACAUACCUUAUGUAUUAUGGGAAUUGUUCGAUUUCAGCCAAAAAAUGUAAAAUAAUCGGAUAAAUUCCAGAACAAACUGCAGUGCAUAGUCGUCUCCUUAAUAGGCCAGUAAGUGCUGAUAUUACACAUUUAUUUUAAGGGUUAAGUCACAGUAGAAUACUGAAUCAUACCAAAGGUCCACUAUCAUCCUAGUUCCCGCAGCAACCAAUCAGAUAUCUCUAGGAGAUCUUCACUAGGGAUUGAUAGCCCUUCACUGCAGUUGUACCUCCCAAGUAUUUACUGGCAAAUCACCUCUGAACACGGGCGUUUUGUUUAGCUAUCAUGGUUAAUAUCUGUGGAUACACACUGAUUCUUCGUUCAAUUCUCUAAUCCUGUUUUAAAACCAUCUAAGAUCCCUGCGACAGGGUGAGCUCCCUUUGUUUGGUCCCUGCUCCUGCCAACCUAGCAGUUCGAAAGCACGUCAAAGUGCAAGAUAAAUAGGUACCGCUCCGGCGGGAAGGUAAACAGCGUUUCCGUGCACUGCUCUAGUUCACCAGAAGCAGCGUAGUCAUGCUGGCCACAUGACCCGGAAGCUGCGGACAAAACGCCGGCUCCCUCGGCCAGUAAAGCAAGAUGAGCACUGCAACCCCAGAGUUGUCCGCGACUGGACCUAAUGGUCAGGGGUCCCUUUAAGAUCUUUAAGACCUUUAAGAUCAUGUCCAUUGCCAUACCUUGUGGCAGUGAAUUCCAUGCAUUAAUUAAAAUAGCACAAGUAUUGCUGCUCAUAUACCUUGUAAACUCAGCGAAAAACAGUACCUUCCAUUUGCAAUCCCCCCCCCCCCCGAAAUUUAUAUUUUAGAUUUGAAGAAGUGUCUAUGAUACUCAGGACUACAUAAGAAAGGACAGAACAGGUUCAGGCAUUCAUUUUAUGUAUUUAUAAAUGUAUGAAUCUUCUCCCUAUUAGGACUUUUUGAGAUCGAUCGAUCAAUAGAUAGAUACACACACACACACACAGAGAGAGAGAGAGAGAGAGAGAGAGAGAGAGAGAGAGAUACAUACAUAUCUCAUAUAAUAUAAAUAUGUAAGCAAAAUCUUCAAAAUCCUUUAAAUGUGUUAUUUUCAAAAGAUAUGCUCUGAGCCAAUGGGCUAUGUGUUGGAGGGGGGAAUUAUUCCCAUAGAUUUUCCUUUUCAUCUAGCAGCAUUUAUUUCAUCUUGAACUUUCCUUUUAAAUUGUGUAGGGUUUAAUAACUCUGAACGAACAUGCGAUAAGGAGUUCAUAAUACGUCGAGCAGCCACUAAUCGUGUCCUGAAUGUCCUUCGCCACUGGGUCUCAAAGCAUUCUCAGGUACUUUUUGUUAUAGUUUUCCAGCAAAAUCUCCAUUGUAUCAAAGAGUUUGUGUGUACACACAAAAACACAUCAUUAGUGUGGAAUUACCAAUUUGGGCUCUGUGUUAAGCAUCACAAUUGUCAUAUUAAAAAUUUAGGUUUGCAGUGCAGCCUCAUUAGAAUAGUUCUUCUGUAUAUUGCUGUGGUGUAAUUACAAGGGGACAAGGUUUGCUUUUCUCAUUACAGUCGUGUUUUACUCAAACGAAUGCAUUGUUGGGAAUAAGCUAAUAAAGGUUGGUUUGUUGAUCAGUUCUGAGAUAGGCACAGAGUUGCCAAAAAUCUAGCGCUGGGGACUCAGCUACAUUAGGUUUGUUUAAGUUAUAAACGCGUUAUAACACUGUGACACCAGAUGGUGCUGUAGAGCUGAAUUUGGAACUGAAUGAAAUUUUCCAUUGUGAGCUUUACAACGGUUUUUUCCGGAUCAUUUUCAGAGUGGUUUUUUUUAAAUAGGUGUUUAGAUGCAGCCUGGAUCAGCAAAAUAUGCCUCCGUUAUGAUUAGCUAUUGAAAUAUAAUCAUGAGUCAUAGCUCUGUGUUGUUCUCCUAUUACUUGGGCUUGCCCUCUUUCAGAGAACAGCAUAGUUACUCAUGGGUGAUUUAAGCAUUUCUUUACUGCAUGUGGAAAGCAAUGCUUCCUUGUUGCAUUACAUAACAGAGAGUAACAUUUUAAUUAGGCUAACUGUAGAAAUCAUGGAACACCUCCAUAUCAGUGCCUCUUUCUGGCUGUGGCCGGAACUGGUAUAAAAUUGCUCUACCUCAUUAAGUGCAGUGGAUCCCAUGCAAACCCAUCAUGCUCUGUAAAAUGUCACAUUGAAGGUUGCUUGUUUGUUUGUUUGGUGGCUUCUAUGCUAACUAAAGAAGAGUCCUGCUGGAUGAAACCAAAGCAUCCUGUUUCCUGUUUAGUACAACAUACGAUGGCUAAACAAAUGCCCAUGGGAAGCUCACAGGCAGGGUAUGAGCUCACUCCUGCUGUUGUUCCCCAGCAGCUGGUAUUCAGAGGCAGGCUACCUCCGAACCUGGAGGUAGUAUAUAGCCAUCAUGACUGAUAGUCUUAUUCUCCAUGUUGGAUGCGUAACAUUUGAUUUAACACCAGGACCCUCUGUGCAUCAAGCUUAUCACUGCAAAUACCGUAUUUUCCUGUGUAUAACCCCCCCCCCCAUGUAUAAGAUGCCCCCUAUUUUGGGGGACUCCAAAUUGAGAAAAUGGGGGGAGAUUGUAUCCAUGUAUAAGACGACUCACAAUUUUGAACAUAAUUUUUAAACCUAGUCUUAUACACGGAAAAGUACGGUAAAUACAUUACUUCAAAUUAAGUCUCCAGUGCUAGGCUCUAGAGGAAUCUUGACUCUACAAUAUAAGCUAAGUCCUUUAAGCGAAGUUCCCAUUGUUCAGGGAUCGGGAACUUUCCACGAUACCAUUUAAUUCAUAGAAGACAUUUGUGGAGGCAUACUUGUGGCAGAGUUUCAUUAUAUGGGAAGCUGUUCAGGAUCUGUUUAGCACCUACUAUUCUGAAGCUGUGUAUGAAGAAAUAAAAUAAAUACAGUAUAAUGAACCCAAUGCCAUCGCAUCUACAAAUGAAGCGACUGUGUUCAUAAAAUAUGUUGCUGUCUUCAUAAAAUAUGUUGCUGGUUUUUUAAUAAUGUAUUCUGUUCAUACCUUCUCUGUAUGCUGAGUAUGUUAUGGAUCAUGUCAGAAAAAGUGAGGUUGUUAAAAAUGCAAAACAUUUCCAAGCAAGUGUACAAAGUAUUACAACUUACAGGAUCUAGCCACUUCAACAUUGGCAUGAGCAAGAGACCCAAAGUGGACCAGAUGUAUUAGAGAAUUACAACAUGGUUAUUUAGUGACUUCCACAUUAGCCUCAUUUUUCUCCAAGCUGUACAUAAGUUUAUAUGGUCUUGGGUUGGAUCCUUAGUCUAAGACUGGGGAUGGGUGGGUGUGCCACCCCCAAAAGUGAGAUAAAACUCAGAGUACUAUGGUAAAGAGGUUCUAGGGUAGGGUUCUGUCUGAAAGCCCAGACGGGGGUUGACAGACCAUAGAACAUCCCUGAAUGGCAUCCUGGUGGGAUUUCCUCAUUAGAUUUGCGUCACUGGGUGGUACCCAUUCACCAGGAUCAACCCUGAUGGAGAUAACAGCCACCAGUCAGGUUGACUGGUUCAGGAUACAUACCCAAUGCGUAUGCCAAAUUCUGACUUUGAUAGAAUCAUAGAGUUGGAAAUGAUCAUCUUGUCCAACCUGAAUAUGCAGUUGUCCCAUACAGGGAUUGAAUCUGCAACCUUGGCAUUAUCAGUACCACACUUUAACCAACUGAACUAUCCUUAGAAUCGUCUAUAAUCGAUGAAAUUGUGGCCAUUUUGAUCCCCAGCUGGUGUCAUGUUUUUCUUACUGCAUACGCACUGUUAAUCCCCUCCCUCGGUAACCACUGACUUGCUACGCUGUGGCCUGCGAACAUGACACCCACACAAUAUGAAUUAGACAGUUAUAAGGCGUUUUUGAGGCCACAUAUGAUCUCCAUGCUUUUAGUUCCAAUUAUAGCAAUCACCCAAAACUUUCUAAUUGGUUGGUCUUGGUACAAUUAAAUGAUGAAUUUGGCACCUAAAUGGUCAUGUACAAGACAAAGUCUUCUUUUUGCAUUGCUCCAGCAAAAAAAAGUUGCAGAAGUUUAAAGCUUUGAUCUUCUGCAGCACUUGAGGGAACAUGAGUCGCCCUCACUGUACUAAGCAUACAAUCAGUCAAACUAAUUAGAAGUGCACUGCAGUUGCGUCUGCUUCAGUAUGACGGAUUCUUCAUUAAGCAACUGGGGGUUUUUUGGUGAUGACGGUAAACAUUCUAACAUGCUGGAAUUAGUGUCUUUUUUUUUGGUAAGCAAUAGCAAAAACAGUUAGCUGAGAAUCCCAGUUGAAUAGAUUGCUUGUUCAGAGUUGCUGUACACGUUACCAGUUUAUGAAAUGCCCAAACAGUAAAAGCUCUUUGAGAAUUACGAAGUCAUUUCACUAGUACAAGUUGUACAUUUAAACUAAUUAUAUCCAAUCAGGUUUGACAGACAAAAGCUGCUGUUACAGGAACAAAACUGGCAGGCUCCACAAAUGCUGAUACCUACUUUUUGCUCAGAAAUAAGUGGAAUGGAGAGGAGACUUUUGCAGCGCCAGCCAAGGACAGCUCUGUUCCCAUGUAUUUCAGUUCAGGCCACAUUGAACGGAAUUAAUUGAUGCAAGUUGAUUAAGAUUCAGUUAGCAUUUAUUUCUAAGGUAGAAUAAUAGAUUCCACAAUUGAAACUGUACUUUUAGAAUCAUGUGAUAAAAGAACCUGAAAGGUACCUUAAAUUAGAAAACGUAUCUCUACUACAAUGCCCCCACCCUCCUCGUGUGUGUGUGUGUGUGUGUGUGUGUGUGUGUGUGUGUGAUUUUAAAAAAAAAUUAGUUUUCAACAAUAUAUAAACAAAACAAGAAGUUUUCCCCAAUCCCACCUUCCAUCUGCCAUAACAGAAGAUUAAUGUAUAAGAUUUUUCCAUAAGUCCAUGGAUGAAGUCAGUGGAGGCCGGUCAUCAGGGUGUUCACUUGAAUAUUUUAUAAGGGGUACCAAACUUCAAUAAAACCAUCCACCUCAGAUAUAUUGUUCAAGGCAUGUUAGUUUUUGUUAGUUUCUCAGAUAAGGCAAUCGUCCAUAUGUUUUGUCUCCAUUGCGCAAUGUAUAGAUGUUCAAGUCCUUUCCAAUUCUGUGCUAUAAGUAGUUGUGUUGCUAUCGGGGGAAAAAUAAUAAGUAUAUUAAAGCAAGUUGGUCUUUCUUAAAAAUUGUUACUAAACCCAGGCUUGGAUUACACUAUACAUUCUGUUUUGUAAUACUACUUCAGCGAAUAGUUUUACUGAAUAGUUCCCAGAAUAGUUGUACUGGUUCACAUGUCCACCACAUACGGAUUAUUGUACCAGUUGCCCUAUAUCCUCUCCAGUAUGCUAGUGAAGAUGUUAUGCAAACGUAACUAUGUCUUAAGGGUGUUAGAUGCCAUCUAUAAAUUAGCUUAAAUUAGUUUUCUGUUAUGCAGGUUGAUACUGAUUUUAAAGGAAUUUUUGUCUGUUUUCCAAAGUAGCAGAACGUUGCCCCAAUGGCAAUAUCAUGGGAUAUUUUAUACAAUAUUGACAGAAUUAUAUACUGGUAGAAUGGUCAGUCGUAUUUAGAAUUAAUUUUUCAAAAGGAGUUAGUGACUUGGGUGCUUUGAAUUUAACUGCUGGGUUUGAAAAAAAGUAUAAUUUAAUUCACAUUGCACCCUCCAUGUUUUCCAUGAUUUGCUCUGCUGUGAGAGUUAUCGUUUUCAUAGAGAUUAACCAAUCUGUAUAAGCCUUUGGCUUUCCAUUUCACAUCAUAUUUGCUGCCUUGGCGCAGCCAUGGCCUGAUACCAGGGGCCAUAAUCACCAGGUAUAUAUUAUCAAUAAGUUUAUAUAACUGUUGUUAUUUCGAAUGUUUAAUUCUUCAUUGAUUUUUCCUUCCAUUCUCUAAAAAGCUGGGGCAUGUGUGUGUGUGUUACAGUUAUCUCAACAUACAGUAGGUUUCCAUGGUGAUACAUCGGUUGUCUCAUACUGUUCAAAGUGGCCCCUGGUGUGGGCUAAUAAAUAUGGGUGUUUAGCAUCCAGAGAGCACAGUGCUCCUACAAUUCUCCUGGCAGAGCUUCUCAAAGGUGUUUUGCAUUUCUCGCCUCUUCAAGGCACAGUAUUAUAUAACAAGCUGUAAUGUACACACUUUUUCUAUAUGUAUGAAGCAGAGUUGUUAGUUAUGCCUCAAAGCAGUAUUUCUUCUUAUCCUCCUCCUUUCUUUCACAUUAAAGGACCCUAUCACAAGCCAGCCUGAAAACAGUUAUGUGGCAAAUGAAAUGCUUAAGAGGUCUAAAGCAAUAUGGAGUGUUAAUUGGCCCUAUGUACAUCAUAUACGGGGACGCGGGUGGCGCUGUGGGUUAAACCACAGAGCCUAGGACUUGCCGAUCAGAAGGUCAGCGGUUCGAAUCCCCGCGACAGGGUGAGCUCCCAUUGCUCGGUCCCUGCUCCUGCCAACCUAGCAGUUUGAAAGCACGUCAAAGUGCAAGUAGAUAAAUAGGUACCGCUCCAGUGGGAAGGUAAACGCUGUUUCCGUGCGCUGCUCUGGUUCGCCAGAAGCGGCUUAGUCAUGCUGGCCACAUGACCCGGAAGCUGUACCUAUAAAGCGGCCAAUAAAGCGAGAUGAGCACCGCAACUCCAGAGUUGGUCACGACUGGACCUAAUGGUCAGGGGUUCCUUUACCUUUUUACAUCAUAUACGUAUGCAUAUUGUGACAGGCUUGCUGUGUGAGUUCAUGGCUGCAUUAAGACAGCACUUUAUUCUGUUUUCCAGACCUUUUCUUACCUGUGAAUGUUUGCAUUUUAUCUGACCUUUCACACACUUAAAAGCCACUUCUAGAAAUCUAGUGGAAGUUUAGUGCUAAUUCCACUCUACAUGAUGAAAUUUGGGUUAGCCUCCCAGCAUACAGUUCUUUCCCACCAUUUUAAAAGUUAGCAUGAUAUGGCAGUAGGUGGCUCAAAAAGCCACAAUUCCAUAAUGCAACAGGUACUGCUGUAUAAAAGGACUGUGCAAAAUCAGGACAGAACCGCUAGCAUUAUAUUCAGGAAAACGUAAUGCAGUAAACCCUUGCGUGUCGGAAUGCAGACUGUUCUAAACCUUUUUUAUAGUCUUCAUUCUUGUUUUCUAGGUAAAUUGGAUUUCACUCAUGGCCAAAGUACGCAUGAUGCUCAGUCAUGUGGAGUUUGUCCUGGUCUUCCCUUCCACCUCCACCCCCCAAAGUCACUACAAAGGUUGCCAAGUAAAGCAGAAGACUAACCCAGAGUGCAAGCAUGGGAGUUUCUUAACCCUUCCCCAUCAUGCUACCUUACUCUUAAAAUCCCAUGCCACUGCUUUUUUUCUUUUUACCUGACAAGUAGAACGAUACACGUAUUGGAAAAGGCUGGUCUCAAGCUCCCUGGCUUUGUUGUUUUAUUUAUUUAUUUAUUUAUUUAUAUAAAGCAUGUAUUAUUCUCUCCCCCCCCCCCCCGCUUAUCUUCGAGCCCUAAAAGGCCUCGGUCCUGUAUACCUGAAGAAGCGUCUCCACCCUCACCGUUCAGCCCAGACACUGAGGUCCAGUGCCAAGGGCCUUCUGGCGGUUCCGUCACUGCGAGAAGUGAGGUUACAGGGAACCAGGCAGAGGGCCUUCUCGGUUGUGGCUCCUGCCCUGUGGAACGCCCUCCCAUCAGAUGUCAAGGAAAUAAGCAACUAUCCUACUUUUAAAAGACAUCUGAAGGCAGCCCUGUUUAGGGAAGUUUUUAAUGUUUAAUGCUGCAUUGUGUUUUUAAUAUUCAAUUGGGAGCUGCCCAGAGUGGCUGGGGAAACCCAGCCAGAUGGGCAGGGUAUAAAUAAUAAAUUAUUAUUAUUAUUCGCAACAACCCAGUGAGGUAGAUUAAGCUAAGAGAUGUUAACAGGCCCAAAAGUUGCCCGUGGCUUUGAGAGGUGAGUGGAGAUGUGAAUCUUGAUGGUCUUGGUGCAAGUCCAGCAAUUCAAUCCACUCCACUCCACUGGCUGUCCCAGUGAGUAGUGAAAACUACAAAACAUAAGGAGGAAUUAGGCAAGGCGUAGUUUGGGCUAGGGGGAGAUAUUUGAUUCUGCAGAAUAUGGCUUUGUAAGCAGGUGUCCUGCUGCAAGCAGGCUUCAGGAUUGAGGAGAUUCAGAAGGGACUGCAUCCAGCAUUCAUGCAAGAGCUGCUGCAUCAGGAUGUUACAGGAUGUUGAUGUUGUUCAUUAAAAUAAUAGUAACUGAUGUAUCUUUGUAUCUAAAAAUGAUCUAGUAUAGUGCAGACUUAAACGUGGUCGCUCAGAAGUAAACACUAUUGAAUUUAAUGGGACUUACUCCCAGGUGAGCAUAGAAUUUCAUACUAAGCUACUAAUGAAAAGUUCAUGGUUUGAAACUUGCCUAGGCAAGCCACAGUUUUUCUGUCUGAAAAAUAGGGGAUAAUGCAACGGUCUUACCAUACCAAGAUUGUUGAAAGGAACGGAUAAUGCCCGUGAAACACUAUACAAACAUUAAAUAUUACAUACUUUUCCUAUGCUGUUUUAUAAUUCAUAUAUUCAAAUAUGUGUGUAUCUCUCAUGGCUGUUUUACCACUAAUAAUGGAAAACGAGUAAGGAGUAUUCCUUUGGUUUCAAACGUUAGGUUUUAAAAAAAUAUAUAUAUUAAAAGAUUGUGUAUGUUAUAAAAGGAGGUCAGAGACUUGAAAAGAGAAAUGAAAAGAAAUUAUUGUCAAUAAAAGUGCAGAAGAAGGCUGCUAUAGAGAAACUGCACACAAACAAUAACCUGCUGCAAAGGAAGUGAAAAGCUUUUUAGCUGCAUAGCAACAACUUAACAUUCACUCUGCAUGCCAGAUAUUUCUCUGGUUUGGUUACAGAUUAAGCAGAUUCUGCCUGGAAAUAAAACACCUGUGUUGCUAUGUGAGGAACAUAAUGUUUGACAAAGCAUCACCCGGCAAAUAUAUUAUUUAUUGUUAUUUAUUUAUGAUUUAACCAUGAGCAGUGUAUCUGAAAAGACAAAUGAGGAGUGAACUUUACAUAUUUCUUGAGUGUUCUAGAGUGUUUCAGUGAUGAUGAUGAUGAUGAUGAUGAUGGAGAAGGAGUGCUGGAAUACUUCUCAUCAUUCUCUCAGUAAUGGAAAAGCAGUGGCCGUAGAUAGACAAAGUUUCAGCUAAUUUGUAUACAGCAAGACUUUUACCAACAGGCUUUGCUCAUAGGAUAACCAACAUUUGUUUGGUAAGUCCUUGCAGAAGUCACUAGACACCGAAGCUAAAAUAUUUAGAAAUAUGUAUAGGGCAAUAGCAUAUAUCUUUCCUAAUCACACAUUCAAAAUAAAAUGUACAAGAAUUUCAAGAACUUUGCUAGUGACUAUUGUUUGGGUUUCUAUGGAAACAGAUGCUGAAUUGCUACCCACAUGGUAGCAAACAAUCACUAUAAAAGGAACCGUUACAAAUAUACUGGAUUGAUGAAGCUUUUAGUUUAAAUCCUUUAUCCAAACAUCUGCACUAAGCUGAAAUGCAAAUGACUGGAGUUAGUGCUUCUCAAUGACUCCAAACAUGAAGAUAUUUCAGUACAUGCAUUUUCUUGAAUCCAUCCCUCACCCUCCCAGUGUCUAAUCUUUGGAAAUAUUCCUCAUUGUUCUGGAGAGGGAUGCACAAGUAUUAACUAAGAGAAAAAGUCAGAUUUAUUCUCAGAAUUGAUGUAUGUUAUCCGUCUAGGUUUCAGAAGGAGAUACUAUAUGUUGCUUUUAAGCAUAGGACAUUGCUUGGGGAAUCCAUAGUACAAAAUACUGCAGCUUGCAGUUGGCCUAGCCAAAUAUCACCUAUUUUGAAAAGCUUCACUACCUAAAAAUUAAUUUCUGAGCUGAGAAAAGUGCUGAUUUUUACCUUGGAAGUCCUAAAAUUAAUUAUUUUUCUGUUGAGAUUUGUGUACCACCCUUCAUGAAAAAUAUUAACUGGUCAGUUUACAAAAACAAAGUACUAUAGAAACAUAAUACGGGGUAUGUUUUAAUGUUUGUUUAACGUUACAUCAUUAACUUCAUAAAAUGACUUAAACCAUCAGCUUCUAGAUAUAUUGUAUAUGUUACUUUAAAUUAACGAUCUUGGAUAAUAGGUAGGUAGUUAUAUCUGAGUGUUCAAAGUAAUGUCAGUUAAGGUAUUGCUGUUUUGUAAUUCAAAACUCUUCAAACGGAUACAUUUUAAUAACUUCUUGGUUUUGUUCAUUUCAGAAUCUUUGGUACAAGGUUCAAAUACUUAUUCAAAACAACAGAACUGUGAAAAACAAAUGCUGAACAAAAACCCAUAUGUAGUAUGAUUACUUCAUUCAGAAAAAAAAUUCUUUUGCAGGAUUUUGAGCUAAACAAUGAACUGAAGAUGAAUGUUCUAAAUCUGCUAGAAGAAGUUUUGAGAGAUCCUGACCUUUUGCCACAAGAAAGAAAAGCUACAGCAAACAUCUUGAGGUAAAGCAGUUGAAUUAGUUUAAUCAUAAAGUAUUGUUAGGCAUUUGUGGGUGCCAGAGUCCUCUAACUACCUGGGUCUAUGUAGAUGUUAGAGUUUAACCAAGGCUUGGGGGUUAAACUGGAUGCCAGAGUUCUAAUCACUGGACCCAGUUUCCUGUGUUCAGGAGACUGGGGUGGCAUUCAACAAUAUUGUAAGAAAUGAAGAAAUUGUACUCUGCAUUAUCCACACAGCGCUUAUUUUCAAGGAAUCACAAAAAGAAUCACAAUGCAAUCACCUUUGCAAUAAAAAUGUGCUCAUUUCUUUCAAGAGUUAAAAAUUAAAUCUGUUUUUCUCCUAAGGCUAGGAGAUUUUGACAAAAUACAGGCUUAUAUCCACUGAUUCUCUGUGAUAAAAGUUUUCCAGAGUUUGUUUCAGAAGUACAAAAUAUCCUUGUUACUGAAAUGUCACUAGCCACAGAGAUAAACAUUUUUAUAUGAAAUAUUCUACCACCUAUUUUAGAGCACUCUCUCAGGAGGAUCAAGAUGACACCCAUUUAAAAAUUGAGGAUAUAAUGCAGAUGGUGAGUUAAUCUACAUAAGUUUAUGUCAGAUUUAUUCAUAUUUAUGUAAAUUGGGGUAAAUGAAAUCACUAGAAAUGGUGUUUGGCUGCUUGCUUGUUGCAGCUUUUAUAGCAAAUUAAUUACCAUCCCUUUUGUAUUUGCACUUGACCACUCCCUGUUCAAAUUGUUCAACAACAUUUGUUUGAAACAGGUGAAAGGAUAGCUGUUAGCUGUUCACAGGCUUAGUUAUGCAAAACACAGGCCUUCCAUUUGAAUAUAUACAGUGGAGGUCUUUUAGAAUGGGACACAUCUGUGAAUGGGCCUCCUAGCUCAUUAUGCAAAUUAUUGGAAAUUACAGUGUCUAUUUGCAAGUUAAAACACAAACAAGAGUGUAUUAGAAAAAAAGACUUACGUGCUGCCACAAACCGCAGAAAGAUUAUUUACAUGAGGGAAGCAUGAAAUGAAUUUGAAUUUGAACCACAGAAUAGCUUGGGAAAACAGAUAGCUUUGCAGUUAUAGUACUUGCUAAUCAAGGUGCAAAUUGUUGCAAUAGUGACAGCAAACUUAAUUCAGUGUUCAAAGCUUACUGGUUUUGCCCUAGGUGUGUGGAUACUAAAUUUAUCCACCCACAUUAUGCACCCAUGCUUUUAAGUGGGCUUUGCUCUACUCGUUACUUUGCAAGGCCUGCACAAUUAUAAGUCCCCUACACCUUACUCUUUGUGCAUCUGAAUAUUUUAGUCUUUGUUAAUGCACCAAUGCUAUGAAGGUACAAUAAAGAAUCCAAAUGACACAGCCCCAUCACAAAUGGCUUGUUCAUAUGGUUUACAUUUUGAAGAAGAAAACAUAUUAAUGGAUAACCAAUGUAGGGAAUGAGAAAGAGAAAUGUUAAGGGUUCUCCAAGAAGAGUUUCAUUUACAAGAACCAUGGGCCUUCUUUGCCCAGAUGGAUGGCAUAGAGAGAGACCUUGCUCCUCCUCCUCAAUCACUAUGCCUCUUUUGAUAUCAUCGGCAGUAGUAUUCUCCUGGCCCAACUCUGUGGGCAUGGGUAUUGGGGCAGCAUUUUUCUGUAGUUACAUUGCAUGUCAACGCCCCCCCAAGCCACCCCAAAGAGAAUAAAAACACAAGGACACAAAAUUUUAGGUUAAUGUUAAUGGGCAAAAUUUAGGCCACAACUUUAUUGGUUACAGAAUGUGAGUGGUAUUGGCUUAGGCAUUGGCAUCAACAUACUAUAUCGGACUCCUGCCCGCCUUGCAGGAAGAUUGGUAAGGGUAAAUUCCAAAUGUUCUUGAAGUGCGGGAGCUCUUAAUUUUUGCUGAAUUGCACCUGAAGUUUCUAUUCCUCUUCCAUAGAAGAGACCUCUGUUCUGUUAGUACCUUUCCUCUUACUCAGGUUGUUUCCAUAAAUGAAGAACUGGGCAGUGAAAUUGACACUGCCAUCAAUUACCUAAUGGGGCAUGAAACAAACUAGAAGAAUUGAAAUGGCUGUUUUUGUGUGCUUCCUUGUUUACAGUUAGAGUGUCCAAAACCAGAGUGCUUUGAAACUUUAUCGGCUAUGGAACUCGCUGAACAAAUCACUCUCUUAGAUCACAUUGUUUUCAGGAGCAUACCCUAUGAGUAAGUGGCUUUCUGAUCGUUAUUAUCAAAUGAAAAUAUUUUGUAAGUGAAGUUGCAAACUGAUUCACAUUAGUGACAGGCCUAUAAAAAGAAUUUGAAUGCGUAACAGAUAGAGCUGUGUUUAGUGCUGCUUAAAAACUAUCAUAGCAUAAUAAAUGGACUAUGAAAGACUUUAAUCAAAGUGUUCAUUAGCAGCACAUGUCUACUGCACUUCUUUGUGAGCAGAAUGCAGUUCACUUCCUGAAUAGACUUACACACACACACACACCACUUCCAAAUAACACCUGACAUUUAAUAUUCCCUCGCUAACUGCUAGUUCAGGAAUUCUGUAGGCUUGAGAACAAGAGCAGUGAAUAUUGAGCUUAUCAAAUACAUACCCUUUCAGCUUCCUAAAUUAGCCGUCUCCUUUUAACCCAAGGGAUGGUGCUUUAAAAUGAAUAAGGGCUUUUAAAAAUCCUAUACAUCUCUGGUUAUUUAGCAGUGUUGGAUAAAAAUUGUAUAUAUGACAAACAAUAUGACUCACACCUUUUCCCAUGUGUAUAUUUAUUGAAUGUUGUAACCCACCCUGGGACCUUGAGUGAAGGGUAAUAAAUUAAAAUAACACCACUGCCAACAGCAACAACUUUGGGGCUGCCACAGAGAAUGCCUCCCCUUGGUCACCCCCCCCAUCCCCCAGAAAGAAAUUCUGAGGGACUGGAACUACCAAGAAAGUCCCCUGUGCUGAUCUUAGCACUUGAGAAGGUCUGGGGGGGGGGAGCAGGUCUUUCAGGUAUGGUAACACACUCCUGUGGGGUUCCAUCUCCAUAAAACACAAUAAAACCAAGUACAACACACUGAGGUCCUUGGAGGAAGCGUAAGAUAAAAUUAUUAUUAUUUAAAUGAAUUAUAAGUUAAUAAUAUAAAUAAAUACAAUUAACAAUAUUCUGGUCUGCCAUUUCCGAUGACAGUUUCUUCUUUUGUUCUCUUCUUUCUGAUUUUUCCAGAGAGUUCCUUGGACAGGGUUGGAUGAAACUGGAUAAAAAUGAAAGAACACCGUAUAUAAUGAAAACCAGUCAACACUUUAAUGAUGUAAGUUGAUGUAAAUGCUUUACCUUCCAGACUCUUCAUGACUAACUAUAGAAAAAACCACCAGAGCAUUCCAUUUUCCUAACCUGCUAGCCAGCAAUUGCAUAGUUGCAGUUGACUGAAAUCUGCAAACACUAGCAGAAGAAAUUAAACUAUACCCUUGUUUAAUAAAAACAAAAUAAUACCAAUCUUGUUUCACAUUGCUUAGUUUAUUGAUUUCUGCUUAGAUUACAUCCCCUUAGUUUUUUCCCUUGAUUCACAACUGAAAGCCCACUGCCAAGGGCAACUUGCUGUUUGGUGAAGAUUGUUCUGCCUUUGCCAUCUUCCUUAAUUCACUUUUUCUUGUGCCAUUGUCACUUAUGCAAUAUAUGCUUUCUUAGUGUUAAAUGCUAAAAAAACCCCCAUCAUUGUAAUUCCAUUUAUACUGUUAAUAGCAUGCUGUAAAUAGAAAUAUUCUAAGAACUGCUUCUUUGACCUAGAUGAGCAACCUUGUGGCUUCCCAAAUUAUGAAUUAUGCUGACGUGGGUUCACGUGCUAAUGCAAUUGAGAAAUGGGUAGCGGUGGCAGACAUCUGCCGAUGUUUGCACAACUAUAAUGGUGUGCUUGAAAUCACAUCAGCCUUGAACAGAAGUGCAAUCUACAGACUGAAGAAAACCUGGGCUAAGGUUUCUAAACAGGCGAGUAAUCACAAAAUAUGUUAUCUGUGUAAUGGGUAUUGUUACUAGAAAUAUUAUAAGUAAAUGGUUUGCAGUGGUUCAGAAUGAUGUAACCACAUCACUAGAAAAUCAGUACUUUAACCAUCAAGAACAGGACCGACCUUAUCAUGGGGCCACAGGGAGCAUUACAUUAUCAUAAUCCAACACUAGAACCCCACAGUGUUGUCUUGCAUUUGAAGGCGUUUCAGCAGAAUUUUCUUAACCUGAGUAGUAUCAUAUUCCAUUUUGCUAUAAGGAGUGAAUCUUCUAAUUUGUUUUCUUUGUAGGCUAAAGCCCUUAUGGAUAAACUUCAGAAGACUGUAUCAUCUGAGGGAAGAUUUAAGAAUCUCAGAGAAACACUCAAGAAGUAUGUUUCAAAUUAUUACAUUUUGCUGUGAAUGGUGGAUAGUUAUUAAGAUAAUGCUUCAGCUAGCUAUCUUCUAUGGGAGUAAUGCUGAACAAUUAAGAAAUCAUCUUUUUAAUACAGGCUUCAUGGAAUUCAAUUCCAAUGUUUUGUUGAACAUACUCCAAAGUCAUUAUCAUGUAUAGAUUUUUAUAGUAUCUCUGGGUAUAAUAAACCUAUUAUUCUGUAUAUAAUGUGUCCUAAUAGAAUUGUAGAAACUUUUCCAAUAAAUGUAUGGCCACAUUAAUUUUAAAAAACUGCUGGGAAUAUCCAACAACCUGGAUAGCCGACCUGGUGCCCUCCAUAUGUUGUUGGACCACAAGUCUCAUCCUCCCUGACCAUUGGUCCUGCUGGCUAGAGCUGAUAGGAGUUUCAGUCCAACAGUAUCUGAGGGGUCAUGUGGGCUGCCCCUGACCUAUAUAAUAUCUCCAUUGCUCUGAGAUUCAUAUGAAGAGUUCAAAGAAGGGUUGCUUCUAUGCAAUUGUUUGGUAGUGAUGAUUUUGGGGAACAAUCGACCAGCUUCUCCAUUCACUUUGAUGGAGUUUCCCUUGCAGCCCCACUAUAAAGUGAGUGGAUGUUGGGCUGAGCAAUACUUGACCAUUUAUGCAAGUGCUAACAUGCUUCUUGAAUAGAGUUGAUUCUGAGUAAGCUGAACUGAGAGUAGACCCAUUGAAAUAAAUAGACCUAAAUUACUUAUAUUCAUUAAUUUCAAUGGGUCUAUUCUGAGCAAGACUAGCAAUAAUCAGCAAAGUUCACAACAGACUUACAGCACAGUCCUAUAACAUUUCGAUUCAGAGGUAAGUCCCACAGUGUUGAAUGGGGCUUACUCCAAGGUAGAAGUAUGUAUGUAUGUAUACUUUACAGUCUCAUUUCACUACUGCAGGUGGCAUGUUCAGUUUUAUUAUUUUCCUGAGUGAUGCACACUAUCACCAAGGAGUAUGACCUGUUCAUAUCUCAAGAUCCAGAAACACUUUCUUUGCAGGUUUUGAAGACAUAGAUAGCAGUUGCACUUUUUUCUACACAUUCAGGCAUUCACUUACUGCUUCUUUGCAAUUUAUGUAAGGUUUAGCUAUUUAAGAAAAUAUGUCAGAUACGGAAUGUAUGAGAGUAAUUAUAGCUGUUAUAAUUGCUUACAUGAAUUCAGGCUCAAUGAGCUCAAAGUCAUUUUAAGACUAUAGUCCCAUGCAUACAUAGCAGGGUGGGUGAAAUCCCAGUAGGCACAAUAGUGAAAAGGUUAGAAUGACCCAUGUAUAAGACAUAAGAGUAAAACCUAAAAUUUCUUGUCGUGCAGUUGUAACCCGCCUUCAGUGCCAUAUCUCGGGAUGUACUUGACAGACCUGGCAUUUAUUGAAGAAGGAACACCCAACUUUACUGAAGAAGGCCUUGUCAACUUUUCCAAAAUGCGAAUGGUAAUACUUCUCUCUACAUUUUGGUUUCAGUUUACAAGGACUUACUAUGGACCAUAUAUAUAUUGAUUGCAUUUCAAGGUGUAUUAUAGGUAGAAAUGAGAACGAAAUUGUUUAUUUUUGUAUGCAGGGUCAAUGUUCUAUCACCACCUGCUGGUGAAUUUUGGAGUGUCCAUAAUCCAGUUUAUAUGUAUGUACACACAUUUUCCCGUUUGUACAAGAGUAAGUUGAAGAUGUUCAGCUGAGUCAGCUGUUUUGCGUUCAGUGAAAUAUAUAGAUAAUGUACAGAACCUAGAACUUUACUUCCUUAACCAGCAUUAGUUGCCUACGAGGAGCAUGUGUGUGUUUUCCGGCAAUCAGAAAUGUACAGAAGGGCAUAAUCAAGUUAUUUAUUUAUUUCAUAAAAUGCAUAUGUAUAUUUCUUUGUCAUGCACAAACAGCAUGCUUUGAGAAGAGGGCAGUUUUCAGGAGAUAAUUAAGCUGCAAUAGAUGCAUUUACAGUUGAUUCAUAAAUGAAACAUUAGGUGGAUUUGUGUAAAUGAGGGAAAGGGCAAUAUGGCCCAAGUGAGGUUGAAAUUGUAAUUCAGAAGAAGAUACAUGUAAAAGUCUCCUGAAACACCAUUUGUUGCAGGAUAGAAUAUUUUAAAUUCUAGUGAAGUCAGUGGCUUGGAUCCAAAGUUGCUCCUCCAUUCACAACUUCCUCUAAACAUAACACACACACACACACCAUUCCGAAGAUUCUCUCAAGCACUGGGAGCAGGGUUUUUUUAAUGGCAUGCAGGGUGCUGCAGAGGAAAAAAGGAGGCAAGAAAAAAAACAUUACAGUGGUACCUCUGGUUACGAACUUAAUUUGUUCCGGAGGUCCAUUCUUAACCUGAGGUACCGCUUUAGCUAAUGGGGCCUGCCGCUGCCGCCACCGCCACGCGAUUUCUGUUCUCAUCCUGAGGUAAAGUUCUUAACCCAAGGUACUACUUCUGGGCUAGCGGAGUGUAACCCGAGGUACCACUGUACAUGGUAAUAAACUCUGUUCAUUCAUAAAAGGAAAGUUAGGAUCCAAGCUAGUAUGUAUGAAAUUAAACAAGAGACUCUUUUUUAUAUUUGUUUCUUUAACAGAUAUCACAUAUUAUCAGGGAGAUACGACAGUUCCAACAGACGUCCUAUCGCAUAGAAUACCAACAAAAGGUAUUGUACUUUCAUGUGUCCUCUUGCACCAAUAUAAAGUUUCUGUGGUGCUCUAGGUGUACAACCACAUUUUUCAUUUAGUGGAAAAGGAGAUGUUUAUGACUCAUCGUUAAAUCUAAAAUACUGGCUAGAUGAUUUGUUUUCCUUGAAUAGCACAAUAAGUUCUGUUCAGGAAGGGUGCAAUGGAAACAGUGAUCUGAUAUGUCCCAUUUACAGGGACAGCAAGACAGCCCUAAGUUUAUACAGUGGUGCCUCGCAAGACGAAAUUAAUUCGUUCCACAAGUUUUUUCGUCUAGCGAAUUUUUCGUCUUGCGAAGCACGGUUUCCCAUAGGAAUGCAUUGAAAUUCAAUUAAUGCGUUCCUAUGGUCAAAAAAAGUCCAAACAAAGCCAAAUUUGGUACAACAAUAGUUUAUUAACUGCUCUUUAAAGUCACACAUACUGUAAAGAGCAUUUCAAAAAUUGAAGGAACAAUAAAUUAAGUUUCUAAACAUGACAGAAAAACAUUUAAAAAUCAACAAAGUGUACUGUACAUACAUUUUCUAAGACUCUGGGGGACCACUCGAAGAAGGUUCCUCUUCCACUCUUUGCUUCUUGCUGAGGAACCUGUCCAUGGUCUGCUGCUUCAUCCGCCUUUUCAGCAGCUCCCUGAGAGGCAACAUGACCGUCGUAUCAAAAGUGUUCGCUUGGUCAUGUGCCACGUACUUGUUCGGGUGGUGCCGCUCUGCAAAAGCCUGCACCUCCUUCCACUUCUGGCAAAUGUCCCUCAGUUCUUUGGAGGACAGCCGUUCCUCAGUUGCUUCCUCCUCUUCCAGCGAGGCCUGCUCCUGCGCAACCUCUGCCUGCAGUUCAACCAGCUCCUGGGUAGUCAGCUCGUGGUCGUGCUCCUCCACCAGCUCGCUGACGUCCUCCUCUGUGACCUCCAGGCCCAUGGUCCUCCCCAAGGCAACAAUGUCCUGCACCACUGUUGACUCUGGUGCAUCAGAGUCACUUGGUGCCACACAGUCCGGCCACAGGCUGCGCCAAGCGCAAUUCAAAUUUCUCUGGCUGAUCCCGUUCCAGGCCGUGGUGAUCAUCUUCAAGCAGGUGAUGAUGUCAAAGUGGUCCUUCCAGAAUUCCCGCAGGGUGAUGGUGGUGCAAUCAGUCACCUCGAAGCAUCGCCUGAAAAGCUCCUUGGUGUAGAGUUUUUUUGAAAUUGGCGAUGACCUGCUGAUCCAUCGGCUGGAGCAGUGGCGUGGUGUUAGGCGGCAGGAACAUAAUGUUGAUGAAGCUGAACUCCUCCAACAAGUCCACCUCAAGGCCUUUAGGAUGAGCAGGAGCAUUGUCCAUCAGAAGCAAAGCCUUCAGCGGCAGGUCGUUGUCCAGCAGGUACUGUUUGACAGCAGGGCCAAAAGCAAGAUUGACCCAGUCCACAAACAGCACACGUGUGACCCAAGCCUUGCUGUUGGAUCGCCACAUGACACUCAGCCGCUCCUUGUCGACCUUGUGUUUCUUGAAGGCCCGUGGGUUCUCCGAGUGGUACACCAGCAGGGGCUUGAUCUUCAGGUCGCCGCUUGCGUUGGCACAGAAGAGCAGGGUCAGACGGUCCUUCAUGGGCUUGUGGCCAGGCAACUUGGCCUCCUCCUGUGUGAUGAAAGUCCUUUUGGGCAUCCUCUUCCAAAACAGCCCGGUCUCGUCGCAGUUGAAGACCUGCUGUGGAACGUAGCCCUCCGUCUUCACAACCUCCAGGAACUCCAAGGCAAAGUCUUCAGCCGCAGGAACAUCAGAACUGGCAGCCUCUCCAUGCCUGACCACGCUGUGGAUUCCAGAUCUUGCCUUGAACCGGUCAAACCAGCCUCUGCUUGCCUUGAAGACUUCUGGCUCGCCUGAGGUUCCUGGCUGUUCCCGGAUGAGGUCUGCGUGCAAGGCCUUGGCCUUCUCACAAAUGACAGCCUCAGUCACUGUGUCCCCUGCACGCUGCUUCUCUUCUAACCAGAUGAGCAGUAACUUCUCGACCUCCUCCAGAACAGCUAGGCGGUUCUUCACGAUCCUGGUGACUCCCUUGGCUGCAUCAGUCGCAAGGAUCUUCUCCCUCAUCUUCAGGAUGGUCCCGAUGGUCGAUGGGUUCCUGCCGUACUCCCUGGCGAGGUCCGUCACACGCAUUCCACCGUCGUGCUUCCAGAUGAUCUCCUUCUUCAUUUCCAGCGUCACCUUCUCCUUCUUCCUCUCGCGGGCCUCCGCAGCAGCAGCAGUCUUCUUGGGUCCCAUGGCAGCACAGCUCUUACCUUCGUAAACUCAGGGGAAAAAAAUCAGCAAUUCAAACCCAGAACCAAGUCCUUGAAUUCCAAACACCCAACCCAAAAUCCAAAAACCCCCAAAAAAGUUUUAAAAGUUUAACUUACGAAAUGGCUGCAAAUCACCAAAGUCUUCAAAAUCCUCAAAUGGCUGCAAAAGAAGUUUUGGGAAAGCUUUAAAAAUCACCAAAGUCUUCAAAAACCUCAACUGUUCCCCCAGCCCCUCCCCAACUGUUGCAAACCCCUCCCCAGCUGUUCCCCCAUCCACCCAGCACACAGAAAUUCAAACCCAGAAUUUUUUUCAAAAAAAACCAACAUGGCCCAAUGGUCACAGAAAACCAUAAAAAUUCAAAAAAAACCACACAAGCUCCCAGAUUCUUGCAAACCUCUCCCCAACACCAAGUCCUUGAAUUCUAAACACCCCAACCCAAAAUCCAAAAACCCCCAAAAAAGUUUUAAAAGUUUAACUUACCAAACAGCUGUAGAAGAAGUUUUGGAAAAGCUUCAAAAAUUCAGCAAACUCUUUAAAAAGCUCAAAAAGGCCACCACACCAAUGUGUUGCUCCUCGAAGUCAAGUCGCAACUGCACCUCUUCCAGCAAUGCACCCUGGGUAUUAAUGGUUUUACAAAAAAGGAAACAAACUUGCAAGACAUUUUCGUCUUGCGAAGCAAGCCCAUAGGGAAAUUCGUCUUGCGAAGCAACUCGAAAACGAAAAAAUCUUUCGUCUUGCGAGUUUUUCGUCUUGCGAGGCGUUCGUCUUGCGGGGCACCACUGUAAUUGCAGAGUCUCCAAUAAAUUGCAUUGUCUGUGGAAUUCCACAUUUAUUACUUUUGCUAAAGACUUAAAUUUGUGAAAUAAUGUGGAUUAGGGAUGGGAGGCUGUGAGGCUGGAAGAUGGUUUGAGAUCUACUUGGGUAUUUGCAGUACAGUAAUUUGUGUUGUAAACCGCUUUGAGAUUUGUUAUUUAAAAUAUAAAGCAGUAUAGAAAUGAAUUUAAUACUAAUACAGGCAAUCCUCGUUUUGCACGGGGGUUCCUUUUCCUUUCUUCUAGGUCACUCAGUACUUACUUGACAAGAGUCUCAUCAUAGAUGAAGAUACUUUGUAUGAACUAUCCCUAAAAAUUGAACCUAGGCUGCCUGCCUGAAAAUAUAUCAGUGUUGUCCUUCAGCCUACAGAGAACUUUAGAGUAAUGGGGAAAUUAUGCAUGAUGUGCCCCCCUACAGAAUGCAAGGGGGAAAGCUGGAAGAAAUUCAAAUUCCCUUUUCGAUUAAGGGACUCAGAGCCUCACAAAGAUUCCUUUUUUGGCACAGAGAAGCAGUUGCUGGAAGUAAAAGACCAAACGCCAGAGAUGUUGAUUAAACAGCUGUUGUUUUGCAAACGUGACAGUUUAGUGAAACAGAGACCUAAUGAAGAAGAAAGGAAAUGGCUGUAAUAACCACACUGAAUGAGGCAGUAAUGGGGCAAAGUUAAGUAUGGAUAACACAUUCCAUUAGACUUCAAUGAAUGAGGAAAUACAAGUGUAAAGCGAGAGGCUUUGCCUACCCUUAUUUGGAUACAAUGCAGGAUCCACAAAGAGCAUGCAAGGAACUACAUAUUUUGAUCCAGUUUGCAAUUCAUCGUGUCCAUUGUAAAGUAAUAUUUUAAUCCGUAGGUAAUAAUAUCUAAGAGCAUCAUGAACUGCAUUUGUUAUUUAAACCAUUCAUUUUAAUUGAAAGUAUCUCAUUUGUCAAUAAAUCCUGGUAUCUCCUUUCCCCAAAAGGCUGGGGAGCAGAGAUGCAGCAUAUUAAAAGCUACCUUAAUAUUGUACAUACAUUUUUCUUUCUCUAGAAGUAUGAUUAGUUAAUCUAGGUACAAAUGGAUACACUACCUUACAAUGUUGUCAGACAUACACACUUAGGUGGGACUCUGAUAUUUGAGUUCCAUGGCAAAGACUGGCCUUAUAGAACAGGAAUGGGGAACUGACCAAUUGUCACGCUGGCUGAGAUUGAUAGGAAUUGCAGGCUAGCAGCACCCAUAGGGCCACCAACCCCCCACCCCCUACUAUAGUAGAUUAAUGCUUUGCUCUUGGUUUUGGCAGAGCUAUUUCUAUAACUUUUGUUUAAAAAUAUGUUCCCCAAUACUGAGCAUACCAUGUGUGCUCCUGUGCAUAUAUGCACAGCACUUUACAUGUGUGGGCUUCCUCCAUCAACUUUGGAGAGCAGUUGCAAGCAACUAACCCACUGCUAGCACUAAGCUUUUCUCCCUCCUUGCAUUAGUACCAAAGCCCUAUCUCCCAUCAGGAAUAGGUCAACCAAAGUAAUCAUAUGACUGCAUUGUAUGACUUGGAACUCCUGUUAGUCUCAUGUACUUUAGAACCGGUUCUAAAGGUUUAGAUGUUGGCAGUGUCAGACAGAAUCACACUCAUGCAUUGCUGCUACAUGCCAUUGCACUGUGAUGUGCAUUUAAACACCGCUUGAGCCUCACAUAAUGGUUGCAGGGAGCUCCUUGCACACACUAGAACUCAGUGGAGUCUUUGCAGCCUUGAUCAUAUAGGAAUCACUGAUUAUUUUGCACGUAACAACAUUGCUCAGAAAGGUUGAUCUAUAUAAAUUACACUCUGGCACCAGUAAUUCUGGACAGGAAGAGUAGAAACAUUAAUUAAUUUUUUAAAAAGUAAUUUGUCCACUUAUUGGAUAAAUGAAAAUAUACUUUGUUCCCUUUUAAAAUACUGCAAAGGAUUCCACCUCCACUAACCCCCUUCCCAUAUGCCAUCCUUAAGAACCAAAACUUAUGGGACACAAUCCAGGGAAAAUCAAGGAACUUUAGGUCAUACUGAAUUCAACAGGAAGAAUGUACUUUUAAUAUUUAUCAAAUCAGUGUGAUUUCUGACUUGUGCCCCUUAGUACUAGCUCCCCCCCCCCAUGUGCUCCCUGAUUAAGUCCUUUUAUUUAAAAUGCUUGUGGUACUUCCCAUGGUUCUUUAAUAACAUGUAGCCUCCUUUUUGUAGUUGCAUGAAAAGUGAACACAAACACAUCACUAAAAACAGAAUGCAGAUACUAGCACUGUUGAAUAACUAGGCUGGAAAAGUGCCCUUACUUUUCCAAUGACUUAUCAGCCAGUUGACAAAAUAGGGCUAAAUAUCAUUAUUUACCUCCCUUAAACCCUCUCAGGGAGAUAAGUGUUUUAAAAAGAGAUUGCCAUCUAAGGCAUAUUUGAACUGAUCUUUACCAGACUAAGCUGCUAAAUCCUAACAAUAGAAAAUGGAUCUGCCUAGCUUCUGUUUUGUUUGCGCAUUUUUUCAUCUUUAUUUGCACUUUAAUAAAUAUUGUCGGCCAGAGAAGAGCUGAACAAUAAAUUCUGCUUAUGUCUAACUGCAAAUUCUACUAGCAUGUAUUAAGUAUCUGUGCAGUAAUAAGUUUUAUUGUUUCUACCUGCUAGAGGCCUGGGUUUUACUAUUAUUAAUAAACGCACGAAUGGAUGUCAAAGAAGUCUUGGGAAAUUCUCAGUAAGUUUUUUUAAAAAAAACAAAUAAAAAAAUAAGUAAAAUUCCUAAGGCAUGUUUUAAGUACUUCUGGUUAAUGAAUAUGGUAAACUUUAACUUGGGGAAUGCUAUUUAUAGAUGUGUAUUUAUUGCUUGUCCUUUCAUUAGUGUCCAACAGGAAAAGCAGACUGCAUCUUGAUGCAUGAUAAACAGAAGCAUGGGUUAUUUGGACAAAACACUUAUUUUACUGCAUAUUUAAAAAAAAUUAAAAAAUUUUUUAAUCCAUAUGGCAGUUAUUUAAGAAAGGUGCUCACAUCUCAAAAGGAGGUACCUUUUUACUUGUCUGUGGGUUCUCCCCUUUCUAUUCUUUUUGUUCCGCUCACCUACCCGCCAUAAAACCUAUACAAUGUGUAAUACCUAUAGUUCUUUAUGGGCAUUAUCUGUGAUGUACAGGGGUUGAUCAUUUAUAACUUCAUUUUCUUGUAUUUCAUUUUGCAAUAUCAGCUUUGUACUUGGGGAGGAGCCUUUGCAUAUCCUGGUGUAUAAGUGCAGCAGAAGGUGCAUUUCUGUGUCUUUAUCCUCUUUAUUUUACUCCUGUUAUUAAAAUCUAAGUUAACCCUGGUGCUGUGGGGUCGUUGUUGUCUAUGUUUAACCUCUUAUGGUUUCACAGUUUCAAGCAAAGCUGAAUUGAUCACUGUCGCCCCAAUCAGAUGAAGGAAAUUAAUGUGUGAAAAUGGGCUUCUAUGCACAUUUCUGCUGUGACACAGAUGCAAGUUAGCUGCAAAGUUUAGGAAUCUUGACUUGACCUACUAGCAUGCACCACUCUCUUGCACCAUCUCACAGAAGAGUACACUUUCAUUACAAGCGUUCUGAAGUAGUGAAGGAGGCAAUUAGACUGAAUUUCAGCACUCCUUUGGCUAUCCAAACCGGCCUGUAAUUUCUAUGGGACAUGGCAUGGGGAUGGUAUCCACAAUAUACAAAUACUUCUCCUACAAACCCACUCAUCUCAAUAAAAAAUAAAUGGGAGAAUGAUAUAGGUUACAAAAUAAACCCUACUAAAUGGACUAAACUGUGGUCUAAACCACCCUUUAAAUCCACCUCAGCCAAAAGAAGGGAACUCACUUUGAAGUUAAUCUGUUGAUGGUACCUAACACCAUGAAAGCUGGUGCUGAUACACCCAGGAAUCUCUCACCAAAAUGCUGGAGAGGUUGCCACUCUACAGACACAUACCUCCACGUGUGGUGGGAUUACCCCAAAAUUCAAUCCUUUUGGACAUUAGUUACUUUGCAUAUUUCUUGUAGGACUAAACGGAAACUAGAAGCCACUCCAGAACUGGCCUUACUGAAUAUCUUCCAAGACAGUAGUGCACAUUCACACUGCAAAGAACUCAUAAGUCAUCUACUCUCAGCAACCAGGAGCAUCAUAACUAGACACUGGAGGGACAUGCCAGGAGAAAACAUGAGCCACUGGUACCAAACCAUAUGGGAAACAGCCUUACUAGAAAAGCUCAUCAACAAACUGAAACUAGCACGGGAACAAACAAAAGAGGAUGCCUUCACCCUGGUGUGGCCUUUAUUAUAUAUACAGCCCAACAAGACAACAACAGGAACCCACUGACCACAUAUGAAUUGAUAUGGCUAAGCUGACCCAACAUCCCCCUCCCACUCACACACACAAACAAAACUCACUGCAAUCAACAAUAGGCAACCAACCAUGCCCUGCCACCGCCAACAGAAACCAAUAAAUAUUUUUUCCCCAUAGAGAAGUGAACAAAAAUGCCAAGACUGAAAAAUAUUUCUCAGUAGUUUGUGCACUGUGUGGAAG